AUGACGACAAAAGCACCAACAUUUACGCAGCCAUUACAAAGUGUUGUGGCACUGGAGGGUAGUGCCGCAACCUUUGAGGCUCAUAUUAGUGGUUUCCCAGUUCCUGAGGUGAACUGGUAUCGGGAUGGCCAGGUUCUCUCUGCUGAAACUCUGCCCGGUGUGCAGAUCUCGUUUAGUGAUGGCCGCGCUAAACUGGUGAUCCCCACCGUGACAGAAGCAAACAGUGGAAGAUACACCGUACAAGCCACCAAUGGAUCUGGGCAAGCAACUAGUACUGCUGAGCUGCUUGUCACAGCUGGAACAGCACCACCAAACUUCUCACAACGACUACAGAGCAUGACUGCAAGGCAGGGAAGUCAAGUUCGACUUGAUGUAAGAGUGACUGGAAUCCCUACACCUGUGGUGAAGUUCUAUCGGGAUGGAGUAGAAAUCAAAAGCUCCCCCGAUUUUAAAAUUUUACAAGAAGGAGACCUUUACAGCCUAAUAAUUGCAGAAGCAUACCCUGAAGACUCCGGCACCUAUUCAGUAAAUGCCACAAAUAGUAUGGGACGUGCUACUUCAACCGCUGAACUGCUAAUUCAAGGUGAGGAAGAAGCCGUUCCUGCUAAAAAGACAAAGACAAUUGUUUCGACUGCUCAGAUUUCACAAACAAGACAAGCCAGAAUUGAAAAGAAGACUGAAGCCCACUUUGAUGCCAGAUCACUUACAAGUGUUGAAAUGAUUAUAGAAGGUGCAGCCGCCCAACAGCUCCCACACAAAGCACCUCCACGAAUGCCUCCUAGACCUACAUCAAAAUCACCAACCCUACCAACUGCUGCAAAAGCACAAAUGGCACGACAGCAAUCACCAUCUCCUGUUAGACAAUCACCAUCACCUGUAAGACAUGUCAGAGCACCAACACCCUCACCAGUAAGGUCGGUUUCUCCUGCUGGAAGGAUCUCCACUUCCCCUAUCAGACCAGUGAAGUCUCCAUCUCCAAUCCGUAAACCACAUGUAGUGACAACAGUUGGGGCUGAAGUCCUUCCUCCUUGGAAGCAGGAAGGAUAUGCUGCAACCAUGGAAGCCCAGAUGAAGGAAACAAGAGUAUCUACAAGCACUACCCAAAUAACUGAAGAGAGAUGGGAGGGGACAUAUGGGGUCCAAGAACAAGUUACCGUUACUGGUGCUACUGCUGGCGAGGUGGUGACUGGUGCUAGAGAGGUGAGAAAGGACAGUGAAAAAACAGCAGCUGUUGCUACAGUUGUUGCUGCUGUGGAUCAAGCCAUGGUGAGAGAACCAGCUCCAGGUGUUGUAGAGCAAACUGCUAAAAGGACAGCAAUGACUGCAGUCCACGUUCAACCUGUUCAGGAGCAGAUGAAAAAGGAGGCAACGGUAGUAGUUACCAGUGAUAAAUCCACAAAACAAACAGUGAUAUCAAGAACUAGAGAAGGAAUUGUCACUUCACAAGAACAAAGGCACAUCUCUCAUGAAAAGGUGAGAAAAGAACCAGAGAAAACUCCGGUACCCACAGUAAUAAUUGCCACAGACAGAGCCAGAGAACAAGAAAGAAUAUCAAGAGCUAGAGAAGAAAUAUCUACCACACAUGAGCAGGUGCACGUAGCUCAUGAAAAGAUAAGAAGGGAAGAUAUGAAACCUUCUGUACCUAAGGUAGUAAUUACCACUGAUAAACCUAGACCACCGGUCACAAUAUCGAAAAGUAAAGAAAGAAUUGCUACCAAACAAGAACAAAUCACCAUAACACAUGGAAAGACUGAAGCUGGAAAAAAGGCUGAAGCUGUAGCUACAGUCGUUGCAGCUGUUGAUCAGGCACGUGUUCGAUCACCCUGGCAACCAGAACAAGCAGAAGAAGCUCAUGUAAAGCAGAAAACUUUGGAGUAUGGCUAUAAAGAGGACCAUGUUUCUGAGGCCCCAGCAGAACAUCACGUUGUCACUAAAGAAGUUAAAACUGUCUACGUUCCUCCUGAGAAACAUAGCUCAGCUGCUGAAAAGCAAGAAGUUCAUAUAUCAAAAGAGAUAAAAAGAGCAACAGAAACUGAGAAAAUAUUUCAUGUUGAACAGCCACGACCCCGCACAGCAAGUCCUCAUUUCACGGUUGCCAAAGUUGCUGUUCCUAAACCAGAUCAUACAUAUGAGGUUUCAAUAGCUGGAUCUGCCAUGGCUACUCUAGAAAAAGAGUUAUCAGCUACUUCUGCUGUGCAAAAGAUCACCAAGCCUGUGAAGCCACCUCAACUGAAGCCACAUGAAGUCAGGAUAAAAGCAGAGCCAGUUGCCCCUCCACAGUUUCCCUUUGGAGAGGGUGUUGAAACUAAAAAAGAGACAAGCAUUAAAAGUGAAGCAGUGAGGGAAGAACACCUGGUGUUCCAGAAAGAAAGUGAAGCAAAGGUGACAGAAACUGCCAGAGUUCCAGUGCCUGCAGAAAUCCCUGCUACUCCACCCACCUUAGUCUCAGGCCUCAAAAAUAAGACUGUGACUGAAGGUGAGUCUGUCACUCUGGAGUGUCAUAUAUCUGGUCAUCCUCAACCUACCGUGACAUGGUACAGAGAAGACUACAAGAUUGAGAGCUCAAUGGACUUCCAGAUCACUUUUCAAGCAGGACUUGCUCGCCUUGUAAUUCGUGAAGCCUUUGCAGAGGACAGUGGAAGGUUUACCUGCACUGCUACCAAUAAGGCUGGGAGCGUCAGCACAUCUUGCCACUUACAUGUGAAAGUUACUGAAGAAAUUGAGACUCGAGAAACCAUUUCUGAGAAGGCUGUUAGAGAAGAGAAACGCUAUGUGGAGACAAAGGACAUUGUAAUGGAAGAUGUCUCUGCUGCAGCAGAGGAAGUAUCGGGAGAACCCAUACCUCCUUUCUUCAUAAGAAAACCCAUGGUGCAUAAAUUAAUUGAAGGUGGGAGCAUUAUAUUUGAAUGCCAAGUAGGGGGCAACCCAAAGCCACAUGUCUACUGGAAAAAAGGUGGAGUUCCUCUAACGACUGGCUACAGAUACAAAGUGAGUCACAAAAGAGAAACCGGGGAAUGCAAACUUGAAAUUUCCAUGACUUUUGCCGACGAUGCCGGAGAAUACACUAUUGUUGUUCGUAAUACUCAUGGAGAAGCUUCUGCAACGGUCUCCUUACUAGAAGAAGCUGAUUACGAAGCCUAUAUAAAAUCACAAGAAAUGAUGUAUCAAACUCAGAUGACUGCAUAUGUACAGGAACCUAAAGUGGCUGAGGUAGCCCCACCUAUUUCAUAUGGUGACUUUGAAAAAGAGUAUGAAAAAGAACAAGCUCUAAUUAGGAAGAAAAUGGCAAAAGAUACAGUGGUGGUCAGAACUUUUGUGGAAGAUGAGGAAUUCCAUAUUUCUUCUUUUGAAGAAAGACUUAUCAAGGAAAUUGAACUCAGAAUUAUUAAGACUACCUUAGAUGAACUACUUGAAGAAGAUGGAGAGGAGAUGAUGGUUGAUAUUUCUGAAUCUGAAGCUAUACAAGCAGGAUUUGAUUUAAGAUUAAAGAAUUAUAGAACCUUUGAAGGGACAGGAGUUACUUUCCACUGCAAGACAUCUGGAUAUCCAUUGCCAAAGGUUGCAUGGUAUAAAGAUGGUAAACGCAUAAGGCACGGAGAGCGCUACCACAUGGAAGUUCUGCAGGAUGGCAGUGCCAGUCUGCAUUUGCCUGUUGUUUUACCUGAAGAUGAAGGAAUUUAUACUGUCUUUGCCAGCAAUAUGAAAGGAAAUGCAAUUUGCUCAGCAAAACUGUAUGUUGAGCCAGUUGCACCAACAGCAACUCCAGGUUAUAUGCCAGGACCAGAAGUUAUGAAAAGAUAUAGGUCUAUUUCUCCACGUUCCCCAAGCCGGUCUCCUGCCCGCAGUUCUCCUUCUCGUUCUCCUGCCCGCAGAUUAGAAGAAACUGAUGAAGGACAACUGGAGAGACUGUAUAAACCAGUUUUUGUGCUGAAACCUACAUCAUUUAAAUGUUCACAGGGGCAGACAGCAAGAUUUGACUUAAAAGUUGUUGGCAGACCUAUGCCAGAGACAUACUGGUUCCAUAAUGGUCAACAAGUCAUUAAUGACUACACCCAUAAAAUAGUGAUUAAAGAAGAUGGCACCCAGUCACUGAUCAUUGUCCCUGCAAUGCCUGAUGACUCUGGAGAAUGGGCUGUAAUUGCUCAGAACAGGGCAGGCAAAGCUUCAGUCUCAGUGACACUGACUGUGGAAGCUAAGGAAGACCUAGUCAGACCACACUUUGUGGAAAGGCUGAGGAAUGUCAGCGUGAAGGAGGGCUCUAGACUGGAGAUGGCAGUGAAAGCUACUGGUAACCCUAAUCCUGACAUUGUAUGGCUGAAGAACAGUGACAUCAUUGUGCCUCAUAAAUACCCCAAAAUAAAGAUUGAGGGAACCAAAGGGGCAGCUGCCCUUAAAAUUGAAUCUACUGCCAGGCAAGAUGCUGCAUGGUAUACUGCUACUGCUAUCAAUAAAGCUGGGCGGGACACUACCCGCUGCAAAGUAAAUGUUGAAGUUGAACAUACAGAACCUGAACCAGAAAGGAGAUUAAUAAUUCCAAAAGGAACUUACAAAGCCAAGGAGAUUGCAGCACCAGAGUUAGAGCCUCUCCAUUUGCGUUAUGGUCAAGAACAAUGGGAGGAAGGAGAUCUCUAUGACAAGGAAAAGCAACAGAAACCAUUUUUUAAGAAGAAGCUCACAUCUCUAAGGCUCAAACAAUUUGGACCAGCCCACUUUGAAUGCAGGCUUACACCAAUUGGUGACCCAACCAUGGUGGUGGAGUGGUUGCAUGAUGGCAAACCCUUGGAAGCAGCUAACAGACUCCGCAUGAUCAAUGAGUUUGGGUACUGCAGCCUGGACUAUGGAGUAGCCUAUUCCAGAGACAGUGGAGUGAUUACUUGUAGGGCGACUAACAAAUAUGGUACAGACCAUACCUCUGCUACUCUGAUUGUGAAGGAUGAGAAAAGCCUUGUGGAAGAAUCCCAGCUGCCAGAAGGCAAAAGGGGACUGCAGCGAAUCGAAGAGUUAGAAAGAAUGGCCCAUGAGGGUGCUCUACCUGCAGUUGCACUGGACCAAAAGGAAAAACAAAAACCAGAAAUUGUUUUGGUUCCUGAACCUGCAAGAGUCUUGGAAGGUGAAACAGCACGAUUCCGCUGUCGUGUGACUGGCUAUCCUAUGCCCAAGGUCAACUGGUACCUCAAUGGACAGCUCAUCCGUAAAAGCAAAAGGUUUAGACUCCGUUAUGAUGGAAUCUACUACCUGGAUAUUAUGGACUGCAAAUCAUAUGACACAGGAGAGGUGAGAGUCACUGCAGAGAAUCCAGAAGGCUUUAUUGAACAUAAGGUGAAACUUGAGAUCCAGCAAAGGGAAGAUUUCAGAUCUGUUCUUCGUCGUGCUCCUGAACCCAAACAUGAGCCUGCAGUGACAGAACCUGGGAAACUUCUCUUUGAGGUACAGAAGGUAGACAAACCUGCAGAAACAACAACCAAAGAAGUAGUGAGGCUGAAAAGGGCUGAAAGAAUCACUCAUGAGAAGCUUUCAGAGGAAUCUGAAGAGCUGCGUAGUAAAUUCAAGCGUAGGACAGAAGAGGGCUACUAUGAAGCCAUCACUGCUGUGGAACUUAAGUCUCGCAAAAAAGACGAAUCAUAUGAAGAAAUGCUAAGAAAGACAAAAGAAGAACUUCUUCACUGGACCAAAGAGAUCCCAGAGGAAGAGAAGAAAGCACUUCCUCCUGAAGGCAAAAUCACCAUUCCAACAAUCAAACCAGGGAAGGUGGAGCUUAGUCCAAGCAUGGAGGCUCCCAAGAUACUUGAACGAAUUCAAAGCCAGACUGUAGCCCAGGGAACAGAUGCACACUUCCGUGUGAGAGUGGUGGGAAAACCAGAUCCUGAGUGCCAGUGGUUCAAAAAUGGUGUGCAGAUUGAAAGGACUGAUCGUGUGUAUUGGUACUGGCCUGAAGAUAAUGUUUGUGAAUUAGUCAUCAGAGAUGUGACUUCUGAUGAUUCUGCCAGCAUCAUGGUGAAAGCAAUCAAUAUAGCUGGUGAAACUUCUAGCCAUGCUUUCCUGUUAGUACAAGCCAAGCAGUUAAUCAGCUUCACCCAGAAGUUACAAGAUGUUGUUGCUAAAUCAAGGGACUCCAUGGCAACUUUUGAAUGUGAGACAUCAGAACCCUUUGUCAAAGUGAAAUGGUUUAAGGAUGGAAUUGAGAUUCACUCUGGAGACAAGUACAGAAUGCACUCAGACAGAAAGGCUCACUUUCUUUCUGUACUAACAAUUGAUAUGAAUGAUGCUGAUGACUACAGCUGUGUACUGGUAGAAGACGAAUCCAUAAAAACUACUGCAAAGCUUACUGUUGAAGGUGCUGUUGUGGAGUUUAUCAAAGAACUUGAGGAUAUUGAAGUACCAGAAUCCUUGUCAGGUGAACUUGAAUGUGAGGUUUUCCCAGAAGACGUGGAGGGGAAAUGGUAUCAUGGCGAUGUUGAACUCACUUCUAAUCUUAAAUAUGUGAUUGCAUCCCGCCGUGGUCGUCAAAUCCUCACUAUUAAGGAUGUUAAUAAAGAUGAUCAAGGAGAGUAUAGCUUUGUCGUUGAUGGAAAAAGGACUCAAUGCAAACUGAAGAUGAAACCUCGUCCCAUGGUUAUUCUUCAAGGACUUACUGAUCAAAAAGUCUGUGAGGGAGAUAUUGUGCAACUUGAAGUUAAAGUCUCCCUAGAAAAUGCAGAAGGUGUCUGGAUGAAAGAUGGCCAAGAAAUUCAAUCAAGUGAUCGUAUUCACAUUGUGUUGGAUAAACAGUCACAUAUGUUGCUCAUAGAAGAUGCAACAAAGGAAGAUAGUGGAGCUUACUCUUUCAGUGUUCCUGAUCUUGAACUGUCAACCACUGGACAGAUCACAGUGUACAGUGUGGAAAUAGUGGUGCCUCUAAAAGAUCUUCACGUUGUCGAAGGAACAAAAGCUAUCCUCGAAUGCAAAGUUUCAGCACCUGAUGUGUCUUCUUCCAAGUGGUACCUAAAUGAUAAUCAGAUAAAGCCUGAUGACCGUGUACAAGCUGUAUGCAAAGGCAAUAAACAGAGGCUAGUGCUUACCAGAACCUAUGCAUCAGACGAAGGACAUUAUAAGCUAAUGGUUGGCAAAGUUGAAACAAGUUGCAAUGUCACAGUUGAACAAAUUGAGAUUAUUAGAGGUCUUCGUGACAUCACCUGCACUGAAACACAGAAUGUGUCCUUUGAGGUAGAGCUCUCCCAUUCAGGAAUUGAUGUAAUUUGGCAUUUCAAAGGCCAACAGAUAAAGGCUGGUCCUAAGUAUAAAAUAGAAGCACAUGGCAAAAUACAUAAGUUGACAGUGGUAAAGAUGAUGAAAGAUGAUGAAGGAGAAUAUGUAUUUUAUGCUGGAGAGAAGAAAACGUCUGGGAAGCUUAUAGUAGCAGGUGGUGCCAUUUCAAAGCCUCUCAGUGACCUGACUGUGGCUGAGUCCCAGACAGCUGUUUUUGAAUGUGAGGUGGCAAAUCCCGAAUCAGAAGGCCAGUGGCUACAAAAUGGUAGACCAUUAGCUAUGACAGAUCAGUACCGUACUCAAUCUGAUGGUGUUAAGAGAAGGCUUACUAUCCCUGUGACAAAACUGGAUGAUAUGGGUGAAUAUAGCUAUGAAAUAGCAAGCUCAAAGACAUCUGCCAAACUGAAGGUCGAAGCUGUUAAGAUAAAGAAAACACUGAAGAACCUGACUGUGACAGAAUCACAGGAGGCAGUUUUCAGUGUAGAACUGACCCACCCUGAUGUGAAAGGAGCUCUAUGGAUUAAAAAUGGUGUUGAACUUGAAUCAAAUGACAAAUAUGAAAUUACAGUGAAAGGAACUGUUCACACACUGAGAAUCAAACACUGUGUGGUGACCGAUGAGUCUGUUUAUAGUUUUAAACUUGGAAAAAUAGGAGCAAAUGCCAGACUUCAUGUAGAAACUGUAAAGAUCAUCAAAAAGCCAAAGGAUGUGACUGCUUUGGAAAAUGCUGUUGUCUCAUUUGAACUGAGUGUAUCCCAUGAUACUAUACCAGUCCGAUGGUUCCACAAAAAUAUUGAGCUUAAACAAAGUGAUAAAUACAAGAUGAUCUCUCAAAGGAAAGUUCAUAAGCUUAUGCUGCACAACAUAUCUCCUGACGAUGCUGGGGAAUACACAGCUCUUGUUGGGCAAAUGGAGUGUAAAGCAAAACUGUUUGUGGAAACCAUACACAUCACAAAGACCAUGAAAAAUAUUGAAAUCCCUGAGACCAAAACCGCCUCUUUUGAAUGUGAAGUUUCUCAUUUCAAUGUGCCUGCUGUCUGGUUGAAAAAUGGUGUGGAGAUUGAAAUGAGUGAAAAGUUCAAAAUAGUGGUCCAGGGGAAACUCCAUCAGCUCAAUAUCAUGAACACAAGCAGUGAAGAUUCUGCAGAAUACACGUUUGUCUGUGGCAAUGAUAGAGUCAGUGCAACCCUGACCGUAAAACCCAUCCUAAUUACCUCCAUGCUACAAGACAUCAAUGCUGAAGAGAAAGAUACAAUAACAUUUGAAGUCACUGUUAACUAUGAAGGUAUUUCGUAUAAAUGGCUAAAGAAUGGUGUAGAAAUAAAAUCGACUGAUAAAUGCCAGAUACGGACAAAGAAGCUUACACACUCCCUCUCCAUAAGGAAUGUGCAUUUUGGGGAUGCUGCAGAAUAUACUUUUGUUGCUGGAAAAGCAGCUUCAUCAGCCACUUUAUACGUGGAAGCUCGUCACAUUGAAUUUAGGAAGCAUAUUAAAGACAUCAAGGUGGUGGAGAAGAAGAGGGCUAUUUUUGAAUGUGAAGUUUCAGAACCUGACAUUCAAGUCCAGUGGAUGAAGGAUGGGCAAGAACUCCAGAUUGGUGACAGGAUGAAAAUUCAGAGAGAGAAAUACGUCCAUCGUCUAAUCAUUCCUUCCACAAGAAUGUCUGAUGCUGGUCAGUACACUGUAGUAGCAGGUGGAAACACAUCCAGUGCCAAUUUGAUAGUGGAAGGUCGUGACAUUCGCAUCAGAACCGUUCAUAAAGAUAUUCAGGUCAUUGAGAGACAAAGAGCUGAAAUUGAAUUUGAAGUCAAUGAAGAUGACAUUGAACCACAGUGGUACAAGGAUGGUAUUGAGAUCAACUUCCAGUAUGAGGAAAGAUACAGUUAUGUGGCAGAAAGGAGAGUCCAUCGAAUGAGCAUCUUUGAAACCACUUACUCUGACGCUGGAGAAUAUACUUUUGUUGCAGGACGGAAUAGGAGUUCUGUUAUGCUUUAUGUGAAUGCUCCAGAGCCACCCCAGAUUAUUCAGGAGCUAGAGCCAACUACCGUGGAGUCUGGCAAACCUGCCCGCUUCUGUGCUAUGAUAUCUGGCAAACCCCAGCCCAAAAUUUCCUGGUACAAAGAUGAUCAACAGCUUUCUCCAGGUUUCAAGUGCAAAUUUCUUCAUGAUGCCCAAGAAUAUACUCUACUGCUGAUUGAAACCUUCCCUGAAGAUGCAGCAGUGUACACCUGUGAAGCAAAAAAUGACUAUGGAGUUGCAACAACUUCAGCUUCACUUUCAGUGGAAAUCCCAGAAGUUGUUUCUCCUGAACUAGAAAUGCCAGUGUAUCCGCCUGCUGUCAUAAUACCACUACGUGAUACUGUUACAUCUGAGGGACAUUCUGCUUGUUUUCAGUGCAGAGUUACAGGGACAGAUCUGAAAGUCUCCUGGUACAGCAAAGAGAAGGAGAUCAAGCCAUCACGUUUUUUUAGAAUGACUCAGUUUGAAGACACUUACCAGCUGGAGAUUGCUGAAGCUUAUCCAGAGGAUGAAGGAAUCUAUACCUUUGUGGCUAGUAAUUCUGUAGGCCAAGUGACAAGCACUGCUACCUUGAAGUUAGAAGCUCCUGAAAAAAUUGUUCAUGAGAAGCUAGAGGAAGAGGUUGAAAUGGAAAUGAAAGUUGCACCUAUCCUGAGGAGAAGGCUGGAACCCCUGGAGGUGGCUGUAAAUCAUGUGGCCAAGUUUACCUGUGAGGUGGAGAUGGCUCCCAAUGUCAAGUUCCAGUGGUACAAAGCCGGACGAGAGAUAUAUGAUGGGGACAAAUACUCCAUUCGCACUUCCAACUACCUCUCCACGCUGGAGAUCCCAAGGCCUCAAGUUGUUGACUGUGGAGAAUAUAGCUGUAAGGCUUCCAAUCAGCAUGGCAGUGUAAGCUCUACAGCUGUUUUAACAGUAACUGAAGCACUUCCACCAACGUUUCUUACCAGACCUGAAUCUAUCACUACUUUUGUGGGCAAAAGUGCCAAGUUCCUCUGUACUGUUUUGGGCACUCCAGUCAUCGACGUCACCUGGCAGAAAGAUGGCACGACAAUUUCACCUUCAGACCACCAUAAAAUCUCCAAAAUGGAAAAUAAACAUGUUUUAGAAAUUUCCUUUCUCACCACCAGUGACAGAGGGGUUUACACAUGCAAAGCUUCCAACAAGUUUGGGGCUGAUAUUUGCCAGGCUGAAAUGGUCAUUAUAGACAAGCCCCACUUCAUUAAAGUUUUACAGUCAGUGCAGUCAGCAGUUAAUAAAAAAAUACGUCUUGAAUGUCAGGUAGAUGAAGACAGGAAAGUAACUGUAGGGUGGACAAAGGAUGGAAACAAAAUCCCUCCAGGCAAAGAUUAUAAGAUUUGCUUUGAAGACAAAAUAGCCUCGCUUGAGAUUCCUCUGGCUAAGCUCAAGGAUUCGGGCCACUAUGUGUGCACUGCCUCAAACGAGGCAGGAAGCAGCUCCUCUUCUGCCAGCGUCACAGUCAGAGAACCACCAUCCUUUGUGAAGAAGGUCGAUCCAUCUUAUUUACUGACCCCAGGUGACUCUGCACGCCUUCAAUGCAAAAUCAAAGGGUCUCCUGAAAUCCAGGUUACUUGGUUCAAGAACAACAAGGAAAUCCAUGAAAGCAACACACACAGGAUGUCCUUUGUCAAUUCUGUGGCUGUGUUAGAUAUUUUGGAGAUGAAAGUUGAUGACAGUGGGACCUACUCAUGUGAAGUUGUAAAUGAGGUUGGAAGUGACAGCUGCACCACUGAAGUGGUUGUCAAAGAGCCUCCAUCUUUCAUCCGAACACUUGAACCUGCAGAGGUAGUGAAGGGAACAAACACCGUUCUUCAGUGUGAGGUUGCUGGCACUGGACCAUUUGAGAUUAGCUGGUACAAAGACAAGAAACAGAUUCGCAGUAGUAAAAAAUACAGGUUGACCUCUCAGAAAGCUGUUAUUUCUCUGGAGGUGUCUGCAUUUAAUAGUGCAGAUGUUGGUGAAUACGAGUGUGUGAUAGCUAAUGAAGUCGGAAAGUGCAUGUGCAGUGCCACAUACAUCUUGAAAGAACCACCGUCUUUUGUUAAGAAAAUCGAAAAUGUGACAGCUCUGGCUGGAGAUAGUAUUACGUUACAGGCCGUGGUGAAAGGGUCAGAGCCGAUUUCUGUAAUGUGGAUGAAGGGCAAAGACAUUAUUAAAGAUGAUAACAAUGUGAGAGUGACAUUUGAUCAUGGUCUAGCAACGCUGCAAAUUACUGGUGUCCAGCUGAGCUCUGGUGGCAAAUACACCUGCGUGGCUGAGAAUGAUGCAGGAAGUCAGUCCUGCUUUGGUGAACUAGCAGUGAAAGAACCUGCCAAAAUAAUUGAAAAAGCUGAAGUUAUCCAGGUUACAGCAGGGGAACCAGCUAUUUUGGAGUACACUGUCACAGGCACUCCAGAGCUAAAAACCAAAUGGUUCAAAGACGGAAGGCUACUACCUGCCAGCAAAAAAUAUAGGAUCAGCUUCAAAAAUAACAUUGCCCAGCUCAAGUUUUAUGCUACUGAAAUGCAGGACAGUGGCGAAUACACCUUUGAGAUAUCCAAUGAUGUGGGCAUCAGCUCUUGUACUACCAGCUUCACUGUGCUAGAUCGCACUCUCCCUCCCUUCUUUACUAAACCACUGAAGAAUAUUGACAGCAUCAUUAACACCUCGUGCCGCCUAGACUGCAAAAUUUCAGGUUCUCUUCCAAUGACCGUCUCUUGGUUCAAGCAGGACACUGAGAUCACUACAAGUGCCAAGUACACAGUACAUUUUGCAGAAGGCUCAGCAUCUUUGGAAAUCAAACACCUAGAUGCAACUGAUGCUGGGGUCUACAUUUGCAGAGCCGCAAACUCUGCUGGUAGCAAAGAGAGCAGUAGUACAUUGUUUGUAAAAGAACCACCCAGCUUCACUGUAGAACCAGAGUCUCAAGAUGUACUGCCUGCAUCAACCGUACAUUUCAAAGGCACAUUUAAAGGCACAACACCACUGACAGUGAAAUGGUUUAAAGGUGAUACUGAGCUCGUGACAGGAGGAGCCUGCUACAUUAUGACAGAAGCAUUAGCAAGUUACUUGGAGCUUUAUGCAGUCAAACCAGCAGACUCUGGAAAAUACACCUGCAAAGUCUCCAAUGUAGCUGGUUCAGUAACAUGCAGUGCAAACUUGUUUGUAAAAGAACCUGCUGCCUUCAAGGAGAAGCUAGAGCCGACCCAUCUGGUAAAGAAAGGUGGAUAUGUUGAGCUGACCUGUGAAGUCACUGGUACUCCUGAGAUUAAAAUCACAUGGUUCAAGGAUGAUAGAGAGCUAAAAGAGAGUGAAAAAUACAGGAUGUCUUGUGCAAAAUCUUUGGCAAUACUCCAUGUUUCAGAAGUUGAUACUGAAGACAGUGGAGAAUAUAUUUGUGAGGCCAAAAAUGAUGCUGGAAAAGAUAUUUGCAGUAGUGUUGUUACAGUCAAAGAGUCACCCUAUUUUAGCAAGGAGUUUCAGUCCAUGGAAGUCUUGAAGGAUUCUGAUGUGGUUUUGGAGUGUGAGGUGCUUGGCACGCCUCCCUUUGAAGUGUUUUGGGUGAAAGAUGAUAAACCCGUGCGGAGCAGUAAGAAGCACAGAAUAAGCAUUGAAAAAUCUUUGAUUAGUCUCCACGUUUUCAGGUUUGAUGCUUCUGAUGUUGGCGAGUAUCAAUGUAGAGUAACAAAUGAUGUUGGGAGCUGCCUCUGCAGUUCAGAGGUCACACUGAAAGAGCCUCCACAGUUUUUGAAGAGGAUAGAAAACAUUAGUUCCCUUCGAGGGGGCACGGUUGUGUUUCAGGCUGCUAUUAAAGGCUCCUUGCCCAUCACUGUGUCCUGGUUGAAAGACAAUGAUGAAGUGAUUGAAGACAGCAAUAUCAAAAUGACCUUUGUGAACAAUGUUGCCACUCUUCUGGUGAGAUCUAUUGAGCUGAAACAUGAUGGGAAAUAUUUUUGUCAGGCUAAAAAUGAGGCAGGAAUUCAGAGGUGUUCUGCUCUGCUGACUGUCAAAGAACCUGCUACAAUUGUGGACAAGGCCGUGUCAAUAGAUGUGACUGAGGGAGACCCAGCAACCUUGCAGUGUAAAUUUUCGGGAACAAAACCUAUUACAGCCAAAUGGUUCAAAGAUGGCAAGGAACUGACAUUAGGCCCAAAAUAUAAGAUCAGUAUUACAGAUACUGUCUCAGUCCUAAAGGUGCUUCAUGCAGAAAAGAAGGAUAGUGGAGAAUACACUUUUGAGGUUCACAAUGACGUUGGGAGCAGUAGCUGUUCUGCCAGCAUUAAUGUCCUAGAUCUCAUUAUACCACCUAAAUUCACAAAAAAACUCAAGAAAAUGGACAGCAUUAAGGGGUCUUUUGUCCACCUGGAGUGCAUAGUGUCUGGUUCACAUCCUAUAAGUAUCCAGUGGUACAAGGAUGGCCAAGAAAUAACAGCAAGUGAAAAGCACAAAUAUUCUUUCCAUGAUAAUACUGCAUUUCUGGAAAUAAAUAAACUGGAAGGCACAGACACUGGCUCUUACACCUGUGAAGCAACAAAUAAAGCAGGAAGCAACCAAUGCAGCGGAUUCUUAACAGUCAAAGAACCUCCAUAUUUUGUGGAAAAACCCCAAUCUCAAGAGGUUGUGCCCAGUGCUAGGGUUCAGUUCAAAGCACUGGUGAAAGGGUCUACUCCUCUGCAGAUAAAGUGGUUUAAAGACAGCCAGGAGCUCCUGUCUGGAGCCAAUCGAUCUGUCUGGAAGGAUGACACAUCUAGUGUACUGGAGCUCUUCUCAGCUAGAACGUCUGAUUCUGGGAACUACACUUGUCAGAUAAGCAAUGAUGUGGGGACUGCAACUUGCAAAGCAACUCUGUUUGUAAAAGAGCCCCCCAGAUUUAUUCAGAUGCCAACUUCUGUAAUAGCUUUGCGUGAAGGACAGUCCACCACUUUCGAGUGCCAGGUAGUAGGCACACCAGAGAUCCACAUUACAUGGUACCUGGAUGGGAAUGAAGUGACUGACCAGGCUAAGUACGGCAUCUCCUUCAUAGAUGGAUUAGCCACUUUGAAAGUCACUCAAGCCAGAGUGGCAGAUAGUGGGAUUUAUGUUUGCGAAGCCCACAAUGAUGCAGGUAGUGAGAGCUGCAGCGUUGAGCUGAAAGUAAAAGAGCCUCCAACCUUUGUUCGGGAGUUGAGUCCCACCAAGGUAGUGAAGGGCUCAGAGGCCACACUAGAGUGUGAGGUGACUGGUACUCCUCCAUUUGAGGUGAAGUGGCUGAAGAACAAUAAGGAGAUGUUCAGCAGCAAGAAAUAUGCUAUCUUCACCAAAGAAUCAGUAUUUACUCUUAAUGUGACUAACUGUGAUGUCUCAGAUGUUGGUGAAUAUCAGUGUAUUAUAUCAAAUGAAGGUGGGAGCUGUUCUUGCAGCACAAGGCUCAGCUUGAAAGAACCACCAUCCUUCGUCAAGAAGCUGGAGAACGUCACUAGCAUUUUGAAAGGUGAUGCAUUCUUUCAGUGCAUCGUAGCAGGUGCUCAACCCUUAUCUGUGUCAUGGAUAAAAGAUGAGAAAAUACUAGAAGACGAUGAGCAUCACCAUAUUACCUUUGAGAACAACGUGGCCACACUGAAGCUUGCUAAUGUUGACCUCAGCCACAGAGGGAGAUACACCUGUCAGGCCAAGAAUGAAUCUGGCUUGGAGAAGUGUUUUGCUUUGCUUUUUGUACAAGAGCCUGCACAGAUCAUAGAAAAGGCUAAAUCGCUUAAAGUCACUGAAAGAGACCCUGUGACUUUGGAGUGUGCUGUGGCUGGGACGCCAGAGCUCCGAAUAAGAUGGUACAAAGAUGGCAAACAGCUCCUGCCCAGUAGAUACUACACAAUGACCUUUGAAAACAAUGUGGCCAGUUUCAGGAUUGAACCUGUAUCAAAGGAGGAUAGUGGUACAUACAGUUUUAAGGUUGAAAAUGACUUUGGAAGUAGCACCUGUGAAGCUGUUCUGACUGUGCUAGAUCAAUCAAUUCCUCCUGUAUUUAUCAAAAAACUAACCAAAAAGGAUACCGUUCUGGGAUCUUCUAUCCAAAUGGAGUGCAAAGUCUCUGGGUCACUCCCCAUUAUUGCAAAAUGGUUUAAGGAUGGAAAAGAGAUAACUGACAGUGCAAAAUAUAGAAGUCUGUGCCAUGAGAACACUAUGUCACUUGAGAUUGCUAAUCUAGAGCUGGCAGACAGUGCAAAUUACACGUGCAGUGUCUCUAAUGUUGCUGGAAACGACUCUUGCAGUGCUGUCCUGACUGUGAAAGAACCACCAAGCUUCUUAGUAAAACCUGAAAGCCAACAAGCCAUCCCAGAUUCCACAGUGGAGUUUAAGACCACACUAAAAGGAACACCACCCUUUACAGUAAAGUGGUUCAAAGAAGAUUUAGAACUUGUAUCUGGUCCAACUUGUUUCAUUGGGAUUGAAGGUUCAACCGGGUUCUUAACCCUCUAUUCAGUGGAUACUUCUAGGACUGGGCACUACACUUGCCACGUUUCAAAUGACGUUGGCAGUGAUUCUUGCACUACAACAUUGAUGGUAACAGAACCACCCAAGUUUGCUAAGAAGCUAGAGGCAACAAAAGUAGUCAAGCAGGGUGACUCAGCCCGGCUUGAGUGCAAAGUAAGUGGAUCUCCAGAGAUGAAAGUAGUGUGGUUCAGAAAUGACCAUGAAAUUGUUGCCAGUGAAAAAUUCCGGAUGUCUUUCAUUGACUCUGUGGCCGUGCUUGAAAUGAAUCAUCUCAGUACUGAUGAGAGCGGUGACUACAUCUGUGAAGCUCACAACCCUGCCGGCAAGGCCAGCUGUAGCACCAAAGUCACAGUGAAAGAACCUCCUGUCUUUAGCAGGAAACCCUCUCCAGUAGACAUUGUCAAAGGAUCUGAGGUUAGCCUGGAAUGUGAGAUUUCAGGAACACCUCCAUUUGACGUUGCCUGGUACAAAGACAGGAGACAAAUCCGCAGUAGUAAGAAGUACAAGGUUACAGCCAAAAACUACCAGACAAGUGUUCGCAUUCUUAAUGUUGAAGCUGCGGAUGUUGGUGAAUAUCAGUGCAAAGCACAGAACGAUGUAGGAAGUGACACUUGUUUUUGCGCUGUGAAACUGAAAGAACCACCAAAAUUCUUGACUAAAAUAAACAGCGUUACUGUUGUGGUUGGUGAACCAGUAGAGUUACAAGCAAAAGUGGAGGGCUCCCAGCCAAUUGCUGUGCAGUGGCUUAAAGACAAAGAGGAAAUUAUUAGAGAAAGUGAAAACACGAAGAUCACAUUUAUGGAAAAUAUUGCAACUUUACAAUUUGUGCACACGGAGACAAGCAAUGCUGGAAAAUACACCUGUCAGAUCAGAAAUGAUGCUGGAAGUCGCGAGUGUAUGGCUACCUUGACUAUUCUAGAGCCUGCAGUCAUUGUAGAGAAAGCAGAGCCAAUGAGAGUUACUGUAGGAGAUGCCUGUACUUUGGAGUGCAAAGUGGCAGGCACACCACAGCUUUCCACUGGGUGGUUCAAGGACGGCAAAGAGCUGACCAGCAGCCAAAAAUACAAAAUUACUUUCCUCAAUAACGUAUCUACACUUAAAAUUAUGGAUGCAGAAAAGGAAGAUGGUGGACUGUAUACUUUUGCAGUGCAAAACGACGUGGGGAAAAGCAGUUGCACAGCAUCAGUUGAUGUUUUAGAUCGAAUCAUUCCUCCUUCUUUCACAAGAAAACUAAAGGACACCCCCUGUGUUCUGAGUUCAUCAGCACUGCUGGAAUGUAAAGUGUCAGGUUCACCUCCUAUUUCUGUUGCCUGGUUUCAAAAUGGACUUAAGUUAGUCAAUGGAGAAAAACAUCAAAUCUCCUUUUCAGAUAACCUUUGUAUUUUAGAAGUUAAUUCACUGAGCAACUCAGAUACUGGAACUUACACUUGCAAAGCUACCAACGUAGCUGGUUCAGAUGAAUGCAGUGCUGUAUUGACUGUACAAGAGCCACCAUCUUUUGAGAGGACACCAGAGCCUCUGGAUGUAUUGCCAGGCACAAGCAUCACUUUCACAUGUGUUGUCAGAGGAACCCCUCCUUUUAAGGUCAACUGGUUUAGAGGGGCCAAUGAGCUUGUGCCAGGGGACAAAUGCAAUAUCUACUUGGAGGAGUCCGUUGUGGAGCUUGAGUUAUUUGAUGUAACUCCUCCCCAAAGUGGAGAGUAUACUUGUCUAGUGACUAAUGAUGCUGGCAGGGCAAAUUGUUCAACACACCUUACAGUAAAAGAGCCAGCUGUCUUUGUGAAGAAACUGAGUGAUCAGUACGUGGAACCUGGCAAGCCCAUCAUCCUGGAGGGCACUUACACAGGCAGCCUCCCCAUCUCUGUGACAUGGAAGAAGAAUGGCCACACCAUCACACAGUCUCAGAAGUGUAGCAUCACCACCACAGAGAAAUCCUGCAUCCUGGAAAUACUUGACAGCACCAAAGAAGAUUCAGGAGAAUACACUUGCCAUGUUGAAAAUGAGGCGGGAAGAGAUGUUUGCGAGGCUGUAGUCUCUACCCUAGAACCUCCCUAUUUUGUUACACACUUGGAACCUCUUGAGGUGUCAGUUGGGGAUUAUACAACAUUGCAAUGUCGCGUUGCUGGAACACCAGAAAUAACUGUGUCUUGGUACAAAGGUGACACAAAACUCAGGUCUACUCCUGAGUACAAAGUGUUCUUUAAAGACAACGUUGCUACACUUAUUUUCAACAAAGUGGUUAGCAAUGACACUGGAGAAUACAUCUGCAAGGCAGAAAACAGUGUAGGAAUUGCAUCUACAAAGGCUCUCUUAACAGUUCAAGAGCGCAAACGACCACCUUCCUUUGCAAGAAAGUUAAAGGACAUCGAGCACCCUGCUGGUUUACCCCUUAAAUUUAUGUGUCGGCUCAAUGGCUCAGAACCCAUUACUGUUACUUGGCACAAAGAUGGGGUACCACUGAGUGAUGACCACAAUGUGCACACAUCCUUUGUAGAUAACGUUGCAGUGCUGCAACUAGUGCGAACCGAGAUGAAUCAUACUGGGCAGUACUCCUGCACAGCCACCAAUUCUGUGGGCACUGCCACCACAAGUGCUAGGCUCACAGUGGCAGAACCCAAGCAAGCACCUGUCUUUGACACCAAACCAGAAUCUAUUGAUGUGCCUUUUGGAGAAAGUGCUGACUUUGAAUGUCGUGUUACGGGUGCCCAGCCAAUACACAUAACCUGGUCCAAAGAUGGUCGGGAGAUUCGAACUGGAGGAAACUUCAAUAUUACAUUUAUAAACAACACAGCUCACCUUCGAGUGCUCAGAGUGGGUAAAGGAGACUCUGGCCAAUAUACUUGCCAAGCUAGUAAUGAAGCUGGGAAAGACUUUUGCUCAGCCCAACUCAGUGUCAAAGAACCUCCCAAGUUCAUCAAGAAGCCUGAAGCUUUGCGAUUCGUGAAGCAAGGGGACACAGUUCAACUUGAAUGUAAAAUCAGUGGCACACCAGAGAUCAGAAUCGUGUGGUAUAAAAAUGAUCAGGCACUCCAGGCGAGCGACAGGCUCCACAUGUCCUUUGUAGACUCCGUGGCGAUGCUAACCAUUCCAGAUGCCAACACUGAAGAUGCUGGGGAUUACAUAUGUGAAGCCCAUAACUCUGCCGGCACAGCCAGCUGCAGCACUUCAGUCGCAGUGAAAGAACCACCUGUUUUUAGCAAAGUGCCAAGCCCUGUGGAGACUCUUAAAGGCUCAGAUGUUAUCCUCCAGUGCGAGAUAGCAGGGACCCCACCCUUUGAGGUGGCUUGGUUCAAGGACCGAAGGCAGGUCAGGAGCAGCAAGAAAUUCAAGGUGACAGCAAAACACUCCAUUGCCAGCCUUCAUAUUCUCAAUCUGGAAUCUCAAGAUACUGGAGAAUAUCAAUGCAAAGCUAUGAAUGAGGUGGGAAGCGACACUUGCACUUGCCCAGUGAAAUUCAAAGAACCCCCACGGUUUGCCAAGAAGCUGAGUGACACUGCAAUCUUCAUCGGGGAGCCAACAGCUCUGCAGGCAGUGGUGGAAGGAUCCCCUCCAAUUUCUGUUGUCUGGCUCAAGGAUAAGGGUGAAGUUAUUAGGGAGAGUGAAAAUGUUCAAAUGUGGUUUAUGGACAACAUAGCAACUCUUGAGAUAGCCAGUGCAGAGGGAGCUGAUGUUGGGAAGUACAUCUGUCAGAUCAAAAAUGAUGCUGGCAUGCGGGAGUGCUCUGCCUUUUUACAAGUCCUAGAACCAGCAGUCAUCUUAGAGAAGACUGAACCAAUCACAGUAAUGGCUGGUAAUCCUUUUACCCUGGAGUGCAAAGUAGGAGGAACACCUGAACUUAUUACCAAGUGGUACAAAGAUGGCAGAGAACUAAGGAGUGACCGCAAAUACCAAAUUACCUUUUUCAACAAUGUAUCCACUUUGAAAGUCUUUUCUGCAGACAGGGGAGACAGGGGCUUAUAUACUUUUGAGGUGCACAAUGAAGUGGGAGACAGCAGCUGCACUUCUUCAGUUGAUGUUUCAGAUCGUCUUGUUCCUCCUUCAUUCUCAAGAAAAUUAAAAGAAACAAAUGGGGUGCUGGGAUCCUCAGUGCUGCUGGAGUGCAAAGUGUCUGGCACAUCCCCCAUAUCUGUGUCCUGGUUUCAAGAUGGGAAUGAGAUUGUUAGUGGAGAAAAAUAUGAAAUCUCAUUCUUGGAUGAUGUUUGUGCUUUGAAGCUGAAUGCUCUGGAUGCCACAGAUACAGGGACAUAUACCUGUGUGGCAGCCAAUGUGGCUGGAUCUGAUGAAUGCAGUGCCUUCUUGACUGUACAAGAACCACCUUCUUUUGUGAAGACACCUGAUCCCCAGGAAGUUUUGCCUGGAUCAAGUGUAACAUUUACCAGCUACAUCAAGGGUAGUGCUCCCUUCAAAGUGACCUGGUUUCGAGGCAUCAGGGAGCUGGUGCCGGACAGCAACUGCUCCAUCUCUUUCAAAGAAUCUAUGGCACAGCUGCAGCUGUACAACGUGGAGCCAGGCCACAGCGGGGACUAUGCCUGUGUGGUCACAAAUGAUGCUGGCAGUACCUCAUGUACAACCCAACUCUUUGUUAAAGAGCCUGCAGUCUUUGUGAAGAAAUUAAGUGAUUUCAGUGUGGAGCAGGGAAAGUCCAUUGUGCUGGAAAGCAGCUACAUAGGCACCCCUCCCAUCUCUGUCACCUGGAAAAGAAAUGGCAUGCCCAUUGCACAGUCCCCACACUGCAGUGUUACAACUACUGAAAAAUCUGGCAUUCUUGAAAUCUUCAACAGCACCAAGAAUGAUGAAGGCGAAUACACCUGUGAGGUGGCAAAUGAGGCGGGUGGGGAUGUUUGCCACAGCCUUGUGUCCAUCUUAGAACCACCCUAUUUUGUCACACAUCUGGACCGUGUGGAGGUGAAGGUUGGCGAGCCCUUGAUCUUAAAAUGCCAGAUUGGUGGUUCACCAGAAAUCAAGGUGUCCUGGUAUAAAGAUGACACCAAGCUGAGAUCAACACAAGCUUACAAAAUGCACUUCAAGAACAAUGUGGCAACACUGGCAUUCUCCACUGUAGAGGAUAGCAACAUUGGAGAAUAUAUCUGCAAAGCAGAAAAUAGCAUCGGCUUCGCCACCUCCACAGCUUUGCUUGUUGUUAAAGAACGUCAACUUCCCCCUACAUUCACCAGAAAACUAAAAGAUAUUCAGGAGGUGGUUGGUGCCCCAGUGACAUUUGACUGCCGUAUAAAUGGCUCAGAGCCUAUCCAGGUGUCUUGGUACAAGGAUGGGGUUCUCUUAAGCGACAGUGAUAACAUGCAAUCAGCCUUCUUAAAUAACGUUGCGACUCUCCAAAUCUUGCAAACUAGUAUGGCUCACUGUGGCCAAUAUACUUGCUCAGCCCAAAAUGCUCUGGGGACUGCAUCUUCCAGUGCCAAACUUCUCCUCACAGAACAACUACAACCUCCCUUCUUUGACAUCAAGCCAGUAUCUAUCGAUGUGGCACUAGGGGAAAGUGCAACCUUUAAGUGCCAUGUGACUGGUUCUGCUCCCAUGAGGAUUACUUGGACCAGAGACAACAGAGAGAUUCGUCCUGGUGGCAACUACAAAAUGACACUCGUGGAAAGCACAGCCAGCUUGACAGUCCUAAAAGUUGGUAAAGGAGAUGCUGGACUCUACACAUGUACUGCAAGCAACAGUGUUGGAAAGGACGCGUGCGCAGCUCAGCUGGCUGUACAAGAACCACCAAGGUUUAUUAAGAAACUAGAUUCCUCAAAACUUGUGAAACAGCACGAUUCCAUUAAGUAUGAAUGCAAAGUAGGUGGAUCUCCAGAAAUCAAAGUCACCUGGUACAAGGGUGAAACUGAGAUUCAUCCCAGUGAAAAAUACAGAAUGUCCUUUGAGGAUUCAGUGGCAGUCAUUGAAAUGCACAACCUCAGUGUUGAAGACAGCGGUGACUACACGUGUGAAGCUCAGAAUCCGGCGGGUAGUGCAAGCACCAGUACUUCACUGAGAGUAAAAGCACCCCCCAUUUUUACCAAGAAGCCCCAUCCAGUCCAGACCUUGAAAGGGUCUGAUAUUCACCUGGAAUGUGAGCUUCAGGGCACUCCUCCGUUCCAGAUUUCAUGGUAUAAAGACAAACGAGAAAUUCGGAGCAGCAAGAAGUAUAAGGUCAUGUCUGAGAACUACUCAGCUAGUAUUCACAUUCUUAGUGUGGAUACUGCAGAUGUUGGUGAAUAUCACUGUAAAGCUGUAAACGAUGUCGGAAGUGACACCUGCAUUGGCUCUGUAACACUAAGAGCACCACCAACCUUUGUGAAGAAGCUGAGUGAUCUCACUGUCGUAGUUGGGGAGUCAAUUGAGCUGCAGGCCGAAGUAAAAGGAUCACAGCCCAUUUCUGUUCUGUGGUUAAAAGACAAAGGGGAAAUCAUUAGAGAAAGUGAUAAUCUUUGGAUCUCCUAUUCAGAAAACAUUGCAACUAUGCAGAUUGGAAAUGCAGAACCAACCAAUGCUGGGAAAUAUAUUUGUCAGAUAAAAAAUGAUGCUGGAGUUCAGGAAUGCUUUGCCACGGUGAAAGUGCUAGAACCUGCAGUCAUUGUAGAGAAGCCAGGCCCAGUCAAAGUUACAGCAGGAGACUCUUGUACUCUGGAAUGCACAGUAGAUGGCACACCAGAGCUUACUGCUAGGUGGUUUAAGGAUGGUAAUGAGCUGUCCACUGACCAUAAAUAUAAAAUCAGUUUCUUCAACAAAGUAUCUGGGCUUAAGAUCCUCAAUGCAACACUAGAAGACAGUGGAGAAUAUACUUUUGAGGUGAAAAACAGUGUUGGUAAAAGCAGCUGCACAGCUUCAGUGCACGUUUCAGAUCGUAUUAUACCUCCUUCUUUCACAAGAAAACUGAAAGAAACAUUCGGUCAGCUGGGUUCUUCUGCUGUACUGGAGUGCAAAGUUUAUGGGUCACCACCUAUUCUGGUUUCCUGGUUUCAUGAUGGACAAGAGAUUACCAGUGGAGACAAGUAUCAGGCUACCCUUACAGACAAUACCUGUUCUCUGAAAGUGAAUGGACUUCAGGAAUCUGAUAUGGGAACUUAUUUGUGCACAGCUACUAAUGUAGCAGGGUCUGAUGAAUGCAGCGCAAUUUUGAGUGUUAGAGAACCACCAUCUUUUGUGAAGAAACCUGAACCACUGGAUGUUUUAUCUGGGGCAAACAUAACCUUUACUAGUAUCAUAAAAGGUUCCUCUCCACUGGAAGUUAAAUGGUUCAGAGGCAGUGUUGAACUAGUACCAGGACACAGAUGCAAUAUCACCUUGCAAGAUUCAGUUGCAGAACUGGAGCUCUUUGAUGUAAAUCCUCUUGAGAGUGGAGAUUACACUUGCCAGGUCUCUAAUGAGGCAGGAAAAAUUUCUUGCACUACACAUCUUUUUGUCAAAGAACCAGCCAAAUUUGUGAAGAAGGUGAAUGAUUUAAGUGUAGAGAAAGGGAAAACUUUAAUCUUGGAAUGCACAUAUACGGGUACUCCACCGAUUUCAGUGACAUGGAAGAAAAAUGGAGUUAACAUAGUGCACUCUGAAAAGUGUAGCAUCACCACUACAGAAACAUCCGCCAUACUGGAAAUCCCUAGCAGUAAACUAGAAGAUCAGGGGCAAUAUUCUUGUCAUAUCGAAAAUGAUUCUGGGAAAGAUAAUUGUCAUGGUGCAAUCACAAUACUAGAACCCCCUUACUUCAUUACACCCUUGGAGCCAGUGCAGGUGACUGUUGGGGAUUCUGCAUCCUUACAGUGCCAGGUUGCUGGAACACCAGAAAUGAUUGUAUCGUGGUACAAAGGCGAUACAAAGCUGAGAGGAACUGCUACUAUGAAAAUGCACUUUAAGAACCAAAUUGCUACUCUGGUUUUCAGCCAGGUAGACAGUAGUGACAGUGGGGAGUACAUCUGCAAAGUAGAAAACACUGUUGGGGAGGCUGCUUCUUCAUCUUUGCUCACGGUUCAAGAGCGUAAACUUCCUCCUUCUUUUACGCGAAAAUUAAGAGAUGUUCAUGAAACUGUUGGCUUACCAGUUAUGUUUGAUUGUGGCAUUGCUGGUUCAGAACCCAUCGAAGUAUCUUGGUUUAAAGAUGGUGCACGUGUAAAAGAGGACUACAAUGUUCACACAUCCUUCGUAGAUAAUGUAGCAACUCUCCAGAUUUUGAAGACAGAUAGGAGCCUUAUUGGGCAAUAUACCUGCACAGCUACCAAUGCUAUUGGGACUGCUUCUUCUAGUGGCAGGCUUAUCCUUACAGAAGGGAAGACUCCUCCAUUCUUUGACAUCCCACUUACACCUGUGGAUGGUAUUAUUGGAGAAAGUGCUGACUUUGAGUGUCACGUUUCUGGAACACAACCUAUUAGAGUCACUUGGGCAAAAGAUGACCAAGAGAUUAGAACAGGAAGAAAUUAUCAGAUCAGUUAUGUAGACAAUACAGCCCAUUUGACCAUCUUGAGAGUUGACAGGGGAGAUUCUGGAGUAUAUACAUGCUAUGCUAGCAAUGAAGUUGGAAAGGACUCUUGCACAGCUCAACUGACUGUUAAAGAACGAAAAAAUCCUCCUACUUUUACUAAGAAACUGUCUGAAGCCAUAGAAGAAACAGAAGGGAAUGAACUUAAACUUGAGGGUCGUGUUUCUGGCUCUCAGCCUUUGACUGUUGCUUGGUAUAAAAACAAUCAGGAAGUCCAUUCAAGUGCUCACUGUGAAAUAUCUUUCAAAAACAAUACCUUGCUUUUGCAUAUAAAGGUCGUAGAGCAAUCAGAUGCUGGUUUAUAUACCUGUAAAGUGUCCAAUGAAGCAGGAAGCGUGUUGAGUACAUCUUCUGUUGUUAUCAGAGAACCUAAAAAGCCUCCAGUUUUUGACCAGCCUCUUCAGUCAGCAGCAGGAGAGGAAGGUGAUACGAUCCAGCUUAGCUGUCAUGUCCAAGGAUCACAGCCGAUCCGGAUUCAGUGGCUGAAAGCAGGGAGAGAAAUAAGAGCUUCAGACAGAUGCAACUUCAGCUUUGUUAAUGGAGUAGCUCUUCUAGAACUUGCUGCAGUUACCAAAUCCGAUUCAGGAGAAUAUGUAUGCAAAGCUUCGAAUGCAGCUGGCACUGAUACUUGCAAAUCUAAAGUGACAGUUAAAGAAAAACCAGCAGCUGCACCAGCAGCUAAGAAAGCAGAAGUGGAAGGCAAACUUUAUUUUGUGUCAGAGCCUCAGAGUAUCAAAGUCAUGGAAAAGACCGUUGCAACAUUUAUGGCAAAAGUUGGAGGAGAUCCAAUUCCAAAUGUUAAAUGGAUGAAGGGAAAAUGGAGGCAACUCAACCAGGGAGGCCGCAUUCUAAUCCAGCAGAGAGGAGAUGAAGCCAAACUAGAAAUAAAGGACACAAUAAAAACUGAUUCUGGCAUGUACAAAUGUGUAGCUUUUAACCAACAUGGUGAAAUUGAGAGGAGUGUAAACCUACAAGUAGAAGAAAGAAAGAAAGAAGUUGUUGAAGGGGAUCUCAGGGCAAAACUAAAAAGCACUCCAACAAAAAAGAAAGAAGAGGAAGAGCAACCUAUUGAUAUCUUGGAACUUCUCAAAAAUGUAGAUCCCAAAGAAUAUGAGAAAUACGCUCGCAUGUAUGGAAUUACAGAUUUCCGUGGCCUCCUGCAAGCCUUUGAGUUACUAAAGCAAACUCAAGCAGAAGAAAGCCAUAGAUUGGAAAUUGAGCUCACAGAAAAAGCUCAAAGGGAAGAUCAGGAGUUUGAUGAACUUGUAGCUUUUAUUCAGCAACGACUCUCACAAACAGAGCCUAUUACUCUGGUCAGAGACAUUGAAAAUCAGACGGUUUUAGCAGAUGAGGAUGCUAUCUUUGAAUGUGAGAUUAAAAUUAACUAUCCAGAAAUUAAACUUACAUGGUACAAGGGAACCCAGAAACUGGACUCCAAUGACAAAUAUGAAAUUAGAAUUGAAGGUGACCGCCACAUACUGAGAAUUAGGAACUGUCAGCCUGAGGAUCAGGGAAAUUUCAGAAUAGUGUGCGGACCACACAUUGCCAGUGCCAGGCUAACUGUGAUUGAACCUGCAGUUGAACGGCAUCUUCAUGACACUACUUUCAAGGAAGGAAAAACAUGCACACUGACUUGUCAGUUCUCUAUCCCAAAUGCCAAGUCUCAGUGGUAUAGAAAUGGGAGACCUAUUAAGAUAGGAGGGAGAUAUUCAACGCAAGUCUCUGACAAAGUACACAAACUCAUCAUCAAGGAUGUUAGAACAGAAGACGAAGGACAGUAUACCUGCAAGCUUGACAGUCUAGAAACAACAGCAGAUCUGGCCAUUGAAGCGGAACCAAUUCAGUUCACGAAGAGCAUACAGAACAUUGUUGUGAGUGAACACCAGUCUGCAACCUUUGAGUGCGAGGUGUCCUUUGAUGAUGCAGUUGUGACAUGGUAUAAAGGCCCCACUGAACUGAGAGAGAGUCCCAAGUACAGCUUCAGAAGUGAAGGUCGUUGUCAUUAUAUGACUAUUCACAAUGUUAAUGCAGAAGAUGAAGGUGUAUAUUCUGUAAUUGCUCGUCUUGAACCAAGAGGAGAAGCAAGAAGCACUGCAGAGCUCUAUCUGGUAACCAAAGAAAUCAAACUGGAGCUGAAGCCACCAGAUGUUCCUGAUGCUAAGGUUGCAGUUCCACCUCAAAAACCAGCUGAAGCUGCCCCUAUUCCUAUUCUUCUGCCUCUUGUUCCACCUCCAGAGAAGAAAAAGCCAGCAGAAAAAAAGGUUCCACUAAAGAAAGUCCCACAAAAGGUGGUUAAAAAAGUUCCUGAAGAAGUCCCACCACCUAAAGUUCCUGAGGUGCUGCCAGAGAAACCCAAAGAGGUCAAAAUAACAUCUAUGGCAAGGAGAGAAGAGAUACAUGAAGAAAAGAAGGAAAUAUAUGAAAUGCCUAAAGAAACUUAUGAAGAAUGGGAAGAAGAUUAUGGUGAAGAUCAUGAUUAUUAUGUCAAGGAAGAAGGCUACGAUGAAGGGGAAGAGGAAUGGGAAGAAACUUAUGAGAAAAGAGAAGUGACUUAUGAAGAAAAAAGAGUCAUUCAUGAAGAAGUGGUUGAAGUUCCUAAGAAACCUGUGCCUGAGCGAAAACCACCAGCAAUUGCAGCUGAAAAGAAGGAAAAGAAGGAAGUAACAGUUCAAAAAGUUGUCAAGAAGCCUGUCGAUGAAAAAGUGGAGAUGACCACUCAGAGGGUUACAGAAGAAAAAGUCAAACGAGCUGAGGUUACCAAGAAAGUUGUGCCACCAAAACCUACACCAAUGGUCAUUGAGGAAAAAGUUAUGAAAAAGGAAGUACCAACAGUAGAAACAUGGACUGUUUCAGAAGAAAAGAUGUCAGUUUCUGUCCACAGAGAAGAAGAGUAUUCAUAUGUUCCAGAGCCACCAGAGCAUGAGAAAACAGUUGAAGAAAGAUUCUAUGAAGCUGUUUACGCAAUUGAAGCACAAAGGGAAGUUGAGGAGGAGGAAGAAGUCAUUUCUACAGAACUGGAGAUCCCUCACGUUGAAGUGCCUGAGGUACCAAAGAGGCGUGUUCCAGAAGAAAGAAAGCCUAUUCCUGUCCCUAAAACAGAAGCUCCAUCGGCUAAAGUGCCUGAAGUCCCUAAGAAACCUGUUCCAGAAAAGAAAGUUGCUGUUGCUAAAAAGGAGGUGGCUCCCCCAGCAAAAGUGCCGGAGGUGCCUAAGAAAGUUCCCCCAGAGAAAAAAAUUGAUGUUCUAAAAAGAGAGGAAGCUCCAACACCUAAAGUGCCUGCAGUUCCUAAGAAACCUAUCCCUAAAGAGAAAGUAUCUCCUGCUGUUCCUAAAAAAAUUGAGGCUCCUCCACCUAAAGUGCCCGAACUGCAGAAGAAAGCCACUUUUGAAGAAAGAGUACUUAUUACAGAAGAAAGAGUAUCUGUUGCCAUUCCAGAGGAAAUCCCACUACCUGAAGAACCAACAGUAGAAGAAUGGUCUGAAGAAGAAACAGAGGAAGUAUCUAUCUCCAUUCACAGAGAAGAGGUUUCUGAAGUGACUGAAGAAGAGUCUUACUAUAUAGAGGAAACAGUAACAGUUCCUAAAAGAGAGGAAGCCCCAACCACAAAAGUGCCUGAGAAGUACAGGAAAGUUGUCCCUGAACCAAAAGUCCCAGCUGCUCCUAAGGAAGCUCCAGGAGUUAAAGUUCCUGAAAUCCAUAAGAAAGCAGUUCCUAAAGAGAAAGUACCUGUCCCUCUGUCUAAAAAAAUGGUGGCUCCACCAGCAAAAGAACCUGCAGAAAAACAGGUGCCCACUUUUGAGAUCGAAGUUGAAGAACCUCCAGCAACCAAAGUGACUGAAGUGCACAGGAAAAUUAUCACAGAAGAAAAAGUUGCAGUUGCUAGAAAAGAGGAGGCUCCACCAAAAAAAGCGGUGCCCAAGAAAGCUGUGCCAGAAGACAAAGUACCCGUUCCAAUUUCACGGAAAGUGGCAGCUCCACCAGCUAAAGUGCAAGAAGUGCAGAAGAAAGUUGCCAGAGAAGAAAGAGUAUCCGUUGCUGUUCCAAAAAGAAAAGUGUCUCCACCACCAGAAGUACCAACAGAAGAAGAACACUGGGCUAUUUCAGAGGAAGUAUCCAUUUCUCUCCACACAGAAAAGGAAAUUUCAUACACAGUGCCUGAUGUACCAGAGAGAGCUAUCCUUCAAGAAAGAGCACCAAUUUAUCCUCCUAAAAAAAUGGCAAGACCACCAGCCAAAGUGCCUGAAGUACGCAAGACAGUUGUCCGAAAAGAAAAAGCGUAUGUCGAAGUUCCUCAGUAUGAAGAGGAAGAAGAAAUUCCAAAAUAUGAGGAGGAAGAAACCACCAGAUAUGAGAAGGAAGUAAUCCAUUACGAGGAGGAAGUUCACCGUUAUGAAGAAGUUAGUCACUAUGAGGAAGAAGUUCCUCAGUAUGAAGAGGAAGAAGUCACACAUUAUGAAGAAGAAGCUGCUUAUUAUGGAGAGGAAGUUGCUGAAUAUGAGGAGGAAGAGUCAGAGGUUCCUCAGUAUGAAGAGGAGGCUCCCCUACCAGUUAGAGUGCCUGAGGUUCCCAAGAGGCCUGUUCCAGAAGAAAAAAUACCUAUUAUGAAGAAAAAAGAAGCUCCUCCAGCAAAAGUGCCCGAGGUGCCAAAGAAACCUGUACCUGAAAAGAAAGUCCAAGUGCCGAAGAAGGAAGCUCCCCCAGCUAAAGUUCCAGAAGUACCAAAGAAACCUGUUCCAGAAGAGAAGGUUCCUAUUCCUGUACCAAAAAAGAAGGAAGUUCCACCAGCCAAAGUGCCUGAAGUACCAAAGAAACUUGUGCCAGAAGAGAAGGUACUUGUCCCAGUGCCUAAAAGAGUGGAAGAGCCUCCAGCAGCCAAAGUGCCUGAAGUGCCCAAGAAAGUUCCAGAAAAGACAGUACCUGUCCCUGUACAUAAAAAGCCAGAACCUCCACCAGCCAAAGUACCAGAAGUACCAAGACCUCCCAGUGAAGAGGUACAUGUUUUUGCUCCUGAAGAAGAAGAGGAAGAGGAAAAUGUUCCAGAGAUACCAGCAAGAGUGCCAGAGGUGCCCAAGAGAACUGUCCUAGAAGAAAAAGUACCUGUUGCAGUUCCUAAAGUAAAGAAAAUUCCACCGUCUAAAGUGCCUGAGGUGGCAAAGAAAGUUGUGUCUGAAGAAAAGGUUCCCAUUUUUGUUCCUGAGGAAGAAGGAGAGGAAACUAUUCCAGAAGAAACUGUACCAGCAAAAGAGCCAGAGAUUCCUAAGAAACCUGUCCCAAAAGAAAAAAUUCCUGUACCCACUCCUGAGAAACUGGAGCGUCCUCCAGCAAAAGUGCCUGAGAUGCCUAAGAAACCCAUUCCUGAAGUAAAAGAACCUGUUCCUAAAAAGGUGCCAGCUCCAUCAGCCAAAGUACCCAAGGUGACUAAGAAGGUUACACCUGAAGAGAAGGUGCUUGUUGCUCCCCCUGAAAAAAUGGAGGUUCCAGCUGCAAAAGUCACGGAGGUGCGUAAAAGAGCUGUUGCGGAAGAGAAAGUACCAGCUGUUGUGCCCAAACCCAAAGAACCAACACCGACUAAAGUGCCCGAAGUAUCCAAGAAACUUGUCCGGAAAGAAAAAGUCACUGCUCCUGCUCCUGCACCUGCAAUGGAGAAGUAUGAAUACGCAUAUGAAGAGUAUGAGAAGUAUGAGACAUAUGAAAGCAUUGAAGAGUUUGAGCGGAUUCAGGAAGCUGAAGAAAUUGAGGCAUAUGAGGAACCUGAAGAACCUGAGGGAUAUAGGGAGAUUCAGGAACAGGAAUAUGCAGAGGAGACCGAGGAAAAAGAUAUCUAUGGAAAGUACGAGUUUAAGGAGAAAGAAGAGAUCUAUGAGAAAUAUGAGGAGGUAUAUGAGGAGGCUUACGAAAUCCAACCAGCUAUAGUGCCUGAGUUGCCCAAAAGACCUCUACCAGAAGAAAAAGUACCUGUUCCUAAAAGAGAAGCUCCACCAGCCAAAGUGCCAGCGGUGCCAAAGAAACCUGUUCCAAAAGAAAAAGUACCACCUGCUGUUCCUAAAAAGGAGACGACUCCACCAGCUAAAGGGCCAGACGUUCUCAAAAGAACUGUGCCUGAAGAAAAGAAACCUACACGUACACCUGAAAUAGAAGUUCCACCAAAGAAAGUUCCUGAGUUUCAUAAGAGAGCUGUCCUUGAAGAGAAAGUACCCAUCAUUAUCCCUAGAGAAGAGGAGCCUCCUUUCUAUGAAGAACCUGAAGUUUAUGGGGAACUUCCAACAGAAGAAAAAGUCUCUUUUAUUGUUCCUACUGAACCAGAAGCUCCAGCAGCUAAAGUAUCUGCAGUGACAAAGAAAACUGUCCCACUUAAGAAAAUACCUGCUGCUGUACCUACAGAAGAAACUCCUCCAGCUAAAGUUCCUGAAGUACCAAAGAAACCUGUCCACAAAGAGAAAAUACCUCCUGCUCCACAUAAAGAAGAACCUUCACACUUUACAGUACAUGAAGUGUAUGAGGAGAUGCACAUAGAAGAAGAAAUUUCUACUGUUCAACGAAAAGAGGAGGCUCCAGCACCUAGAGUACCCACGGUCAUUAAGAAAGCUCGUCCAGAAGAACCUACUCCUGUGCCUAAAAAACCAGAACCUACUCCUGUGCCUAAAAAACCAGAACCUACUCCUGUGCCUAAAAGACCAGCAUCUCCACCAUCUAAAGUGCCAGAGGUGCCCAAGAAAAUUCCAGAAGAGAAAGUAGCCACUGCUGUCCCUAGAAAACCAGAACCACCACCAGCCAAAGUACCUGAGGUGCCCAAGAAAGUGGUUUCAGAAGAAAAAAUACACAUUGAAGUUCCUAAAAAACCAGAACCUCCACCACCUACUAAAGAACCAGAGGUGCCGAAGAAAGUUGUUCCAGAAAAGAAAAUACCUGUGCCUAAAAUACCAGAACCUGUGGUUGUCCCAGAACCAGAGGCUGCACCUGAAGAACCAGAACCUCUACCAAAGGAAGUGCUGCAACCUGAAAAGAAGGUCCCUGAAAAGCGAAAGCCACCACCACCUGCUCCACCAACAGAAGAUAUUAAACUGGCAAAAGAUCUGCUUAAAGCUCCUGAAUCAAGGAAGAAAGCUGUGACUGCAAAACCCGGUGAGCCUCCGAAAUUGGAACCCCCACCUGCUAAAGUGCCUGGACUUGUAAAGAAACCUCGCAAAGUAAUUCCUGAGGUUACUCCUCCACCAAAAGAAGAAGUUGUUUUGAAAAGAGUUCUUAAAAAGAAACCUGAAGAGGAAGAACCUAAACCAGAAAAAGAGCCUAAACCAGAAGUUAAACCAGUACCUACCCCAGUAGAAAAAAUUAAGAAACCUGAAGUUCCAGAAGUUCCUAGGAAGAAAACUGAGAUACCUGCCAUAAAAAAAGAGGAGAAACAUGUGCCUGAACCACCAAAAGAAACUAAGCAAGCAGUUGUGCCACCUCCUGAGCCUGAACCUAAACCUGCAGUAGCUCUAAAAUCUCCAAAACCGGCUGCAGAACCAGCACCUGCUGUUACUGCUCCAGUGACAGCCCCAGUUGUUGGAAAGAAAGCAGAGGCCAAGCCACCAAAGGAAGAAGCUCCGAAGGGUAUCAGUCCAGUCAAAGCCAAGAAGACACCUUCACCAGCAGAUGCAGAAAGAAGGAAACUCAGGCCAGGCAGUGGUGGUGAAAAACCUCCUGAAGAGCCUCCAUUCACUUACCAACUUAAGGCUGUACCACUGAAGUUUGUCAAGGAGAUGAAAGAUAUAGUGCUAAAAGAAGCUGAGUCUGUUGGGUCUUCUGCAAUCUUUGAAGUCCUUAUUUCACCAUCCACUGCAAUUACCAGCUGGAUGAAAGAUGGAAGUAACAUCCGAGAGAGCCCAAAACACAAGUUUAUUGCUGAUGGCAAAGAUAGGAAGCUGCAUAUUAUUGAUGUCCAGCUGUCUGAUGCUGGUGAAUAUACUUGUGUAUUACGACUGGGGAACAAAGAGAAGACCUCUACAGCCAAACUCAUUGUUGAAGAACUCCCAGUGCGGUUUGUGAAAACACUUGAAGAAGAAACUACUGUCAUUAAAGGCCAGCCACUGUACUUGACAUGUGAGCUUAACAAAGAAAGAAAUGUGGUCUGGAGAAAGGAUGGUAGGAUCAUCAAAGCCAAACCUGGCAAAUUUGCUCUGGGUGUUAUUGGUUUGUCACAUUCUCUCACGGUCACUGAUUCAGAUGAUGCUGAUGCUGGCACUUACACUGUUACUGUGGAAGACUCUGAGCUGUCAUGCUCAUCUUGUGUUAAGGUAGUAGAGGUUAUAAGGGACUGGUUAGUAAAACCCAUAAGAGACCAGCAUGUUAAACCAAAAGGAACAGCUACUUUCAGCUGUGACAUUGUCAAGGAUACACCAAACAUUAAAUGGUUUAAAGGAGAUGAGGAAAUUCCUGCUGAACCCACUGACAAGACAGAAAUCUUGAAAGAAGGAAAUAAAAUUUUCCUGAAAAUCAAGAAUGCUGGCCCUGCUGAUGUUGGAGAAUAUUCAGUGGAAGUUGAAGGUCGCAGAUACCCAGCUAAACUGACCCUUGGUGAACGUGAAGUUGAACUUCUGAAGCCAUUAGAGGAUGUUACAGUUUAUGAGAAAGAAACAGCAAACUUUGAUACAGAAAUAUCUGAGGAUGAUAUUCCUGGUGAAUGGAAGCUGAAAGGAGAAAUUCUGAGACCUUCACCUACAUGUGAAAUCAAAGCUGAAGGAGGAAAACGCUUCCUAACCUUACACAAAGUCAAGUUAGAGCAAGCCGGUGAAGUCCUUUAUCAGGCACUUAACGCUGUUACUACAGCUAUCCUGACAGUAAAAGAAAUUGAAUUGGACUUUGCUGUGCCCCUGAAAGAUGUUACUGUUCCUGAGAAGCGCCAAGCAAGGUUUGAGUGUGUCCUUACCAGAGAAGCCAAUGUUAUAUGGUCUAAGGGCACUGAUAUACUCAAGAUUGGAGAAAAAUUUGACAUCAUUGCAGAUGGAAAGAAGCAUAUUCUUGUUAUCAAUGAUUCACAGUUUGAUGAUGAGGGAGAGUACACUGCUGAAGUUGAUGGCAAGAAGAGCACAGCAAGACUGUUUGUGGAAGGUGUGAGGCUGAAGUUCAUAUCACCUCUACAGGAUCAAACAGUGAAAGAAGGGGAAACAGCUCACUUUCAAUUUGAGCUUUCUCAUGAAGAUAUGCCAGUGAAAUGGUACAAAAAUGACAAGAGACUUCAUACAAGCAGAACAGUUCUUAUUACUUCAGAAGGCAAAAUUCAUAAAUUAGAAAUGAGAGAAGUAACACUUGAUGAUAUCUCUGAAAUAAAGGCCGUAGUCAAGGACAUGAACACACAAGCCAACCUCAAAGUCUUAGAGGCCGAUCCAUAUUUCACUGUGAAGUUACAAGACUACAGUGCUGUAGAGAAAGAUGAUAUUACUCUGGAGUGUGAACUUAGCAAAGAUGUGCCAGUAAAAUGGUAUAAAGAUGGUGAAGAACUAGUAGCUUCCAACAGAAUUUCCAUAAAAACGGAUGGCUUGCGCCGUAUCCUGAAGAUCAAGAAAGCUGCAGAGAGUGAUAAGGGUGUUUACGAGUGUGACUGCGGAACCGACAAGACAAGUGCCAAUAUCCGCGUUGAGUCUCGCAUAAUUAAAGUGGAGCGUCCACUGUAUGGAGUGGAGGUAUUUGUUGGUGAAACAGCACGCUUUGAAAUUGAAAUUUCUGAGCCUGAUGUCCAUCCUGUAUGGAAGCUAAAGGGAGAAACCCUAACACCUUCUCCUGACUGUGAAAUCAUUGAAGAUGGGAAGAAGCAUAUUCUUGUCCUUCAUAACUGCAACCUUGAUAUGACUGGAGAAGUGUCUUUCCAAGCUGCUAAUGCUAAAAGUGCUGCUAAUCUGAAAGUGAAAGAAUUACCUCUCAUCUUUAUCACUCCACUAAGUGAUGUGAAGGUCUUUGAGAAGGAUGAAGCUAAGUUUGAAUGUGAGGUAUCCAGAGAACCCAAGACUUUCCGCUGGUUGAAAGGAACAGAAGAGAUCACUCCUGAUGAAAGAUUUGAAAUUGUUUCAGACGGAACAAAGCAUGCUCUGAUUAUUAAAUCUGUUGCCUUUGAGGAUGAAGUUAAAUAUACAUUUGAAGCUGAGGAUAAAAGAACAAGUGCCAAGCUAAUUAUUGAAGGUAUCCGCCUGAAAUUCAUUACUCCUCUCAAGGAUGUAACCAAAAAGGAACGAGAAACUGCAGAGUUCACUGUGGAACUCUCUCAUGAAAAUAUCUCUGUUGCCUGGUUCAAGAAUGACCAACGACUACAUACCAGCAAAGUGGUUUCAAUGACAGAUGAUGGCAAAUUCCAUACACUUGCAAUUAAAGAUCUUACUAUUGAUGACACUUCUCAGAUUAAAGUAGAAGCUAUGGGCAAAUCCUCAGAAGCUAAACUCACUGUUCUUGAGGGAGACCCUUACUUCACUGGGAAGCUGCAGGAUUACACUGCCGUAGAGAAAGAUGAAGUAAUCUUACAAUGUGAAAUCAGCAAAGCAGAUGCCCCAGUGAAAUGGAUGAAGGAUGGCAAUCCAAUUACUGCAUCAAAGAAUGUUGUUAUUAAGGCUGAUGGUAAAAAGAGAAUCCUUAUUCUCAAGAAAGCUUUGAAGAAAGACAUUGGACAGUACACUUGUGACUGUGGUACUGAUCAAACCUCUGCUAAACUCAAUAUUGAAGACCGGGAUAUUGAGAUUGUACGACCACUAUACAGCGUGGAGGUGAUCGAGACAGAGACUGCCCGUUUUGACAUUGAAAUCUCCGAGGAAGGUGUCCAUGGGAAUUGGAAGCUAAAAGGAGAACCCCUUACUGAGUCAGCUGAAUGUGAAAUCAAGGAAGAAGGCAAAAAGCACUUCCUUACACUGUACAAUGUGCGCUUAGAUCAAGCUGGUGGAGUAGAUUUCCAAGCAGCAAAUGCCAAGUCUGGCGCUCACCUUCGAGUGAAACCUCGAGUAAUUGGCUUGCUGAGACCCCUCAAGGAUGUAACAGUGACAGCUGGGGAAUCUGCAACCUUCGAUUGUGAACUCUCUUAUGAGGGAAUCCCAGUAGAGUGGUUCCUGCAAGGAAAGAAAUUGGAGCCCAGUGAUAAGGUUGUCACCCGUGCUGAAGGGAGAGUUCACACACUUGUUCUGAGAGACGUCAAAUUAACAGAUGCAGGAGAGGUAUCACUGACAGCAAAAGAUUUCAGAACUCAAGCAAAUCUUUUUGUGAAAGAACCCCCUGUUGAAUUUACUAAACCACUUGAGGACCAGACUGUUGAAGAGGAGGCCACUGCAAUACUGGAAUGUGAAGUUUCCAGGGAAAAUGCAAAAGUUAAAUGGUUCAAAAACGGAGAAGAAAUUCACAAAUCAAAGAAAUAUGAUAUAAUUUCUGAUGGCAGGGUCAGAAAACUCAUCAUCCAUGGCUGCACACUGGACGAUGCAAAAACAUAUAGCUGUGAUGCUAAGGAUUUUAAGACAUCAUGUUUUCUCAAUGUAGAACCUAUUCGUGUUGAGUUCCUGAAACCUCUAACUGACCUUGAGGUUAAAGAAAAACAACCUGCUCGGUUUGAAUGCGAAAUUUCUCGUCCAGGUGUCAAGGUGAAGUGGUUUAAGGAUGGCAUGGAAAUCAGAAAAGGCAAAAAGUAUGAUAUAAUUUCCAAAGGUGCGGAACACAUUCUUGUUGUCAAUAAAUGUGUCUUUGAUGAUGAAGCUGAAUAUUCCUGUGAAGCAAAAACAGCUCGAACUUCAGGCCUACUUACAGUAAUAGAGGAGGAGGCUGUUUUCACAAAAAAUCUUCCUGAUCUUGAAGUAAAUGAAAAUGACACUGUAAAAUUGAUCUGUGAAGUUUCAAGGCCUAAUGCUGAAGUUACUUGGCUUAAAGGAGAUGAAGAGGUACCUGAUGGUGGUAGAUUUGAACACAUUUCUGAUGGUAGAAAGAGAAUUCUUCUUAUACAUAAUGCUCAUCCAGAAGAUGCUGGCAAAUAUACUUGCAAGCUCCCAAGCUCAAGUACAACAGGAAAACUUACUGUACACGAACUUGCAGCAGAAUUUCUUACCAGACCACAAAAUCUUGAGGUGCUUGAAGGAGAAAAAGCUGAAUUUGUCUGUACAGUAUCCAAAGAGGCCAUUGAAGUACAGUGGCUGAGGGGUGACACAGUCCUGGAGCCUGGUGAUAAGUACGACAUCAUUUCAGAUGGCAAGAAGAGGACACUUGUGGUUAAAGACACUAUUCUAGGAGAUACAGGAAUGUACAGCGUCAUGGUUGGUGAAGCUAAAGCUGCAGCACACUUAGGAGUGAUUGAAAAACUCAGAAUUAUAACUCCCCUUAAGGACCAAGAAGUUAAAGAGUGUCAAGAAGUUAUCUACCACUGUGAAGUUAAUAAAGAAGGUGCCAAAGAGAAGUGGUACAAAAAUGAUGAGGCAAUAUUUGAUAGUGCAAAGUACAUUAUUGUUCAGAAGGGUUUAGUUUACACUCUCAGAAUCAGAGACGCAGAGCUGAAAGAUCAAGCUACCUACAGCAUUGCACUGUCAAACCAGAGAGGUGAACAGGUCAAAAGCUCUGCUGCCUUAACAGUAUUAGAGGAGGAUCUCAGAAUUGUUGAGCCCCUUGAAGACAUUGAGACCAUGGAAAAGAAAACUGUCACAUUCUGGUGCAAAGUCAAUCGCCUUAAUGCAACUCUCAAAUGGACAAAGAAUGGCGAAGAGAUCGCAUUCGACAGGCGCAUUUUGUACAAAAUUGAUAAAUUCAAACACUCGUUGAUCAUUAAAGACUGUGGGUUUAUAGAUGAAGGUGAAUACACUGUUACUGCUGGACAAGACAAAUCUGUUGCAGAGCUUCUCAUCACAGAAGCACCAGCAGACUUCACUGAACAUCUUCAGGACCAGACUGUCACUGAAUUUGAUGAUGCUGUCUUUACAUGCCAGCUUUCCAAAGAGAAAGUCAGUGUAAAAUGGUACAGAAAUGGAAGAGAAAUCAAAGAAGGCAAAAAAUACCAGUUUGAAAAGGAUGGAAAUCUGCACCGAUUAAUCAUAAAAGACUGUAGACUAGAUGAUGAGUGUGAAUAUUCCUGUGGAGUGGAUGACAGGAGAUCUAGGGCAAGACUUUUUGUUGAAGAAAUCCCUGUUGAGAUUAUCCGACCACCACAAGAUAUUUAUGAAGUUCCUGGUGCAGAUGUCAUCUUCAUGGCUGAAUUGAACAAAGAUGGUGUGGAGGUCAAGUGGCUGAGAAACAACAUGAUUAUCAUCCAAGGUGACAAACAUCAGAUGAUGAGUGAAGGGAAGGUCCACAGGCUGCAGGUUUGCGAGAUAAAGCCCCGCGACCAAGGGGAAUACAGAUUUAUCGCCAAAGAUAAGGAAGCUAGAGCUAAGCUUGAAUUAGCUGCUGCACCUAAAAUCAAGACUGGUGAUCAAAAUCUUGUGGUUGAUGUUGGGAAGCCUUUAACUAUGACUGUCCCAUACGAUGCCUACCCAAGAGCAGAAGCUGAAUGGUCAAAAGCAGGGGAAAGUCUGCCCACAACAACUGUUGAUACAACAACCGACUGCACUACCUUCAAAAUUUUUGAAGCAAAGAAAUCAGAUAAGGGAAGGUACAAGGUUGUGCUUCGAAACAAACAUGGGCAGGCAGAAGCAUUCAUCAAUGUAGAGGUCAUUGAUGUUCCAGGUCCAGUUAGAAACUUGGAAGUCACUGAAACUUAUGAUGGUGAAGUUGGUCUCGCCUGGCAAGAACCAGAAAGUGAUGGUGGAAGUAAAAUCAUAGGCUACGUUGUUGAAAGACGUGAUAUUAAGCGUAAAACCUGGAUUACGGUCACAGAUCGUGCUGAAAAUUGUGAAUACACUGUUACUGGACUUCAAAAAGGAGGAGUUGAGUACCUCUUCCGUGUUAGUGCACGCAACAGAGUGGGUACUGGUGAGCCAGUGGAAACAGACACACCUGUGGAAGCUAAGAGCAAAUUUGAUGUUCCUGGUCCUCCUCAAAAUGUAGAAGUUAGUGAUGUGAACAGGUUUGGAGCCACACUUAGCUGGGAACCACCUGAGUAUGAUGGAGGAUCUCCAAUAACUGGCUACGUUAUUGAACUGCGUAACAAAGGUUCCAUCAGAUGGGAGCCAACUAUGACCACAGGAGCUGAUGAACUGUCAGCUCUCCUGACUGAUGUUGUGGAAAAUGAAGAAUAUUUCUUCAGAGUAAGAGCUCAAAACAUGGUUGGAGUUGGCAAACCAAGUCCUGCUACACGUGCAGUAAAAAUUAUGGACCCAAUUGAGAGACCAAGUCCUCCCAUUAACCUUGAGCAUUCAGAUCAAACUAAGUCAUCAGUUCAGCUCACAUGGGAACCUCCUCUUGAAGACGGAGGAAGUCCAAUCUUGGGCUAUAUUGUUGAAAGGCAAGAAGAAGGAACGGACAAGUGGAUUCGUUGUAACCCAAAACUAGUACCUGCUCUUACUUUUAAGGUAACUGGAUUGAAACAAGGAUCCAGUUAUUACUACAGAGUCUCAGCAGAAAAUGCAGCUGGUGUGUCUGACCCAGCAGAGGCUAUUGGGCCAUUGACUGCAGAUGAUACUUUUGUUGAACCUACAAUGGACCUAAGUGCAUUUAAAGAUGGGCUGGAAGUUAUUGUUCCAGAGCCAAUCAAGAUCCGUGUUCCCAUCACUGGCUAUCCUGUUCCAACUGCCACCUGGUCUUUUGGUGAUCAAGUCUUAGAAGAGGGUGAUCGUGUAAAAAUGAAGACCACUGCCUCCUUUGCAGAACUUGUAAUUACUCCGAGUGAACGUCCAGACAAGGGAAUUUAUUACUUAGCAUUAGAAAACCCUGUGUCAUCUGUUUCAGGAGAAAUUAAUGUUAAUGUCAUUGCUCCUCCAAGUGCACCAAAAGAACUUCAAGUUUUAGAAGUACUCAAGACUACAGUACAGUUGUCAUGGGAACCUCCAGAAGAUGAUGGUGGAAGUCCAGUUACUGGCUAUGUAAUUGAAAAACGUGAAGUAAGCCGGAAAACAUGGAGCAAAGUUAUGGAUCAUAUUGUUGACCAUGAGUUCACUGUACCUGACCUCGUCCAAGGAAAAGAAUAUUUAUUUAGAGUUUCUGCAUGCAAUAAAUGUGGCCCUGGAGAACCUGCAUAUAUUGAUGAACCUGUAAAUAUGUCAACACCAGCAACGGUGCCUGACCCACCGGAAAACGUUAAAUGGAGAAAUCCAACAUCAAAAGGAAUCUUCCUAACCUGGGAGCCUCCAAAAUAUGAUGGUGGUGCCCGCAUUAAGGGUUAUCUGGUAGAAAAAUCCCAACGUGGCACAGAUAAGUGGGAGAUAUGUGGGGACCCUGUUAUUGAAACGAAAAUGGAAGUAACAAAGCUCCUGGAAGGAGAGUGGUAUGCAUAUCGGGUUAAGGCUCUGAACAGAAUGGGAGCUAGCAGGCCAAGCAAGCCAACUGAUGAUAUUCAGGCCAUUGAUGCAAAAGAGGCUCCAGAAAUUUUCUUAGAUGUGAAGCUUCUUGCUGGACUUACUGUGAAAGCUGGAACUAAAAUUGAGCUACCAGCUAAAGUAACUGGAAAGCCUGAGCCCCGGAUUACUUGGACCAAGGCUGACAAAAUUUUGAGACCUGACAACAGAAUCACCAUUGAAAGCCAGCCUAAUCAAUCUACAGUGACCAUUACAGACAGCAAAAGGAGUGACAGUGGAACCUAUAUUAUAGAAGCUGUAAAUUCCAGUGGACGUGCUACUGCUGUUGUUGAAGUUAAUGUCCUCGAUAAACCUGGUCCACCAGCUGCAUUUGAUGUAACAGAAAUCACAAACGAAUCCUGCCUUCUAACAUGGAAUCCUCCACGAGAUGAUGGGGGUUCUAAAAUUACCAACUAUGUCCUUGAGAAAAGAGCUACAGACAGUGAAAUAUGGGACAAGCUGUCAUCAACUAUUAAGGAUACAAAAUUCAGAGCUACCAACUUAACUCCUCAUAAAGAAUAUGUGUUCCGAGUCAGUGCUGAGAACAUGUAUGGUAUCGGGGAGCCAGCACAGUGUAACCCCAUCAUUGCCAAAUAUUCAUUUGAUCCACCAGGCCCUCCAACAGGUCUCAAGCCUACAGAGGUCACUAAAGAUUCAGUCACUUUAACAUGGAAUGAACCAGAUGAAGAUGGUGGCAGCCCCAUAACUGGCUACUGGGUUGAAAGAUACGAUCCUGAGCAGGAUAAAUGGAUAAAAUGCAAUAAAAUGCCAGUGAAAGAUACAACAUUCAAAGUUAAAGGUCUUACAAAUAAGAAGAAAUAUAAGUUCCGUGUCUUGGCAGAGAAUCUUGCAGGACCUGGAAAACCAAGCAAGGAAACAGAGCCAAUCUUAGUGAAAGAUCCAAUUGAUCCACCAUGGCCUCCUGGAAAGCCCACUGUGAAAGAUGUUGGCAAGACGUCAUUGACCCUAAACUGGACAAAGCCAGAACAUGAUGGAGGGGCAAAGAUUGAAUCUUACGUCGUUGAGCUGUUAAAGACUGGAACAGAUGAGUGGGUGAGAGUGGCUGAAGGAGUUCCCACAACUGAACACUUCCUCAAAGAUCUUAUGGAGAAACAAGAAUAUUCAUUCCGUGUAAGAGCUGUGAACAAGGCUGGCGAGAGUGAGCCCAGUGAACCCAGUGAUCCCGUGCUGUGCAAGGAGAGGCUCUAUCCUCCUUCACCACCUCGCUGGCUUGAAGUUAUUAAUAUUACUAAAAACACAGCAGAUCUUAAAUGGACAGUACCAGAAAAAGAUGGGGGUUCCCCAAUUACCAACUACAUUGUUGAAAAAAGAGAUGUAAGGCGAAAAGGCUGGCAGACAGUUGAUACAACAGUCAAAGAUACCAAGUACACAGUGAGCCCGCUGACUGAAGGCUCAUUGUAUGUGUUCCGUGUGGCUGCUGAAAAUGCCGUUGGACAGAGUGACUACUGUGAAAUUGAAGACUCAGUGCUUGCUAAAGAUACUUUCACAACCCCGGGGCCUCCAUAUGCCCUUACAAUAGUUGAAGUGAAAAAAGGUCAUGUUGACUUGAAGUGGGAACCACCUAAGAAUGAUGGUGGCAGACCAAUUCAAAGAUAUGUUAUUGAAAAGAAAGAAAAACUGGCCACUCGCUGGGUAAAAGCUGGCAAGACAGCUGGUCCAGAUUGCAAUUUCAGAGUGACAGAUGUCAUUGAAGGCACAGAUGUACAGUUCCAGGUUCGUGCAGAAAAUGAAGCUGGUUGUGGUCAUCCCAGUGAACCAACUGACCUCAUUCAUAUUGAAGAUCCAACAAGCCCUCCUUCACCUCCUCAAGAUUUACAUGUCACAGAUGCAGGCCGAAAUCACAUUUGCAUUGCAUGGAAACCUCCUGAGAAGAAUGGUGGAAGUCCUAUUAUUGGGUAUAAUGUUGAGAUGUGUGAAGCAGGAACAGAAAAAUGGAUGCGAAUCAAUUCUCGUCCAAUAAAAGAUCUAAAAUGUAAAGUGGAGGAAGGUGUGGUUCCAGACAAGGAAUAUGUGCUAAGAGUCAGAGCUGUCAAUGCUGUUGGAGCUAGUGAGCCAUCAGACAUCUCAGAAAAAGUUGUUGCCAAAGACCCAGACUGCAAUCCAACCAUUGAUCUACAAACUCGUGACAUUGUUGUUGUUAAAGGACAGAAAUUAAGUAUCCCUAUACCCUUCAGAGCUGUUCCAUCCCCAACUAUAACAUGGCACAAAGAUGGCAAAGAGUUGAAAGCUGGUGACAGAACAUCAAUGAAGAGUGACUACACCUCUGCAUUGCUCGAAGUCGUAGACAGUGUUCAUGCUGAUGCUGGUGUUUAUACUAUCACACUGGAGAAUAAGCUGGCAUCAACGACUGGCUCAGUCAAUGUCAAAGUCAUAGGUCCACCUGGACAGUGUAAAGACAUCAAGGCAAGCGAAGUAACUAAGAAUUCUUGCAAAGUAUCCUGGGAACCUCCAGACUUCGAUGGUGGUACUCCUAUUUUGCAUUAUGUUCUAGAACGCAGAGAAGCAGGUCGUAGAACAUAUAUCCCAGUCAUGUCUGGUGAAAAUAAACUUUCAUGGCAAGUCAAAGACCUUAUCCCAAACUGUGAAUAUUACUUCCGUGUUAAAGCUGUCAAUAAGAUUGGAGGAGGUGAUUAUAUUGAACUAAGAAACCCAAUCAUUGCAGAAGACCCAAAACAGCCUCCAGAUCCACCUGUUGACCUUGAGGUCCAUAAUCCAACAUCAAAAUCAGUAACACUUACAUGGAAACCACCCCUGUUUGAUGGUGGAAGCAAAAUUAUGGGCUAUAUAAUAGAAAAGCUCGCAAAGGGCAAAGAGAGGUGGGAGAGAUGCAAUGACUAUCUGGUACCCUUACUAACUUAUCCAGUGAAAGGCCUCGAGGAAGGAAAGGAAUAUCAGUUUCGUGUUCGUGCUGAGAAUGCUGCUGGCAUCAGUGAGCCUUCUCGGAUUACUCCUUUCGUUAAAGCUGUGGAUCCUAUUGAGGCUCCAAAAGUCUUCCUUGCUGCAAACCUACAGUCUGGCCUUGAAGUGAAAAGAGGUGAUGAGAUCAUACUUGAGGCACAUAUUUCAGGGUCACCUUACCCAUCUAUCACUUGGCUGAGGAAUGAUGAAAUUGUCAGACCAGAGGAUAUCAAAAAGAGAGUAACAACACCAAAGAAGAAGGGUGAAGCUGUAGAAGAGAAACCUUUCCAGCUGUCACUGCCAGAACGUUUGAGCGUUGACAACCAUAAAGAAGGGGAGUCUGUACUAUCAAUUCGUGACUCCAUCAGAGCUGACCAUGGCACAUUUACAAUUAAAGUAGAAAAUGAUCAUGGUGUUGCAAAAGCCUCAUGUGAAGUCAAUGUGUUAGAUAUACCUGGGCCUCCAGUCAACUUUGUAUUUGAAGAUAUAAGGAAAAAUUCUGUCAUCUGCAAGUGGGAGCCUCCUCUUGAUGAUGGUGGAAGUGAAAUCCUAAACUAUGUACUGGAAAAGAAAGACAAUACAAAAGCUGAAAUGGGCUGGGUCACUGUCAGUUCAACACUCAGGCAUUGCAAAUUCCAUGUUACAAAACUGAUUGAAGGAAAAGAAUAUCUCUUCCGUGUAUUUGCUGAAAAUAGAGUUGGAGCAGGGCCACCAUGUGUUUCAAAACCAAUGACAGCUAAAGAUCCUUUCUCUCCACCAGAUGCACCUAAUAAGCCUGAUGUGGAAGAUGUUACCAGCAACAGUAUGCUGGUUAAGUGGAAUGAACCAAAAGAUAAUGGCAGCCCUAUCAUAGGAUAUUGGAUUGAAAAACGUGAAAUUAAUAGUACUCAUUGGGCUCGGGUCAACAGAAACCUUGUGAAUGCUCUGGAAGUAAAAGUUGAAGGACUACUGGAAGGUUUAACUUAUAUCUUUAGAGUAUGUGCUGAAAAUGCAGCUGGCCCUGGUAAAUUUAGUCCACCAUCAGAUCCAAAAACUGCACAGGACCCAAUAAUGCCACCUGGUCCACCAAUUCCAAGGGUUGCUGAUACAAGUGCAACUUCUAUUGAGCUAGAAUGGGAACCUCCUGUGUAUAAUGGUGGUGGAGAUAUCACUGGUUACCAUGUGUACAAACAACUGAUGGGAGUAAAGGAGUGGUCACGUUGUACAGAGAAACCCAUUAAGGUUCGACAGUACACUGUUACAGAAGUCAGAGAAGGUGCAGACUAUAAACUCCGUGUUACUGCUCUCAAUGCAGCUGGUGAAGGACCACCUGGUGAAACUGAACCCACAACAGUUGCAGAACCUAAAGAGCCUCCCACUGUUGAGUUAGAUGUUUCUGUCAAAGCAGGCAUUCAGAUCAUGGCUGGGCAAACUAUUAAAAUUCCUGCUAUUGUGACAGGACGUCCUACUCCCACCAUUGCUUGGACUGUGGAGGACGGUGAACUAGACAAAGAUCGAGUUGUUAUUGAAAAUGUUGGCACAAAAUCUGAGUUAACCAUUAAGAAUGCAUUGAGAAAAGACCAUGGAAGAUAUGUAAUUACUGCUACCAAUAGCAGUGGUUCAAAAUCUGCAGGAACCAGAGUCGAAGUAUUUGACGUUCCUGGACCAGUCCUUGACCUAAAGCCAGUGGUCACAAACAGAAAGAUGUGUUUGCUUAACUGGUCUGAUCCUGAAGAUGAUGGCGGCAGUGAUAUCAUAGGCUUCAUUGUUGAACGGAAGGAUGCCAAAAUGCAUACAUGGAGACUAGCUGUAGACACAGAAAGAUCUAAAUGUGAUAUUACAGGUCUACUUGAAGGGCAGGAAUAUAAAUUCCGUGUUAGUGCCAAGAACAAAUUUGGUACCGGUCCACCUGUUGAAAUAGGGCCCAUUCUUGCAGUUGACCCAUUAGGUCCUCCAACGGCACCUGAGAGGUUCAUGUACACAGAGCGAACAAAAUCAACCAUUACACUUGAUUGGAAGCCUCCACGUAGUGAUGGUGGCAGUCCCAUCUUAGGGUAUAUUGUUGAGAAGAGGAGACAUGAUUCAAAAGAUUAUGAAAGAGUUAAUGCAAGGCUCUGUCCAAAAACAUCUCUUCUCGUUGAAAAACUUGAUGAACUUCAUAUGUAUGAAUUCCGUGUCAAAGCUGUUAAUGAAAUUGGAGAAAGUGAACCAUCAUUGCCCCUCAACGUAGUCAUACAAGAUGAUGAAGUACCUCCAACUGUUACAUUGCGCUUGGCUGUGAGAGGAGAUACUAUCAAAGUCAAGGCAGGAGAACCAGUUAAUAUUCCUGCUGAUGUGACAGGUCUGCCAAUGCCAAAGAUCGAAUGGGACAAGAAUGAAGUUUUAAUUGACCAAACAUCUGAUGCACUUAAGAUAACCAAGGAAGAAGUAUCUAGAAGUGCAGCAAAAACUGAACUUAUUCUGCCUGCAACAGUGAGGAAUGAUAAAGGCACUUACACUGUGAGAGCUUCCAAUCGUCUUGGCACUGCAUUUCGCAAUGUGCACGUCGAAGUGUAUGAUCGUCCUUCUCCACCAAGAAAUCUUACUGUUUCUGAUAUUAAAGCAGAAUCAUGCUAUUUAACAUGGGAUGCACCUCUUGAUAAUGGUGGUAGUGAAAUUACCCAUUACAUUAUUGAGAAACGUGAUGCUAGUAAGAAGAAAUCUGAGUGGGAAGAAGUCUCUACAGGCGCUGUUGAGAGAAGAUUUGGGGUAUGGAAUCUUGCAACAGGUGAAAAAUAUCAAUUUAGAGUCCGAGCUGUAAACAAAUAUGGAAUAAGUGAUGAAUGCCUCUCAGAAAAAGUUGUUAUUAAGGAUCCCUACGGCCUUCCUGGACCUCCUGGAAAGCCAAAAGUCUUAGAUCGCACCAGAUCAUCUAUGCUGGUGACUUGGGAGCCUCCUUUGGACAAUGGUGGCAGCCCAAUAACUGGCUAUUGGUUGGAGAAGAGAGAAGUGGGAGGCGUCUACUGGGCACGUGUCAACAGGGCUCCGGUAACAAAACCAUCAGUAAAAGGUCUACAGCACAAUGUGCUUCGUUUGAUUGAGGGUGUUGAGUACCAGUUCAGAGUUAUGGCUGAAAAUCUUGCUGGAAUUGGCCCUCCCAGUGAACCAUCAGAUCCAGCCUUAGCAGCAGAUCCCAUAUUUGUUCCUGGUCCACCAUCUUGCCCAGAGGUCAAAGACAAAACAAAAUCAUCUGUAGCUCUUGCAUGGAAGCCUCCUCAAAAGGAUGGUGGGAGUCCUAUAAAAGGAUAUAUUGUUGAAAUGCAAGAUGAAGGUAGUACUGACUGGAAGAAGGUGAACGAAGGAGACAAACUCUUUCCUACUUGUGAAUGCGUUAUCCCCAACUUGAAAGAGCUCAGAAAAUACCGAUUUAGGGUGAAAGCUGUAAAUGCUGCUGGAGAAUCAGAACCAAGUCCUGCAACAUCAGAAAUACCUAUCCAAGAUAUUCUAGGGGAACCAGAAAUUUUCCUUGAUAUUGGAGCACAGGAUUUGCUUUCUUGUCGUGCUGGCACAACAAUUAAAAUCCCAGCUGUUAUCAAGGGUCGUCCAGUUCCAAAAACAUUUUGGGAGUAUGAAGGAAAAGCAAAAACAGCAGCAAAGGAGGGAGGUCAUAACGUACCUGAAGAAGCUCAGGUGGAAGCAACUGAUACACGUUCAGAGAUUAUCAUCCCUGAGUGCAACAGAAGUCAUUCUGGACGAUACAGUAUUACAGCAAAGAAUAAAGCAGGACAAAAAACAGUGCAUGUCAGAGUCAAUGUGCUUGAUGUCCCCGGUCCACCAAAAGACCUAAAAGUAAGUGAUAUCACAAGAGGUAGCUGUAAACUUUCAUGGAAGAUGCCAGAUGACGACGGUGGAGACAGAAUCAGAGGCUAUGUUAUAGAAAAAAGAACUAUUGAUGGGAAGGCCUGGACUAAAGUCAAUGCAAACUGUGGCAGUACCUCCUUUGUUGUACCUGAUCUCAUAUCUGGCCAAGAGUAUUUCUUCCGGGUACGUGCAGAAAACCGUUUUGGUGUUGGCCCUCCUGCAGAAACCAUCCAACGGACCACAGCCAGGGAUCCAAUUCAUCCUCCUGAUCCGCCUAUUAAACUAAGGAUUGGCCUUGUAACCAAGAACACAGUGAGCUUGACGUGGAAACCACCAAAGAAUGAUGGUGGAGCUCCAGUUACACAUUAUAAUGUUGAAUGUCUCCGCUGGGAUCGUACUGGAGAAGUGAAAGAGUCUUGGAAGCAAUGCAACAGACGUGAUGUGGAAGAAACAAAGUUUACUGUUGAGGAUCUUGUAGAAGGUGGAGAAUACGAAUUCAGAGUCAAAGCUGUAAAUAUAGCAGGUCCUAGCAGACCAUCAGCCACUGUUGGCCCACUUGUUGUCAAAGACCAGACCUGUCCACCAUCUAUUGAGCUCAAAGAAUUUAUGGAGGUUGAAGAAGGAACAGAUGUUAAAAUUGUGGCCAAGAUAAAGGGUGUACCCUUCCCCACAUUAACAUGGCUAAAAGCCUCUCCAAAGAAACCAGAUGACAAAUCCCCAGUGCUCUACGAUCAACAUGUCAACAAGAUUGUUGAUGAAGAUACUUGCACUUUAUUAAUUCAACAGUCUCGGAGAAAUGAUACAGGCUUAUAUACUAUAACAGCUGUAAAUAAUCUGGGAACUGCUUCCAAGGAGAUGAGGCUCAAUGUUCUGGGUCGUCCUGGACCUCCAGUGGGACCUAUUAAAUUUGAAUCCAUUUUGGCUGACAAAAUGACAAUAUCAUGGCUUCCUCCAUUAGAUGAUGGUGGUUCUAAGAUUACAAACUAUGUUAUAGAGAAAAAAGAAGCAAAUAGGAGGACAUGGGUACCUGUUACUAAUGAGCCUAAGGAAUGCAUAUUCACUAUUCCCAAGUUGAUGGAAGGCCAUGAGUAUGUGUUCCGCAUUAUGGCACAAAACAAAUAUGGUAUCGGAGAACCUUUGGAUAGUGAGCCAGAAACAGCACGAAAUAUUUUCACUGUACCUGGACCUUGUGACAAGCCAACAGUUAGCAGUAUAACACGUGACUCAAUGACUGUAAACUGGGAAGAACCAGAACAUGAUGGUGGCUCUCCUAUUACCGGUUACUGGUUGGAGCGCAAAGAGACCACUGGAAAGAGAUGGACCAGGGUUAACCGAGAUCCUAUCAAGCCUAUGACACUGGGGGUUUCAUACAAAGUCACAGGUCUUAUUGAAGGCUCUGAAUAUCAGUUCCGUGUUUCAGCUAUCAAUGCAGCUGGUGUUGGCCCACCGAGCAUGCCAUCUGAUCCAGCACUUGCUAGAGAUCCUAUUGCCCCACCUGGCCCUCCUAUACCAAAAGUUACUGAUUGGACAAAGUCUUCUGUAGACUUGGAGUGGGCUCCACCAAUAAAGGAUGGUGGUUCCAGGGUCACUGGCUACAUUGUUGAGUAUAAAGAGGAAGGAAAGGAAGAAUGGGAACGGGUAAAAGAUAAAGAAAUUAGAGGAACCAAGUUCGUUGUGGCAGGAUUGAAAGAAGGAUGUUUUUACAAAUUUAGAGUUAGAGCAGUGAAUGCUGCUGGCAUCGGAGAACCUGGAGAAGUCACCGAUGUUAUUGAAAUGAAAGACAGAAUUGUGGCUCCUGAUAUUAAUUUGGAUGCAAGUGUCAGGGACAGAAUUGUUGUUCAUGCUGGAGGAGUAAUUCGGAUCAUAGCAUAUGUCUCAGGAAAACCACCUCCAACAGUGACUUGGAGCAGGGAUGACCACGCUUUGCCAGAAGAAGCCAAAGUUGAAGAAACAGCUAUUAGUUCUUCUUUAGUCAUCAAGAAUUGCAAAAGGAGUCACCAGGGUUUAUACACUCUUCUUGCUAAAAAUGACGGUGGUGAGAGGAAGAAGACAAUUAUUGUUGAUGUGCUAGAUGUGCCAGGCCCAGUUGGAAUGCCACUCCUUACUGAGAACCUCACCAAUGACUCUUGUAAAUUGUCAUGGUUUACUCCAGAAGAUGAUGGUGGUUCUCCUAUUACCAACUAUAUAAUUGAAAAACGUGAAGCUGACCGUAGAGCUUGGACUCCAGUGAGCUACACAGUUACAAGACAGAAUGCUACUAUUCAGGGACUCAUUGAAGGGAAAGCCUAUUUUUUCCGAAUUGCAGCUGAGAAUCUAAUUGGCAUGGGUCCAUUCACAGAGACAACAAAAGAGAUUGUCAUUAGAGAUCCAAUAACUGUUCCUGACCGUCCAGAAGACCUGGAAGUAAAAGCAGUUACCAAGAACUCUGUUACACUAACUUGGAACCCUCCAAAAUACAAUGGAGGCUCAGAUAUCACCAUGUAUGUUCUAGAGAGCCGUCUCAUUGGUAAAGACAAAUUCCACAAAGUUACAAAGGAGAAAAUGCUUGAUAGGAAAUACACUGUAGAAGGCUUGAAAGAGGGUGACACCUAUGAGUAUCGUGUGAGUGCUUGCAAUAUUGUGGGGCAAGGCAAGCCAUCAUUUUGCACUAAACCAAUCACGUGCAAGGAUGAAAUUGCUCCUCCCACACUUGACCUUGACUUUAGAGACAAGCUUAUUGUUCGAGUUGGUGAAGCUUUCAGCCUGACUGGACGUUACUCAGGCAAGCCUGCACCAAAGGUUACUUGGCUAAAGGAUGAUAUUGUUGUGAAAGAAGAUGACCGUAUAAAGAUCAAGACAACUCCUACAACUCUUUGCCUAGGGAUACUAAAAUCUGUCCGUGAAGACACAGGCAAAUAUUGUGUGACUGUAGAGAACAGCACAGGAGCAAGAAAAGGAUUUUGUCAAGUGAAUGUUGUUGAUCGCCCAUCACCUCCAGUAGGCCCAGUUAUAUUUGAUGAAGUCUAUAAAGAUCAUAUGGUAGUUUCCUGGAAACCUCCAUUAGAUGACGGAGGCAGUGAAAUCACAAAUUACAUUAUUGAGAAGAAGGAUACACACAAAGACCUGUGGAUGCCAGUUACAUCUGCCACAGUGAAGACAACAUGCAAAGUUCCUAAGCUGCUUGAAGGAAGAGAAUAUCAAAUUCGAAUUUAUGCUGAAAAUCUUUAUGGCAUAAGUGAUCCUCUCAUCUCUGAUGAGAUGAAAGCCAAGGACCGUUUCCGUGUUCCUGAUGCACCUGAGCAACCAAUCAUUAAGGAUGUUACCAAAGACUCUGCAGUAGUGGUUUGGAACAAACCGUAUGAUGGAGGCAAGCCAAUAACAAACUAUAUUGUAGAAAAGAAGGAAACAAUGGCUACAAGAUGGGUCAAAGCUACCAAAGACCCGAUUUUCCCCAGUACAAAGUUCAAAGUACCUGAUCUCCUUGAAGGCUGUGAAUAUGAAUUCCGUGUUUCAGCAGAAAAUGAAAUUGGUGUCGGUGAUCCUAGUCCACCAUCAAAGCCAAUUUUCGCUAGAGAUCCAAUCACAAAACCAAGUCCACCUGUUAAUCCAGAAGCAGUAGAUAAAACUAAAAAUUCAGUUGAUUUAUCUUGGCAACCACCACGCCACGAUGGAAAUGGAAAGAUAAUUGGCUACCUAAUAGAGUAUCAGAAAGUUGGAGAUGAAGAAUGGAAACAGGCUAAUCUUACAGCAGAUUCUUGUCCUGACACAAAAUACAAAGUCACUGGUCUUACUGAGGGUUUGACCUAUAAGUUCAGGGUGAAGGCAGUCAAUGCAGCAGGUGAAUCUGAUCCAGCCCACGUUCAUGAUCCAGUAGAAGUAAAAGACAGGCUUGAACCUCCUGAGUUGAUACUUGAUGCUAAUAUGGCCCGAGAACAGCAUGUAAAAGCUGGAGAUACCCUGCGACUUAGUGCUGUUAUUAAAGGUGUUCCAUUCCCAAAAGUUACCUGGAAGAAAGGAGAUCAUGAAGUCUCACCCAAAGCUGAUAUUGAGGUUACAGGAGUUGGUAGUAAGCUUGAAAUUCGUAACACGGUCCAUGAAGAUGGUGGAAUUUACUCCCUGACAGUUGAAAAUCCAGCUGGUUCAAAGACUGUUUCAGUAAAAGUCGUGGUCUUAGAUAAGCCUGGUCCACCCAGAAAUCUGAAAGUCAGUGAUAUUAGAAGCGACUCUUGCUAUCUCACUUGGAUGGAACCAGAAGAUGAUGGUGGCUCUGUCAUUACCAACUAUGUGGUGGAAAGGAAAGAUGUAGCUUCUGCACAGUGGGUAGCCAUCUCAUCAUCCUCCAAGAAACGCAGUCAUAUGGCUAAAUAUCUGAUGGAAGGCACUCAGUAUCAAUUCCGAGUUGCAGCUGAGAAUCAGUUUGGUAGAGGUCCAUAUGUGGAAACACUUAAGCCUAUUAAAGCUAUAGAUCCACUGCAUCCUCCAGGGCCACCAAAGAAUCUGCAUCAUGUAGAUGUUGACAAGACUGAAGUUUCCCUUGUUUGGGAUCGACCAGAUCGUGAUGGUGGUGCUGAGAUAACUGGAUAUUUGGUGGAAUAUCAAGAAGAUGGUGCAGAUGAAUGGACAAAGUUCCAGACGGUCCCUAUGCUAGACUGUGUUGUUACAGGCCUACAAAAAGGAAAAAUAUACAAAUUCCGUGUGAGAGCUCAGAAUAUUGUUGGUCUCAGCCUUCCUGAUACAACUAUACCAAUAGAGUGUCAAGAAAAACUAGUACCUCCAUCUGUGGAACUAGAUGUGAAGUUAAUUGAAGGUCUUGUUGUUAAAGCUGGAACCACAGUGCGACUUCCAGCAAUUAUGAGAGGUGUGCCAGUUCCCACUGCAAAGUGGGUUACUGAUGACACUGAAAUUAAACCAGAUGGCAAAUACAAGAUUGAGACUGACAAUUAUUCAACCGUGCUUACUAUUAAAGACUGUGUAAGAAAAGAUACAGGAGAAUAUCUACUCACAGUAUCUAAUGCAGCUGGCAGCAAAACUGUGGCUCUACACCUUACAGUUUUGGACGUUCCUGGCCCACCAACUGGUCCUAUUAAUAUUCUUGAAGUAACACCAGAAUACAUGGUUAUUUCUUGGCGCCCUCCUAAAGAUGAUGGUGGGAGUCCUAUAAUUAAUUAUAUUGUUGAGAAGCGUCAAUCAAAGAAAGAAACUUGGGGAGUGGUUAGCUCUGGAACAAGUCACACAAAAAUUAAGGUUCCACGACUGCAGAAAGGCUGUGAAUAUAUUUUCCGUGUUCGUGCAGAAAAUAAGAUAGGCAUUGGUGCACCCCUUGAUUCAGAACCAACAGUUGCUAAAUAUAUGUUUGAUCCACCGUCCCCACCUGGUAAACCAACUGUUUAUGAUAUUACAGAAAAUGCUGCAACAGUGUCUUGGACCCUACCAAAAUCUGAUGGUGGAACUCCAAUAACUGGUUAUAUACUUGAACGUCGGGAAGCAUCUGGUAAAUGGGUGCGUGUCAAUAAGACACCUAUACUUGAUAUGAAAUACAGAGUCACUGGUCUUUUUGAAGGCAACACAUACGAAUUCAGAGUUUUUGCAGAAAACAUGGUGGGUUUAAGCAAACCAUCUCCAAGCUCUGAUCCAAUAAAAGCAUCACGCCCAAUCACUCCUCCUGGACCACCUAUAAAUCCAAAAUUAAAAGACAAAACUAAAGAAACAGCUGAUCUUGUGUGGACAAAGCCGCUCAAAGAUGGUGGCAGCCCAAUUCUGGGAUACAUUGUGGAAUGUCAGAAAACUGGAACUACACAGUGGAAUAGGAUUAAUAAGGAUGAACUCAUUAGACAGUGUGCUUUCAGAGUACCUGGAUUAAUAGAAGGAAAUGAGUAUAAGUUCCGAAUAAAAGCUGUCAACAUUGUGGGAGAGGGAGAACCAAGAGAACUGGCAGAAACUGUACUUGCAAAGGAUAUCCUUUCUCCUCCAGAAAUAAGCCUAGAUGUGACCUGUCGAGAUUUAAUUACUGUCCGAGUAGGUCAAACAAUACGUAUUACUGGUAAGGUAAAAGGCAGGCCAGAUCCUGAAAUAACGUGGUCUAAAGAUGGCAAAGUACUAGUCCAAGAAAAGCAUGUUGAAAUACUCCAUGAUCUACCGAAUGUUGAACUGCAAGUGAAAGAAGCCAAAAGAUCUGAUCACGGCAAAUAUAUAAUAGCAGCUAAGAACAGCUGCGGACAGGCUCAAGCUUUUGCUAUUGUUAAUGUACUUGACAGACCUGGACCAUGUCAGAACCUGAAAAUAAGCUAUGUCACAAAAGACUCUUGUAUGAUUGCUUGGGAGAGUCCAGUGGAUAAUGGUGGCUCUGAAAUUACAAAUUACAUAGUAGAGUACCGUCAACCAAAUCAAAGGGGAUGGUCAAUUGUCUCCUCUGAUGUCACUAAACGAUUAGUAAAGGCAAAUCUUGUAGAGAACCGUGAAUACUUCUUCAGAGUUUGUGCAGAAAACAAAAUAGGUCCAGGGCCUUGCAUUGAGACCAAGACUCCCAUCCUUGCCAUCAAUCCUAUUGACAAGCCUGGAGAGCCAGAAAAUCUUCACAUUGCAGAGAAAGGGAAGACAUUUGUAUAUUUGAAAUGGAGAAGGCCAGAUUAUGAUGGUGGAAGUCCCAAUUUAAGUUAUCAUGUUGAGAGAAAACUGAAAGAUUCAGAUGAAUGGGAAAGGGUUCACAAAGGCAGCAUUAAGGAAACACACUACAUGGUAGACAGAUGUAUGGAAAAUAAGACUUACCAAUUCCGAGUUCAAACCAAGAAUGAGGCUGGUGAAAGUGGCUGGGUGAAAACAGCUGAAGUUGUUGUGAAGGAAGAUCUGCAGAAACCAGUGCUAGACUUGAAGUUAAGUGGGGUUUUAACUGUGAAAGCAGGUGACACAAUUAGAAUUGAGGCUGGAGUCAGAGGAAAACCACAGCCUGAAGUUGUAUGGACAAAAGACAAAGAUGCCACAGAUCUCACCAGAUCUCCAAGAAUCAGUAUUGAAACAACUUCUGACACAUCGAAGUUUGUUCUCACAAAAUCAAGGCGUAGUGAUGGUGGGAAAUAUGUGAUUACUGCAACUAACACAGCUGGUAGCUUCGUGGCAUAUGCUACUGUUAUUGUCUUGGAUAAACCUGGUCCUGUAAGAAACUUAAAAGUCACUGACAUUUCAAGUGAUAGAUGUACUGUUACUUGGGACCCGCCAGAAGAUGAUGGUGGUUGUGAAAUACAGAACUACAUCCUGGAAAAAUGUGAAAGCAAGCGUAUGGUUUGGUCUACAUUCUCUUCUUCUGUCCUAACAAACUAUGCAAAAGUGACACGUCUCAUUGAAGGUAAUGAAUAUAUAUUCAGAGUGCGUGCAGAGAAUAAAAUGGGCACUGGUCCACCAACAGAAACACACCCAAUUAUUGCAAAAACAAAAUAUGAUAGACCUGGCCGCCCUGACCCUCCAGAUGUCACAAGAGUUAGCAAAGAAGAGAUGACUGUAGUUUGGAAUCCACCAGAAUAUGAUGGUGGCAAAUCAAUUACAGGAUACAUUUUAGAGAAGAAAGAGAAACGAUCACUGAGAUGGGUUCCUGUUACUAAGACUGCAAUCCCAGAGAGACGCAAGAAGGUUACUAAUCUCUUCCCUGGUCAUGAAUAUCAGUUCCGCGUCAGUGCUGAAAAUGAAGUCGGACUUGGAGAACCAAGCUUGCCAUCAAGACCUGUAGUAGCCAAAGACCCGAUAGAACCACCUGGUCCUCCCACAAACUUGAGAGUGGUUGAUAGCACAAAGACUUCCAUAACCCUUGGCUGGGGAAAACCAGUGUACGAUGGUGGUGCUCCAAUUAUUGGAUAUGUUGUGGAAAUGAGACCAAAAGUUGAGGGUGCUGAUCCUGAAGCAGGAUGGAAACGAUGUAAUGUUGCUGCCCAAGUUAUUCACACAGAAUUUACAGCCACCAGCCUGGAUGAGAAGCAAUUAUAUGAGUUCAGAGUUUCUGCCCAAAACCAGGUUGGCCUUGGUCGGCCAGCUGAACUGAAAGAAGCUGUGUCUCCCAAAGAAAUUCUUGAACCUCCUGAGAUUGAGUUGGAUGCAAGCAUGAGAAAGUUAGUCACAGUUAGGGCAGGAUGCCCUAUUAGACUUUUUGCCAUUGUUAGGGGCCGCCCAGCACCAAAAGUCACCUGGAGGAGAAUGGGUAUUGAUAAUGUCAUCAGAAAAGGACAAGUUGAUCUGGUUGACACUAUGGCCUUCUGUGUCAUUCCCGAUUCAACACGUGAUGACUCAGGCAAAUAUUCAUUGACACUUGUUAAUGCAGCUGGAGAAAAGGCUGUAUUUGUGAAUGUCAGAGUCCUGGAUACUCCUGGACCUGUGUCAGACUUCAAGGUUUCAGAUGUCACCAAGAUGUCAUGCCAUCUUUCAUGGGCACCUCCAGAGAAUGAUGGGGGUAGCCCCGUGACUCAUUACAUCCUGCAGAAACGUGAGGCUGACAGGAAGACCUGGGCAACAGUCACUGCAGAACUAAAGAAAACUAGUUUCCAAAUAGCAAACCUUGUGCCUGGAAAUGAAUAUUAUUUUAGAGUGACGGCAGUCAAUGAAUAUGGGUCAGGUGUUCCAAGUGACAUACCAAAACCUGUUCUAGCAACAGAUCCUCUAAGUGAACCUGAUCCACCAAGAAAACUUGAAGUUACUGAAAUUACAAAGAAUAGUGCUACUUUAGGCUGGCUGCCACCACUGCGUGAUGGAGGCUCUAAAAUUGAUGGGUACAUUGUUAGCUACAAAGAAGAUGACCAACCAGCGGAUCGCUGGACAGAGUAUUCUGUUGUCAAAGAUCUCUCAAUUGUUGUAGCUGGUCUGAAGGAGGGAAAGAAGUACAACUUUAGAGUGGCAGCUAGAAAUGCUGUAGGAGUAAGUUUACCAAUACAAGCUGAAGGAGCAUUUGAAAUUAAAGAACAACUCAUCCCACCUAAGAUUUUGAUGCCUGAUCAUGUUCACAUUAAAGCUGGAAAGAAACUGAGAAUUGAAGCUCAUGUAUAUGGGAAACCUCAGCCAGUCUGUAAAUGGUUGAAAGGAGAUCAAGAAGUAGUUACAUCCAGUCGCCUGGCUGUGCAUAAAGCAGAAAAGUCUUCUGUUCUUAUCAUUAAGGAUGUGACUAGAAAAGAUUCUGAUUUUUACACUCUUACUGCAGAGAAUAGCUCUGGUACUGAUAGUCAGAAAAUCAGAGUGACAGUCAUGGAUAAGCCAGGUCCACCACAGCCUCCAUUUGAUAUUUCUGAAAUUGAUGCUGAUGCUUGCACUCUUUCAUGGCACAUACCUCUUGAAGAUGGUGGCAGCAACAUUACAAACUAUGUAGUUGAGAAAUGUGAUGUAAGCCGCGGAGACUGGGUAACAGCUUUAUCUUCUGUCACAAAGACAACCUGCAGAAUUGGAAAACUUAUUCCUGGAGAGGAAUAUAUGUUCCGCGUUCGUGCUGAAAAUCGUUUUGGGAUUUCUGAGCCGCUUGCUUCUGGCAAGAUGAUCGCAAGGUUCCCAUUUGAUGUUCCUAGUGAACCAAAGAAUGCACGAAUUACCAAAGUCAAUAAGGACUGCAUUUUUGUUGCUUGGGAUAAGCCAGAUAGUGAUGGAGGCAGUCCAAUUACUGGUUAUCUCAUUGAACGCAAGGAAAGGAACAGUCUGCUGUGGGUGAAAGCUAAUGAUACAGCUGUGCGCUCCACAGAAUACCCUUGUGUGGGGAUCAUCGAAGGUCUUGAGUAUACUUUCAGAAUUUAUGCAUUGAACAGAGCUGGAGCAAGUAAACCUAGUAAACCAACUGAGUUUGUCACAGCAAGAGCACCAGUUGAUCCCCCUGGAAAACCUGAAGUUAUUGAUGUCACUAAGAGUACUGCAUCACUGGUAUGGACAAGACCAAAGCAUGAUGGUGGUAGCAAACUAAUUGGCUACUUUGUGGAAGCUUGCAAAUUACCUGGUGAUAAGUGGGUUCGGUGCAAUACAACUCCACAUCAAAUACCCCUAGAAGAGUACACUGCUACUGGUUUGGAAGAAAAUGCUCAGUAUCAAUUUAGAGCAAUUGCCAAGACAGCAGUUAACAUCAGCCCACCUUCAGAACCUUCUGAUCCGGUGACCAUUCAUCCAGAAAAUGUUCCUCCCAGAAUAGAGUUGGAUCUGUCUAUGCAAUCACAGCUUACAGUAAAAGCUGGAACUAAUGUGCGUCUGGAGGCAAAUGUAUAUGGCAAGCCGAUGCCAACAAUCACCUGGAAGAAAGAAGGAGAAGUUUUAAAGCCAUCUGAAGGUGUUAAGAUCACUACUAAGAGAAAUCUUGCUACAGUUGAGUUGUUCAGUGUUAACAGGAAGCAAACAGGAGACUACACUAUUACUGCUGAAAAUGCAAGUGGAUCAAAGUCAGCAACCAUUAGGCUUAAAGUACUUGAUAAGCCUGGUCCACCAGCUUCUGUCAAAAUCAAACACAUGUAUGCAGAUCGUGCAAUGCUUUCUUGGGAGCCUCCUCUGGAAGAUGGAGGUUCAGAAAUUACUAACUACAUUGUAGACAAGCGUGAAACAAGCAGACCGAACUGGGCCCAGGUCAGUGCCAAUGUACCCAUUACAAGCUGCACAGUGGAGAAACUAAUAGAAGGACAUGAGUACCAGUUCCGCAUUUGUGCUGAAAACAAAUACGGUGUUGGAGACCCUAUCUUGACUGAACCAGCAGUUGCUAAGAAUCCAUAUGAUGUACCCGGACCUUGUGAUCCACCAGUAAUUAGCAAUGUAACGAAAGACUUUAUGACUGUUAGCUGGAAGCCACCAGCUGAUGAUGGUGGAUCCCCAAUAACUGGUUAUAUCCUCGAGAAGCGUGAAACUAAGGCUCUUAACUGGACAAAGGUAAACAGAAAGCCUGUCAUUGAAAGAACUGUUAAAGCUACUGGACUCCAAGAAGGAACAGAAUAUGAGUACCGGGUGAUAGCAUUGAAUAAAGCUGGACCUGGCAAGCCUAGCGCACCAUCUAAAGCAGUGUAUGCUCGUGAUCCUCAAUAUCCUCCUGGCCCACCUGCUUUCCCGAAAGUGGUUGAUACUACUCGUAACUCAAUAAGCCUGUCAUGGAGCAAACCAGCAUAUGAUGGAGGAAGCCCUAUUAUUGGUUAUCUAGUGGAAUCAAAAAGAGCUGACACAGACAACUGGGUCAGAUGCAAUGUACCAAAGAAUUUACAGGCUACGCAAUUUGUGGUAACAGGACUGAUGGAAGAUACAGAGUACCAGUUCCGUGUUUAUGCUGUCAAUAAGAUUGGAUACAGUGACCCAAGUGAUGUUCCUGAUAAACACACUGCCAAAGACAUUUUAAUUCCACCUGAAGGAGAACUUGAUGCAGAACUAAGGAAAGUCCUUGUGUUGCGUGCUGGAGUCACAAUGAGACUUUAUGUGCCAGUAAGAGGACGUCCACCUCCAAAAAUUACAUGGUCUAAAGUGGGUGCCAACCUAAGAGAUAGACAAGGAUUAGAUAUCAAGUCAACUGAUUUUGAUACCUUCCUGCGUUGUGAAAAUGUAAAUAAAUAUGAUGCUGGAAAAUAUGUCCUCAGUCUAGAGAACAGCUGUGGCAAAAAGGAGUACACCAUUGUUGUAAAAGUACUUGAUACUCCAGGCCCUCCAGUUAACCUGAUUGUAAAGGAAGCAUCUAAGGAUUCUGCCUACAUUACAUGGGAACCUCCUCUAAUAGAUGGGGGCAGUCCAAUCAAAAAUUAUGUUGUUGAAAAACGGGAUGCAGAAAGAAAAUCAUGGUCCACAGUAACAACAGAAUGUCCAAAGACAAGCUACAGGAUAACUAACUUAGAAGAAGGCAAAUCUUACUUCUUCAGAGUUUUUGCUGAAAAUGAAUAUGGUAUUGGUGAUCCCUGUGAAACUCGUGAUGCUGUUAAAGCUUCUGAAACACCUGGGCCAGUUGUGGAUCUAAAAGCUUCAGCUGUAACAAAAUCAUCAUGCAAUUUGGUAUGGAAAAAACCUAUCAGUGAUGGUGGAAGCCGUAUUAUUGCAUAUGUUGUUGAGGUCCUGGUUGGUGAAGAUAAAUGGCAAGAAGUCAUGCGGGGAAAGAACCUCCAUUUUUCAAUGAGAGACCUAAAAGAAGGACAGGAAUACACUUUCAGAGUGAGAGCCCAGAAUGAUGCUGGAUAUGGAACUCCAUCAGAGCUCACAAUUGUAGCAAGAGAUGAUGUUGUGGCACCUGAACUUGACUUAAGAGAUCUACCUGAUUUGUGCUAUAUUGCUAAAGAAGGUAGCAAUUUCCGUCUUAAAAUCCCUAUGAAAGGCAAGCCUGUCCCAACUGUAACUUGGAAGAAGGAUGAAGACCAGGCACUUACUGAGAGUGGAAGAGUUGCAUUUGAAUCUACAGCAGUUAACACCACUCUUGUAGUACAUGACUGCCAGAAAGCUGAUGCUGGAAAAUACACAAUAACUCUGAAGAAUGUUGUUGGCAGCAAGGAAGGCACUAUUUUUGUGAAAGUUGUUGGCAAACCUGGCAUACCAACAGGUCCAGUGAAAUUUGAAGAAGUCACAGCUGAUGCCAUAACCUUAAAGUGGGGCCCUCCAAAAGAUGAUGGUGGUUCAGAAAUCACUAACUAUGUUCUAGAGAAGAGAGAUAAUGUAAACAACAAGUGGGUGACUUGUGCCUCUGCAGUCCAGAAAACCACUUUUAGAGUUACAAGACUUCAUGAAGGAAAUGAAUAUACAUUCAGGAUCAGGGCUGAAAAUAAAUAUGGAGUAGGUGAAGGUCUUAAAUCUGACCCUGUCAUUGCAAAACAUCCAUUUGAUGUGCCAGAUGCUCCUCCACCCCCCAACAUUGUUGCUGUUCAGCAUGAAUCUGUAGCUUUAACUUGGACUGAUCCCAGAAGAACUGGAGGAUCACCAAUCACAGGUUAUCACAUUGAAGUUAAAGAAAGGAAUAGUCUUCUGUGGAAGAGAGCAAAUACAACACCAAUAAGAAUGAAAGAUUUCAGAGUGACAGGGUUAACUGAAGGUCUGGAAUAUGAAUUCAGAGUAAUGGCAAUCAAUAUGGCUGGAGUAGGUAAACCAAGUCUUCCAUCUGAACCAGUUGUGGCACUUGAUCCUAUUGAUCCCCCUGGGAAACCUGAAGUUAUCAAUGUAACCAGGAACUCAGUAACACUCAUUUGGACAGAACCAAAAUAUGAUGGUGGACAUAAAUUAACUGGCUAUAUUGUUGAAAAGCGUGAUUUACCCAAAAAGACUUGGACAAAAGCUAAUCACGUGAAUGUUCCUGACUGUGCGUUUACUGUAACUGACCUUAUUGAAGGCUCCAAAUAUGAGUUCAGAAUUAGAGCAAAGAACACAGCUGGAGCCAUCAGUCCUCCAUCUGAAUCCACAGGAACCAUAAUAUGCAAGGAUGAAUAUGAGGCACCAACCAUUGUUCUGGAUCCUCCUUUGAAAGAAGGUUUAACAGUAAAAGCAGGAGACACCAUUACACUGUCUGCUAUUAGUAUCCGUGGCAAACCACCUCCAACUUCAGCGUGGUCAAAAGCUGGAAAAGAUUUUAGACCUUCAGAGCUUGUGCACAUUGAAACCAAACCAACUUCUUCUACUCUAACUGUCAAAUAUGCAGCCAGAAAAGAUUCUGGAGAAUACACAAUCACUGCAACCAAUCCUUUUGGCACUAAGCAGGAGAGUGUACAAGUGAAAGUUUUAGAUAUACCAGGACCGCCAGGGCCUAUUGAGAUCAGCAAUGUUUCAGCAGAAAAAGCAACUCUUACAUGGUCACCUCCUGCAGAAGAUGGUGGAUCACCAGUCAAAUCAUAUGUUCUUGAAAAGAGAGAAACUAGUCGACUGCUCUGGACAUUGGUUGCUGAAAAUAUUGAAACCUGUAGGCAUGUUGUUAGCAAGCUCAUUCAAGGAAAUGAAUAUGUUUUCCGUGUCUCAGCAGUAAAUCAAUAUGGCAAGGGUGAACCAGUACAAUCAGAACCAGUUAAAAUGGUGGAUAGAUUUGGUCCUCCAGGCCCUCCUGGUAAACCAGAAGUAACAAAUGUGACUAAAAAUACUGCCACAGUUACCUGGAAAAGGCCAGUUGAUGAUGGUGGAAGUGAAAUCACAGGUUACCAUGUGGAGCGGAGAGAAAAGAAAGGUUUAAGAUGGGUUAGAGCAACAAAGAAACCAGUUUCAGAUCUUAGAUGCAAAGUAACUGGUCUUCUGGAAGGAAAUGAAUAUGAAUUCCGUGUCAGUGCAGAAAACAGAGCAGGAGUUGGACCACCAAGUGACACUUCAAACUCAGUCCUAUGCAAAGAUGUUGCAUACCCACCAGGUCCGCCUGCAAAUCCAAGAGUGACUGAUACUACAAAGACAAGUGCAUCUUUAGCCUGGGGCAAGCCUCACUAUGAUGGUGGUCUUGACAUCACUGGCUAUAUAGUAGAGCAUCAAAAGGAAGGAGAAGAAGAAUGGGUAAAAGACACUAUAGGGACUGCUUUAAGAAUCACUCAGUUUGUUGUAGCUCAUCUGCAGACAGGAGCCAAAUACAAUUUCAGAAUCUCUGCCAUGAAUGCUGCAGGUGUCGGUGAACCAGCAAUAAUUCCAAGUGUGGAAAUCAAAGACCGAGAAGAGAUUCCUGACUUUGAAUUAGAUGCUGAGCUAAGAAGAACUCUUGUUGUUAGAGCUGGAUUAACUAUUCGGAUUUUUGUACCAAUUAAAGGGCGUCCAACUCCAGAAGUUACAUGGACAAAAGAUGAUGUUUCACUCAAAGGACGUGCCAGUAUUGAAAAUACCGACUCCUUUACGCUGUUGAUUGUCACAGAGUGCACCAGAUAUGAUGCAGGAAAAUACGUAAUGACUCUUGAAAAUGCUGCUGGUAAGAAGACUGGCUUUGUAAAUGUAAAAGUUUUGGAUACACCAGGUCCACCAAUAAACCUUAAGCCUAGAGAAAUAACCAAGGACAGCAUCACCCUCCAAUGGGAUAUGCCUCUGGUAGAUGGAGGUUCCCGUAUAACAAACUAUAUUGUUGAGAAACGUGAAUCAACUCGGAAGGCAUAUUCAACAGUCACAACCAACUGCCAGAAGUGUUCCUUCAAGAUUCCUAAUUUGGCUGAGGGAUGUGAAUACUAUUUCAGAGUACUGGCUGAAAAUGAGUAUGGUAUUGGUGAACCAGCUGAAACUGCAGAACCAGUGAGAGCUUCUGAGGCACCGUCCCCACCAGAGAGCCUUAAUAUUAUGGAUGUAACACGGAACUCAGUUAGCCUAGCUUGGCCGAAACCAGAACACGAUGGUGGCAGCAAGAUCACUGGGUAUGUAAUUGAAGCACAGAGAAAAGGAACCAACCAGUGGGCACACAUCACCACUGUAAAAACACUGGACUGCGUAGUAAAGAAUCUAACUGAAAAUGAAGAGUAUACUUUCCAGGUUAUGGCAGUUAACAGCGCUGGAAGAAGUGCCCCAAGAGAAAGCAGACCAGUUAUUAUCAAGGAGCAAACUAUGCUCCCAGAGUUUGACCUCCGAGCUAUCUACCAGAAAACAGUCAUUGCCAAAGCUGGUGACAAUAUCAAGAUUGAAAUCCCCGUACUUGGUCGUCCAAGGCCUACUGUGACCUGGAAGAAAGAAGACCAGAUACUUAAGCAAACACAAAGAGUAAAUUAUGAAAAUACUGCAACUGCAACCAUACUAACCAUCAAUGAAUGUAUUCGAAGUGAUAGUGGUCAAUACCCACUGUCAGCCAAAAAUAUUGUUGGAGAAGUUAGUGAAGUAAUCACAGUUCAGGUUCAUGACAUACCUGGGCCUCCUACUGGACCAAUCAAAUUUGAUGAAAUUUCAUCUGAUUUCCUAACUUUCUCAUGGGAGCCUCCUUUGAAUGAUGGUGGUGUACCAAUAAGUAACUAUGUUGUAGAAAUGCGUCAAACUGACAGUACCACAUGGACUGAAUUGGCAACUACAGUGAUACGUACUACAUUUAAAGCUGUUCGUCUUACUACUGGAGUUGAAUAUCAGUUCCGUGUUAGAGCUCAAAACAGAUAUGGAAUUGGUCCAGCCAUUACUUCAGGGUCUGUAGUUGCCAACUACCCAUUUAAGGUACCUGGGCCUCCUGGCACUCCUCAGGUGAUAGCAGUCACCAAAGAAACUAUGACCAUUAGCUGGAAUGAGCCAGUUACUGAUGGUGGAAGCCCUAUACUGGGAUAUCACGUUGAAAGAAAAGAGAGAAACAGCAUUCUUUGGCAGACUGUAAGUAAAAUGCUGGUAUCAGGCAAUAUCUUUAAAUCAUCUGGACUUACCGAUGGCAUUGCAUAUGAAUUCCGUGUUAUAGCAGAAAAUCUAGCUGGGAAGAGUAAGCCAAGCAAGCCAUCUGAGCCUGUGUUUGCCCUGGACCCGAUAGAUCCACCUGGUAAGCCAAUACCUCUGAACAUUACAAGACAUGCAGUUACACUGAAGUGGACUAAACCGGAAUAUAAUGGAGGUUUUAAGAUAACUGGCUAUACCGUUGAAAAAAGAGACCUUCCUAAUGGCCGUUGGCUCAAGGCUAAUUUCAGCAAUAUACUAGAGACUGAAUUCACUGUAAGUGGUUUGACAGAAGACGCUGCCUAUGAAUUCCGUGUGAUUGCUAGGAAUGCUGGUGGAGCUGUUAGUCAGCCCUCUGAGCCAUCAGAUGCAAUCACUUGUAGAGAUGACAUUGAAGCACCAAGGAUAAAAGUGGAUGCUAAAUACAAAGACACCAUAGUGCUGAAAGCAGGUGAACUUUUCAGACUUGAGGCUGAUGUUUCAGGUCGCCCUCCACCAACUAUGACAUGGACAAAGGGAGAAAAAGAACUUGAAGACACAGCAAAAUUAGAAAUAAAAAUGGCAGAUUUCUCUACUGUACUUAUCAAUAAGGAUUCCUCAAGAAGAGACGGUGGUGCUUAUACACUUACUGCAACAAAUCCUGGUGGCUUUGCCAAGCAUAUCUUCAAUGUUAAAGUUCUUGAUAGACCUGGUCCCCCAGAAGGGCCUUUGGCUGUGUCUGAAGUCACUGCAGAAAAGUGUGUGCUGUCAUGGCUACCCCCACUGGAUGACGGAGGAGCAAAGAUUGACCAUUAUGUGGUUGAAAAACGAGAAACCAGUAGAUUGGCAUGGACAGCUGUAGCCACAGAAGUUCCAGUGACUAAACUGAAGGUUACUAAGCUGCUGAAGGGCAAUGAGUACGUUUUCCGAGUUAUGGCUGUUAACAAGUAUGGAGUUGGCGAGCCUCUAGAAUCAGAACCUGUUCUUGCAGUAAAUCCAUAUGUGCCACCUGAUCCACCUAAAACACCUGAAGUUACAGCAAUUACAAAAGAUUCCAUGGUUGUCUGUUGGGGCCAUCCUGAUUCUGAUGGUGGGAGCCCAAUAACUAACUAUAUUGUGGAACGUCGAGACAGGGCUGGUCUACGGUGGGUGAAAUGUAACAAAAGGGUUGUUACUGACUUACGUUAUAAAGUGUCUGGACUAACAGAAGGCCAUGAAUAUGAAUACAGAGUCAUGGCUGAAAAUGCUGCUGGAGUCAGUGAGCCAAGCCCAACCAGUCCAUUCUAUAAAGCUUGUGAUACUGUAUUUAAGCCUGGUCCCCCAGGUAAUCCUCGUGUUUUGGAUAGCAGCAAGUCCUCAAUUACAAUAGCAUGGAACAAACCAAUAUAUGAUGGUGGUUCAGAGAUCACAGGUUACAUGGUUGAGAUUGCACUACCCGAAGAAGAUGAGUGGAAGAUUGUAACUCCACCAAUAGGUCUAAAGGCCACUUCUUUUACCAUCACUGAUCUGAAAGAAAAUCAAGAGUAUAAAAUAAGAAUAUAUGCUAUGAACUCUGAAGGUCUUGGAGAACCCGCUCUUGUUCCUGGGACUCCAAAAGCUGAAGAAAGAAUGCUACCUCCAGAGAUUGAACUUGAUGCAGAACUACGUAAAGUUGUCACUCUUAGAGCCUGCUGUACUCUAAGGCUCUUUGUCCCAAUUAAGGGAAGACCAGCACCUGAAGUAAAAUGGACAAGAGAACAUGGGGAAUCUUUGGAUAGAGCUAGCAUUGAAUCAACAAGCUCUUAUACUUUACUUAUCAUUGAAAAUGUAAAUAGAUUUGAUAGUGGCAAAUACAUACUGACAGUUGAAAACAGCUCAGGUAGUAAGUCAGCAUUUGUGAAUGUCAGAGUUCUUGAUACCCCAGGAGCACCUCAAGAUUUGAAAAUAAAAGAAGUUACGAAAUCUUCGGUUACACUCACAUGGGAACCUCCUCUUAUAGAUGGUGGCUCUAAAAUAAAAAAUUACAUUGUUGAAAAGCGUGAAUCGACAAGAAAAGCUUAUUCAACUGUUAAUGCCAAUUGCCACAAGACCAGCUGGAAAGUUGAUUCACUGCAAGAAGGCUGCAACUACUACUUCAGAGUCCUAGCUGAAAAUGAGUAUGGAAUAGGCCUUCCAGUUGAAACUUCAGAAUCCGUGAAAGUAUCAGAAAGACCACUUCCACCAGGGAAAAUAACUUUGUUGGAUGUGACGAGAAAUAGCGUAUCCUUAUCUUGGGAAAAACCUGAACAUGAUGGUGGUAGCAGAAUUCUGGGCUACAUUGUAGAAAUGCAAAGCAAAGGCAGUGAAAAGUGGUCAACCUGUGCUACAGUAAAAGUUACUGAAGCCACCAUCACAGGACUGAUCCAAGGUGAAGAAUACACCUUCCGUGUUUCAGCUCAGAAUGAGAAAGGUAUCAGUGAUCCUCGCCAGCUGGGUAUACCAGUUGUUGCAAAAGAUCUUGUAAUUCCACCAGCUUUCAAACUACUAUUUACCACUUUCAGUGUUCUAGCAGGAGAGGACUUAAAGGUUGAUGUUCCUUUUGUUGGUCGACCCAAACCAGCAGUGCUUUGGCAUAAAGACAAUGUGGCAUUGAAGCAGACUACAAGAGUAAAUGCAGAAAGUUCAGAAAACAACACAGUGUUAACAAUAAAAGAAGCCUGCAGAGAAGAUGUGGGGACAUAUUUAGUUAAACUUACAAACUCUGCUGGUGAAGCAACUGAGACCCUAAAUAUUGUUGUCCUUGACAAACCAGGACCUCCAACUGGACCAGUAAAAGUAGAUGAAGUAACAGCAGAUAGUAUUACCAUUUCCUGGGAACCACCCAAGUAUGAUGGUGGUAGCUCUAUCAAUAAUUACAUUGUAGAGAGAAGAGACACUUCUACCACAACUUGGCACAUUGUGUCAGCUACAGUUGCAAGAACAACUAUAAAAGCAUGUCGUUUAAAGACUGGCUGUGAAUAUCAGUUCAGAAUCGCAGCUGAAAACAGAUAUGGGAAGAGUACAUAUCUCACUUCAGAGUCAAUCAUAGCCCAAUACCCAUUUAAAGUUCCCGGUCCACCUGGAACACCUUUUGUAACAAAUAUCUCAAAAGACAGCAUGGUGGUACAAUGGAAUGAACCAGUCAAUGAUGGUGGUAGCAGGAUCAUUGGGUAUCAUUUGGAGCGUAAAGAAAGAAACAGCAUUCUGUGGGCUAAACUGAAUAAAACACCUAUUCCAGAUACCAAAUUUAAGACAACUGGUCUUGAGGAAGGUCUUGAAUAUGAGUUCAGAGUCUAUGCAGAAAACAUAGUGGGAAUUGGAAAGGCAAGUAGAGGAUCUGAAUGCUAUACUGCACGUGAUCCAUGUGACCCUCCAGGUCGUCCAGAACCUGUAAUUGUCACAAGAAGCUCAGUAACACUUCAGUGGAAGAAACCUAUAUAUGAUGGUGGAAGUAAGAUCACAGGCUAUGUUGUUGAAAAGAAGGAAUUACCUGAUGGCCGUUGGAUGAAAGCAAGUUUUACAAAUGUCAUUGAUACUCAAUUUGAAGUAACUGGUCUAGUCGAAAACCAGAGAUAUGAGUUCCGUGUUAUAGCACGAAAUGCUGCAGGUGUUUUCAGUGAACCGUCUGAGAGCUCAGGGGCAAUUACAGCAAGAGAUGAAGUAGAACCACCCCAUAUAAGCAUGGAUCCAAAAUACAAAGACACUAUUGUAGUGAACGCUGGUGAGUCAUUCAAGCUUGAUGCUGAUGUUCAUGGCAAACCAAUACCUUCCAUUCAGUGGUUAAAAGGCGAUCAUGAGCUGACAAGCACUGCUCGCAUGGAAAUAAAAAGCACCGAUUUCGCAACAAGCCUUAGUGUGAAGGAAGCCACAAGAGUUGACAGUGGUCAGUACGUCCUACUGGCAAAGAACGUUGCAGGUGAAAAGAAGGUUCCUGUUAACGUCAAAGUUCUUGAUAGACCUGGACCACCAGAAGGACCUGUUGAGAUUACCGGUGUUACUGCUGAAAAAUGCACAUUGUCAUGGAAACCACCGCUACAGGAUGGUGGUAGUGAAAUUUCACACUACGUUGUAGAAAAAAGGGAAACCAGUCGCUUGGUGUGGACUGUCGUUGACUCAAAUGUGCAAACCCUAAAUUGCAAAGUUACAAAACUUUUAGAAGGAAAUGAGUAUGUUUUCCGCAUCAUGGCAGUAAAUAAAUAUGGUGUUGGUGAACCCCUUGAAUCUGAACCAGUACUCGCAAAGAACCCAUUUUCGGUGCCACUUCCACCAAAGGCACCAGAAGUCACAGCCGUUACCAAGGAUUCUAUGAUAGUUGUAUGGGAAAGGCCAGCCUCAGAUGGUGGUAGUGAAAUCCUAGGUUACGUUCUUGAAAAACGAGAUAAGGAAGGUAUUCGCUGGACAAGAUGUAACAAACGCCUGAUCAGUGAACUACGAUACAGAGUGACUGGUCUUAUAGAAAAUCAUGAUUAUGAGUACAGAGUUUCAGCUGAAAAUGCUGCUGGUCUUAGUGAACCAAGCCCACCUUCCACUUACUACAAAGCAUGCGAUCCUAUUUACAAGCCAGGUCCACCCAAUAAUCCCAAAGUUGUGGAUGUUACAAGAUCUUCAGUCUUCCUUUCGUGGGGUAAACCUAUCUAUGAUGGUGGCUCUGAAAUUCAGGGAUACAUUGUGGAAAAAUGUGAUGUAAGUGAUGGUGAAUGGAAAAUCUGUACUCCCGCAACUGGAAUUAAGAAUACCCACAUGGAAGUAGAAAAAUUAGUGGAAAAACAUGAAUACAAAUUCCGCAUAUGUGCAGUUAAUAAAGCAGGAGUUGGAGAGCAUGCAGAUGUUCCUGGUUCUGUUAUUGUAGAAGAAAAGAUGGAGGCACCAGACCUUGACCUUGACAUGGAAUUAAGGAAGGUUGUAAAUGUGAGGGCAGGAGGUUCCUUAAGAUUGUUUGUUCCCAUCAGAGGUCGUCCAACACCUGAAGUAAAAUGGGGUAAAGUGGAUGGUGACAUCAGAGAAGCAGCUAUUAUUGAUACCACUAGCAGCUUUACUUCCCUUGUUCUAGACAAUGUUAACAGAUUUGAUACUGGAAAGUAUACUCUGACCUUGGAAAACAGCAGUGGAACAAAGUCUGCCUUUGUCAGCGUAAGAGUACUGGAUACCCCGAGUGCACCUGUUAAUUUAAAGAUCAGAGAGAUCACUAAAGACUCUGUUUCACUUUCAUGGGAGCCUCCUCUCUUGGAUGGUGGAGCAAAAAUAAAGAAUUUCAUUAUUGAAAAGCGUGAAGCAACAAGAAAGGCAUAUGCAGCUGUUGUAACCAACUGCCACAAGACUUCAUGGAAAGUAGAUCAACUUCAGGAGGGCUGCUAUUACUUCUUUAGAAUUUCUGCUGAGAAUGAAUAUGGAAUUGGCCUCCCUGCAGAAACCAGUGACCCAGUUAAAGUUGCUGAAGUUCCACAGCCUCCUGGGAAAAUAACAGUGGAUGAUGUCACAAGAAACAGUGUCUCACUAAGCUGGGCAAAACCGGAACAUGAUGGUGGUAGCAAAAUCAUACAAUACAUUGUUGAAAUGCAAGCAAAGGGUAGUGAGAAGUGGUCAGAGUGUGCUCGUGUAAAGACACUUGAAGCAGUUAUUACUAACCUAACUCAAGGGGAAGAAUAUCUUUUUAGAGUAAUGGCUGUAAAUGAAAAGGGUAAGAGUGAUCCUAGAGCACUUGCAGUUCCAAUAGUUGCCAAAGACCUAGUGAUUGAACCUGAUGUUAGACCUGCUUUUCACAGUUACAGUGUUCAAGUGGGACAAGAUCUGAAAGUAGAAAUACCAAUUGCAGGUCGACCUAAACCAACUGUUACCUGGGUAAAAGAUGGCCAGCCAUUAAGGCAGACAACAAGAAUCAAUGUAAGCGAUUCAGCUGAUCUCACUAUACUGAAUCUUAAGGAAACUAGCAAAGAGGACAGUGGCACUUACGAAAUCACUGUGGCUAAUGUUGUUGGGCAAAAGUCUGCCUCUAUUGACAUUAUAACUCUAGACAAACCUGACCCUCCAGUAGGGCCUGUGAAGUUUGAUGAAAUAAGUGCAGAAAGUAUUACCCUAUCAUGGAACCCCCCAGCAUACACAGGAGGCUGCCAAAUCACCAACUAUGUUGUUCACAAGAGAGAUACAACAACCACUGUAUGGGAAACAGUUUCAGCUACUGUUGCAAGAACUACACUGAAAGUGACUAAACUGAAAACUGGUUCAGAAUACCAGUUCAGAAUAUUUGCUGAGAACAGGUAUGGGCAGAGUUUUGCAUUGGAAUCUGCACCAGUUGUAGCGCAGUACCCCUACAAGGAACCAGGACCUCCUGGCACACCAUUUGUGACAACGGUUACAAAAGACUCCAUGGUUGUACAGUGGCAUGAACCAGUAAAUGAUGGUGGCAGUAGAGUGUUGGGCUACCAUCUUGAGAGAAAGGAGAAAAACAGCAUUUUAUGGACUAAAGUGAACAAGACUAUUAUUCAGGACACAAGUUUUAAGACAAAUAACCUUGAAGAAGGAAUUGAAUAUGAAUUUCGAGUUUCUGCAGAAAAUAUUGUUGGUGUAGGCAGAACAAGUAAAGUUUCUGAGUGCUAUGUAGCUCGUGAUCCAUGUGAUCCUCCAGGUCGCCCAGAAGCUAUAAUAAUAAAAAGAAGCUCUAUUACUCUACAAUGGACCAAACCAGAAUAUGAUGGUGGAAGUAAGAUUACUGGUUAUAUUGUAGAGAAACGUGACUUACCAGAUGGUCGCUGGAUGAAAGCCAGCUUCACAAAUAUCAUUGAAACUCAGUUCACUGUAACAGGGCUUACUGAAGACCAAAGAUAUGAAUUUAGAGUAAUUGCGAAGAAUGCUGCAGGUGCAAUAAGCAAACCUUCUGACAGUACAGGUCCAAUAACAGCAAGGGAUGAAGUUGAACUUCCACGAAUUUCAAUGGAUCCAAAGUACAAAGACACAAUUGUUGUAAAUGCUGGUGAAACAUUCAGACUUGAGGCUGAUGUUCACGGAAAGCCACUACCAACCAUUAAGUGGUACAAAGGAGAUAAAGAGCUUGAGGAAACUUCUAGAUGUGAAAUAAAGAACACAGAUUUCAGUGCAUUAAUAGUUGUAAAAGAUGCCAUUAGAGUUGAUGGUGGACAGUACAUUUUAGAAGCCUCUAAUGUUGCUGGAACAAAGACAGUAACAGUAAACGUAAAAGUCCUGGACAGGCCAGGACCUCCAGAGGGUCCAGUCCAAGUGACAGGAGUCACAGCUGAAAAAUGUGCAUUGGCGUGGGCUCCUCCUCUUCAUGAUGGUGGCAGUGAUAUUUCUCAUUAUAUUGUAGAGAAGAGAGAAACUAGUCGCUUGGCAUGGACUGUGGUUGCUUCAGAGGUUUUACCUACAAUGCUGAAAGUAACAAAACUCUUGGAAGGAAAUGAGUAUGUCUUCCGUAUUAUGGCAGUUAACAAAUAUGGGGUUGGGGAGCCAUUAGAAUCUGUGCCAGUGAUGAUGAAAAAUCCAUUUGUGGUUCCUGGACCACCAAAGGCCUUGGAAAUUACCAACAUCACAAAGGAUUCUAUGACUGUCUGCUGGACCCGUCCGGAUAGUGAUGGUGGUAGUGAAAUCGUAGGUUACAUUGUAGAAAAGAGAGACCGAGCAGGCAUCAGAUGGAUAAAAUGCAAUAAACGGCGAAUUACAGAUUUGCGAUUAAGAGUUACAGGAUUAACAGAGGAUCAUGAAUAUGAAUUUAGAGUUUCUGCUGAAAAUGCUGCUGGAGUGGGUGAACCAAGCCAAGUUUCUCCUUACUUUAAAGCUUGUGACCCAAUGUUCAAGCCUGGCCCUCCAACAAAUACCCAUGUUGUGGAUACCACCAAAAGUUCAGUUCUACUUGGUUGGAGUAAACCUAUUUAUGAUGGUGGUUGUGAAAUCCAGGGAUACCUUGUAGAAAUCUGUAAGGCAGAUGAAGAUGAAUGGUCACUUGUUACACCACAAACAGGUAUACGUGCCACUCGAUUUGAAAUCAAAAAGCUUACUGAACAUCAAGAAUACAAAUUACGAGUGUGCGCUCUCAACAAGAUUGGUGUAGGAGAGGCUGCAUCAGUUCCUGGCACUAUUAAACCAGAAGACAAACUUGAAGCUCCAGAACUUGAUAUUGAUUCAGAGCUAAGGAAGGGUAUAGUGGUUAGAGCUGGUGGGUCUGCUAGGAUUCACAUACCAUUCAGGGGACGACCAACACCAGACAUCGCAUGGUCCCGAGAAGAAGGUGAAUUCACAGAAAAGGUUCAGAUUGAUAAAGGCAUAAAUUUCACACAACUUUCAAUUGACAACUGUGAUAGAAAUGAUGCUGGAAAGUAUAUUCUUAAGUUGGAGAACAGCAGCGGUUCUAAAUCUGCAUUUGUUACACUUAAAGUCUUGGACACACCAGGACCACCACAAAACUUAGUGGUAAAAGAUAUAAAGAAGGAUUCUGCUGUAUUAUCUUGGGAACCACCCAUUAUUGAUGGUGGUGCCAAGGUAAAGAACUAUGUAAUAGACAAGCGUGAGUCAACCAGGAAGGCAUUUGCAAAUGUAAGUGCUAAGUGUGGCAAGACAAGUUUUAAAGUUGAAAAUCUUACAGAAGGAGCAAUUUAUUACUUCAGAGUUAUGGCUGAAAAUGAAUUUGGAAUUGGUGUUCCAGUUGAAACCAGGGAUGCUGUCAAAGCCUCAGAGCCACCUCUGCCUCCUGGGAAAGUAUUACUCACUGAUGUGACUCAGAGAAGUGCAUCACUUACAUGGGAAAAACCUGAACAUGAUGGAGGUAGCAGAAUUUUGGGAUACAUUGUUGAAAUGCUGCCUAAAGGAACAGAAAAAUGGAGUGUUGUUAGUGAGUCCAAAACAUGCAACGCAGUGGUGUCUGGUUUGAGUCCAGGACAGGAAUAUCAAUUCCGUGUGAUUGCCUACAAUGAAAAAGGAAAAAGUGAUCCUAGAGCACUUGGAAUUCCUGUGAUAGCUAAAGACUUGACAAUUGAGCCAAGUUUCAAACUGAUGUUUAAUACAUACAGUGUACAAGCUGGAGAAGAUCUAAAAGUAGAAGUACCAUUUAUAGGUAGACCCAAACCUACUAUUACUUGGACAAAAGAUGAGCAGCCACUGAAACAGACAACCAGAAUAAAUAUUCAGGAUACAACAACAUCAACGAUCUUACAUAUUAAAGAAAGCAACAAGGAAGACUUUGGUAAAUAUACAGUAACAGCAACAAAUGCAGCAGGUACAGCAACAGAGCAUCUGAGCAUAAUUGUACUGGAAAAGCCUGGCCCACCACGGGGACCUGUCCGAUUUGACGAAGUUAGUGCAGACUUUGUUGUUUUAUCAUGGGAUCCACCUGAUUAUACUGGCGGCUGUCAGAUAAGCAACUAUAUAGUAGAAAAGCGUGACACAAGCACUACCACAUGGAGCAUUGUGUCAGCAACUGUUGCAAGAACAACUAUCAAAGCAACAAAGCUUAAAACAGGUACUGAAUACCAGUUCAGGAUUACUGCUGAAAAUAGAUAUGGAAAGAGCUCUCCUUUGGCUUCUAAACCAAUUGUUGUACAAUACCCCUACAAGGUGCCUGGACCACCUGGAACCCCAUUUGUAACAGCAACUUCCAAAGACCAUAUGAUUGUACAGUGGCAUGAACCAGUUAAUGAUGGAGGAAGCAAAGUUCUUGGCUACCAUCUUGAGCGUAAAGAUAAGAACAGCAUUCUUUGGACAAAACAGAACAAGUCACUCAUUACCGACACCAAAUAUAAAACAGAUGGUCUUGAAGAAGGUCUUGAAUAUGAGUUCAGAGUUUCUGCUGAAAACAUUGUUGGCAUUGGCAAAGUCAGCAAAGUAUCAGAACUGUAUGUUGCCCGAGAUCCUUGCGACCCACCUGGCCGCCCAGAUGCCAUUGUUGUUACAAGAAGUAAUAUUACACUGCAGUGGAAAAAACCAGAAUAUGAUGGUGGAAGCAAAAUAACUGGUUAUAUUGUAGAAAAGAAAGAACUACCAGAUGGUCGCUGGAUGAAAGCCAGCUUUACAAAUGUGCUGGAAACAGAAUUUACAGUAAGUGGUCUUGUUGAAAACCAACGAUAUGAAUUUAGAGUAAUUGCAAGAAAUGCAGCAGGUUGCUUGAGUGAACCAUCUGAAAGUACAGGGCCCAUUACUGCCAGAGAUGAAAUUGAAGCACCAGGGGCUUCAUUGGAUCCUAAAUACAGAGAUGUCAUUGUUGUUCAUGCUGGAGAAACCUUUGUUCUUGAAGCCGAUAUCCAUGGCAAACCUAUUCCUGACAUUUCAUGGUCAAAAGAUGGUAAAGACCUUGAAGAAGCAACUGCAAGAAUGGAAAUUAAAUCCACCAUUCAGAAAACAACUCUCACUGUCAAAGACUGUAUAAGAGUAGAUGGAGGUCACUAUACUCUUAACCUCAAAAAUGUUGGUGGCACCAAAUCUAUACCAAUCACUGUAAAAGUGCUUGACAGACCAGGACCUCCAGAAGGACCUUUGAAGGUUACAGGUGUCACUGCAGAAAAAUGCUACUUGUCAUGGGCUCCACCAUUACAGGAUGGUGGUUCUAAUAUUUCACAUUAUAUCAUUGAGAAGAGAGAGACAAGCAGACUUUCAUGGACACAAGUAGCAACAGAUGUGCAGGCUCUUAACCUCAAAGUAACCAGACUCCUUCCUGGCAAUGAGUACAUUUUCCGUGUAAUGGCUGUGAAUAAAUACGGAAUUGGAGAGCCCUUGGAAUCUGAACCAAUUGUGGCUCGUAAUCCAUACAAACCCCCUGGUCCUCCUUCAACACCUGAAGUUUCAGCAAUCACAAAAGAUUCUAUGGUGGUGACAUGGGGUCGCCCAGAAGACAAUGGAGGAGCUGAAAUUGAAGGUUACAUACUUGAAAAACGAGACAAAGAUGGUAUCCGGUGGACCAAAUGCAAUAAGAAAAGGCUGACAGACUUGCGAUUCAGAGCAACAGGUCUUACUGAUGGGCAUUUCUAUGAAUUUAGAGUUUCUGCUGAAAAUGCUGCGGGGGUAGGGGAACCCAGUGAGCCAUCCAUUUUCUAUCGUGCUUGUGAUGUAUUAUAUCCCCCAGGUCCACCCACCAAUCCAAAGGUUACAGAUACUUCCAGGUCAUCAGUUUCCCUUGCCUGGAGUAAGCCUAUUUAUGAUGGUGGUGCUCCUGUUAAGGGAUAUGUAGUAGAAGUAAAAGAAGCUGCCGCUGAUGAAUGGACUACCUGCACCCCACCAACAGGCCUACAAGCAAAACAGUUCACCGUGACCAAACUAAAAGAGAACCAGGAAUAUAACUUCCGAAUCUGUGCCGUCAACUCAGAAGGAGUAGGAGAACCUGCUACUAUACCUGGUGCAGUCUUAGCAGAGGACAAGAUUGAACCUCCUGAAAUUGAACUUGAUGCAGAUCUCAGAAAAGUAGUCACUGUACGUGCUAGUGGUACAUUACGCCUGUUUGUCACCAUCAAAGGAAGACCAGAACCUGAAGUUAAAUGGGAGAAAGCAGAAGGAACAAUUAGUGAGCGAGCUCAGAUUGAAGUUACCAGUUCCUAUACAAUGCUGGUCAUUGACAAUGUCAAUAGAUUUGAUAGUGGUAGAUACAAUCUUACAUUAGAGAACAACAGUGGUAAAAAAUCAGCUUUUGUUAAUGUCAGAGUGCUUGAUACACCUAGUGCACCUAUAAACCUGACAAUCAGAGAAGUGAAAAAAGAUUUUGUAACUUUAGCCUGGGAACCACCACUUAUUGAUGGUGGAGCUAAAAUUACCAACUAUGUAGUUGAAAAGCGAGAAUCCACAAGAAAGGCUUAUGCUACAGUUACAAACAACUGCACUAAGAAUUCCUUCAAGAUUACUCAACUACAAGAAGGAUGUAGUUAUUACUUCCGGGUUCUAGCUGUAAAUGAAUAUGGGGUUGGCUUACCAGCAGAAACAGCUGACCCAAUUAAGGUGUCUGAACCACCUUCUCCACCUGCAAAGGUCAUGCUUGUUGAUGUGACUCGCAACUCUGUUUCAAUUAAAUGGGAAAAGCCAGAGAGUGAUGGUGGCAGUAAAAUUACUGGUUAUGUAGUAGAAAUGCAAACUAAAGGAAGUGUAAAAUGGACUGCAUGCACGCAGGUGAAAACAUUAGAAGCAACAAUAACAGGCUUAAGUAUGGGAGAAGAGUACAGUUUCAGAGUGAUUGCUGUUAAUGAAAAAGGAAAAAGUGAUCCAAGAGAACUUGGUGUCCCGGUCAUUGCAAAAGAUAUUGAAAUCCAGCCCUCUGUUGAGCUCCUUUUCAACACAUUCACUGUGAAAGCUGGAGAUGAUCUUAAGAUCGAUAUUCCAUUCAGAGGGCGACCUCUUCCAACUGUUAGCUGGAAGAAGGAUGGGAAUCCCUUAAAACAGACAACCAGGGUAAAUGUUGAGACAUCAAAGACUUCAACUUCACUGUCCAUCAAGGAAGCUUCACAUGAAGAUUUGGGACAUUAUGAAUUACAUCUUUCAAAUACUGCAGGAUCAACAACAACUUCUUUAACUGUAGUUGUUCUUGACAGACCAGGGCCACCAACUGAUGUUCAUAUUGAUGAAGUUAGUGCUGAUAGUGUAACAUUGUCUUGGAAACCUCCAGAAUAUGAUGGUGGGUGCCAUAUUAGCAAUUACAUUGUGGAGAAGAGAGACACUACCACAACAACAUGGGAGGUAGUAUCUGCAGCAGUUGCAAGAACAUCAAUUAAAGUAUCUCGACUCAUCACUGGAUCUGAAUAUCAGUUCCGUAUUUGUGCAGAAAACCGCUAUGGGAAAAGCACUUACACUAAUUCUCCUUCUGUUGUAGCAGAGUAUCCAUUUAAGCCUCCAGGUCCACCUGGUACUCCUCACGUGGCACACGCAACUAAAGCUUUCAUGAUUGUAACGUGGCAGGUACCAGUUAAUGAUGGAGGUAGCGUAGUACUAGGAUAUCACUUGGAGCGUAAGGAAAGAAGCAGCAUUCUCUGGACAAAAGUCAACAAGAGCCUUAUAACUGAUACACAAAUGAAAGUUACAGGUCUUGAUGAAGGACUGCUAUAUGAAUAUCGUGUGUAUGCAGAAAACAUUGCUGGAAUAGGCAAAUGCAGUAAAUCAUGUGAACCAGUUGCUGCAAGAGAUCCAUGUGAUCCUCCUGGUCAACCAGAAGUUAUUAAUAUUACAAGAACAUCUGUCUCACUGAAGUGGACUAAACCAGAAUAUGAUGGUGGAGCUAAAGUAACAGGAUAUAUUAUUGAACGCAGAGAGCUACCAGAUGGUCGCUGGCUAAAAUGUAAUUUUACUAAUGUGCAAGAAACAUACUUUGACGUAGGUGGACUUACGGAAGACCAGCGAUAUGAAUUCCAUGUGAUUGCAAAGAAUGCUGCUGGACUCUUCAGUCAGCCAUCUGAAUCAACUGGACCUGUGACCGUAAAAGAUGAUGUAGAGGCUCCAAGAAUUAUGAUGGAUGCCAAAUUCAGGGAUGUUGUAGUUGUGAAAGCUGGAGAAGUGUUUAAAGUCAAUGCUGAUAUUGCAGGUCGGCCAAUACCUGUGGUUUCAUGGACAAAGGAUGGUAAGGAGCUUGAAGGAAAAGCUAGAGUUGAAAUAGUCUCAACAGAUUAUACAACUGCAAUAACCAUUAAGGACUGUAUCCGAAGUGAUUCAGGACAGUAUGUACUAACAUUACAAAAUGUUGCAGGAACAAAAUCUUUGGCAAUUAAUUGCAAAGUACUUGACAGACCUGGCCCACCUGCAGGCCCAUUAGAAAUAAAAGGCCUUACUGCUGAAAAGUGCCAUUUAUCAUGGGGACCCCCUCAAGAAAAUGGUGGUGCAGAUAUUGAUUAUUAUAUUGUGGAAAAACGUGAGACCAGCAGAAUUGCAUGGACACUUUGUGAAGGAGAGCUUAGAACAACAUCCUGUAAAGUGACAAAAUUACUAAAGGGUAAUGAGUAUAUUUUCAGAGUGAUGGGAGUUAACAAAUACGGUGUUGGUGAGCCUCUAGAAAGUGUUGCUGUCAAAGCCCUAGACCCAUUUACAGUUCCAAGUCCACCUACAUCUUUAGAGAUUACCAGUGUGAGCAAAGAUUCGAUAACUCUGUGCUGGGCAAGACCUGAGUCUGAUGGAGGCAGUGAGAUCUCUGGCUACGUAAUUGAAAGGCGUGAGAAAACCAGCCUAAGAUGGAUUCGUGUAAACAAAAAGCCAGUUUAUGAUUUAAGAGUGAAAUCAUCUGGUCUCCGUGAAGGAUGUGAAUAUGAAUUCCGGGUUUAUGCAGAAAAUGCUGCUGGCCUCAGUCUCCCAAGUGAAACCACACCAUUGAUUAAAGCAGAAGAUCCAAUCUUCUUGCCAUCACCCCCAUCUAAACCUAAGAUUAUGGAUUCUACAAGGUCAAAUAUCACAAUUGGUUGGACAAAGCCACUGUUUGAUGGAGGUGCCCCAGUAACAGGAUACACUGUUGAAUACAAGAAAACUGAUGAAACUGACUGGACAACUGCUAUUCAGAAUUUAAGAGGCACAGAAUAUACUAUAAGUGGAUUAGUAUCAGGCUCUGAGUAUGUUUUUAGAGUGAAAUCUAUUAACAAAAUGGGUGUCAGUGAACCAAGUGAUGUCUCAGAACCUCAGCUGGCAAAAGAAAGAGAGGAAGAACCUGCUUUUGAUAUUGACAGUGAAAUGCGGAAGACUUUAAUUGUAAGGGCUGGUGGAUCAUUCACAAUGACUGUUCCUUUCAGAGGCAAACCAGUCCCAAAUGUAACAUGGAACAAACCAGACACUGAUCUCCGUGUACGAGCAAGCAUUGACACUUCAGAUAAUUGUACAUCUCUCACUAUUGAAAAAGCAACAAGGAAUGAUUCUGGAAAAUACACGUUAACACUACAAAACAUCCUGAACACUGCUACGUUGACUUUAAUUGUCAAAGUUCUUGAUACUCCUGGCCCACCAUCUAAUAUUGCAACAAAAGACAUAACUAAAGAAUCUGCUGUGUUAUCCUGGGAUGUUCCUGAAAAUGAUGGCGGAGCACCUGUAAAGAACUAUGUUAUUGAAAAACGAGAAGCUAGCAAAAAAGCAUGGGUCACUGUGACAAACAAUUGUCAUCGCCUGUCCUACAAAGUGACUGGUUUGCAAGAAGGUGGCAUUUACUACUUCCGGGUCUCUGGAGAAAAUGAGUAUGGUGUUGGAGUGCCUUCUGAGACCAAGGAAGGAACAAAAAUAACAGAAAAACCCAGCCCACCAGAAAAACUAGGAGUAACAAAUGUCACAAAGGACAGUGUUUCUCUUUCAUGGCUAAAACCAGAACAUGAUGGCGGAAGCAGAAUUGUGAGCUACCUCAUUGAAGCUCUGGAGAAAGGACAGCAAAAAUGGGUUAAGUGUGCAGUUGUAAAGACAACUCAUCAUGUUGUCCAUGGUCUUAAGGAGAACACUGACUAUUUCUUCAGAGUGUAUGCAGAAAACCAAGCUGGUUUAAGUGAUCCUAAGGAACUACUACUUCCUGUUACAGUUAAAGAACAAUUAGAAUCUCCUGAGAUUGACAUGAAAGGCUUCCCUCAUAACACUGUAUAUGUUAGAUCAGGAUCAAACCUGAAAGUUGAAAUUCCAGUUUCUGGAAAACCAUUGCCAAAGGUGACAUUGUCUAGAGAUGGUGUUCCACUGAAACCUACUAUGAGAUUUCACACAGAAACCACUGCAGAAAGUCUCGUCAUUAACCUUAAAGAAAGUGUGGCUGCUGAUGCUGGCAGAUAUGACAUUACUGCUGCCAAUUCAAGUGGCACCACAAAAUCAUUUGUUAAUAUUGUUGUGCUGGAUAGACCUGGUCCUCCUGUUGGUCCUGUUGUCCUUAGCGAUGUCACUGAAGAGAGUGUAACACUCAGAUGGCAACCACCAGCUUAUGAUGGUGGAAGUCAAGUUACCAACUAUAUUGUACUGAAAAGAGAAACAAGUACUGCAGCUUGGUCUGAAGUGUCUGCAACUGUUGCUAGAACAGUUAUCAAAGUUAUGAGGCUCACGACAGGAGAAGAAUACCAAUUCCGCAUCAAAGCUGAGAACCGCUUUGGCAUCAGUGAUCACAUAGACUCACAGUGUGUGGUUGUCAAGCUUCCUUACACUACCCCUGGCCCUCCUUCUACACCAUGGGUCACUAAUGUCACCCGAGAGAGUAUUACUGUUGGAUGGCAUGAACCAGUCACUAAUGGUGGCAAUGCUAUCAUUGGAUACCACCUGGAAAUGAAAGACAGGAAUAGCAUAUUAUGGCAGAAGGCUAACAAGACCCUUAUUCGCACCACUCAUUUCAAAGUCACCACCAUCAGCGCUGGCCUUAUCUAUGAAUUUAGAGUUUAUGCAGAAAAUGCAGCUGGCAUUGGAAAAGCAAGUCGUCCUUCUGAUCCAGUCCUUGCAAUUGACGCUUGUGAACCACCAAGAAAUGUCCGUGUCUCAGAUAUUUCCAAGACUGCUAUAACUCUCUCCUGGCAGAAGCCAGCAUUUGAUGGUGGUAGCAAGAUCACUGGAUACAUUGUAGAAAAACGUGAUCUUCCAGAUGGCAGAUGGACAAAAGCAAGCUUCACCAAUGUUAUUGAGACUCAGUUCACAGUAUCUGGUCUGACACAGAAUUCCCGGUAUGAAUUCCGUGUCUUUGCUAAGAAUGCCGUUGGUUCCAUCAGUAAUCCCUCAGAUGUUGUGGGUCCUAUCACGUGCGUUGAUACAUAUGGUGCACCUGAAAUUGAUGUGCCGCCAGAAUAUACAGAAGUGGUGAAAUACAAAGCAGGAACUUCAGUUAAGCUAAAAUUGGGCAUCUCAGGCAAGCCUAUACCCACAAUUGAAUGGUUCAAAAAUGGCAACGAGGUACAAACCAGUGCACUAGUGUCUUUUGAAAACACAACAGAAUUUGCUUCUAUACUCAUCAAGGAUGCAAAUCGACUCAACAGUGGCACCUAUGAAUUAAAACUAAAGAAUGCCAUGGGUUCAGCAUCUGCCCACAUUAGACUACAGAUACUUGACAAGCCAGGACCUCCAACUGGACCUAUACAGUUUAAGACAGUCACUGCUGAAAAGAUUACAAUAAUGUGGGACCCACCAGCAGAUGAUGGUGGUGCACCUGUAACACACUAUGUUGUUGAAAAGCGGGAGACAAGUCGGGUUGUUUGGUCUUUAAUUUCUGAAAAACUGGAGGGAUGUAUCAUAACUACAACAAAACUCAUCAAAGGAAAUGAAUAUUUGUUCCGUGUCCGCGGUGUGAACAAGUUUGGAAUUGGUGAUCCACUUGAAUCUGAACCUGUAAUAGCCAAAAAUUCAUUUGUUACACCUGGACCACCUAGUGUACCAGAAGUCACAAAGAUAACCAAGAAUUCUAUGACCGUUGUCUGGAAUAGGCCCACAGUUGAUGGAGGCAGUGAAAUAUCAGGAUAUUUUCUUGAGAAGCGUGACAAGAAGAGUCUGAGUUGGUUCAAGGUUACUAAAGAAAGUAUUCGAGACACCAGACAGAAAGUAACAGGUCUGACUGAAAACAGCGAAUAUCAUUUCCGAGUUUGUGCUAUCAAUGCAGCUGGACAAGGUCCGUUCUCUGAAGCUUCUGACUUCUACAAAGCUGCAGAUCCUAUUGAUAAACCAGGCUCACCAACAAAGCUGAAGGUUGUGGAUACAACCAAGACAUCUGUCACCCUUGGCUGGAUUAAACCUACUUAUGAUGGAGGAAGUCCAGUUACCAGCUAUGUGGUGGAGAAAAGGGAAGGCGAAGAGCAAGAAUGGACUGUAGUCAGUACUAAGGGAGAAGUGAGAACAACUGAGUAUGUUGUAUCACACCUUCAGCCAAGUGUUAAUUAUUAUUUCCGUGUGUCUGCUAUGAAUUGUGCUGGACAAGGAGAGCCUAUUGAAAUGAUGGAACCCGUUCAAGCUAAAGAUAUUCUUGUGGCACCAGAGAUUGAUCUGGAUGUUGCUCUCCGGACAUCUAUUGUUGCUAAAGCAGGUGAAGAUGUGGAAAUAAUGAUUCCAUUUAAAGGAAGGCCUCCUCCAACAGUCACAUGGAGAAAGGGUGACAAGAAUCUUGGAACUGAUGAAAGAUAUAUAAUUCAGAACACAGAAUCAUCUACAUUACUUAUUAUUCCUCAAGUUACCCGAAAUGAUACAGGAAAAUAUGUUCUUACAAUUGAAAAUGGAGUUGGAGAAGCAAAAUCAUCAUUUGUGAAUGUAAAAGUACUUGACACACCUUCUGCUUGCCAGAAGCUGCAGCUUAAGCAUGUUUCUCGUGGCACAGUUACACUGGUAUGGGAGCCACCUCUUAUUAAUGGUGGUUCUGAAAUAACAAAUUAUGUUGUUGAAAAAAGAGAUGCUACAAAGAGGGCCUGGUCAACUGUUACAACAAAAUGUUCUAAUACCACCUUUAAGCUAACUAACCUGUCAGAGAAGACUUCAUUCUUCUUCCGUGUUCUUGCUGAAAAUGAAAUUGGACUGGGUGAACCUUGUGAGACAUCUGAACCAGUGAAAGCUGCAGAUGUACCUGGACCUGUAAAAGACCUAGCAAUGAAAGAUUCUACAAAGAGUUCUGUUACAUUGCAGUGGAGCAAACCAGACUAUGAUGGUGGUAGCAUUAUAUCAGACUAUGUUAUUGAGAAGAAACUUCAGGAAGAGAAAGAAUGGACAUAUGCAGGCACAAGCAAGAGCUGUGAAUUUGUAGCUGAAAAACUUAAAGAGCUUUCUGUCAUGGAAUUCAGAGUCUUUGCUAAAAAUGAAAAAGGCAAGAGUGACUCUGUUACUGUUGGACCCAUUACAGUGAAGGAACUUAUAAUAACACCUGAGGCUGACCUUUCUGAUAUUCCUGGAGGACAGAUUGCAGUAAGAAUUGGACAUAACCUGCACACUGAAUUGCCCUAUAAAGGUAAACCUAAACCAUCAAUGAGCUGGCUCAAGGACAACCUCCCUCUUAAAGAAACAGAACAACUUCGUUUCAAGAAAACUGAAAACAAGAUAAGCUUAAGCAUCAAGAAUGUGAAAAAGGAACAUGGUGGCAAAUAUACUUUAAUUCUUGAUAAUGUAGUCUGCAGAAAAUCAUUCACAUUUACUGUUAUCACUCUUGGUCCUCCAUCUAAGCCAAAAGCACCUUUAAGACUAGAUGAAAUCAAAGCAGAUAGUGUAGUUUUGUCAUGGGAAGCUCCCGAGGAUGAUGGGGGAGGAGAAAUUACUGGAUACAGUAUUGAGAAGAGAGAAACCUCACAAAUGAACUGGAAGCUGGUGUGUUCAAGUGCUGCAAGAACAACCUUCAAAGUGCCAAACCUUGUUAAAGACACUGAAUAUCAGUUUAGAGUGCGUGCAGAAAACAGAUACGGAGUGAGCCCACCUCUUGUCUCAGCAGAUGUUGUGGCAAAGCAUCAGUUUAGACCACCAGGUGCCCCAGGCAAGCCUGUUGUAUACAAUAUAACCGCUGAUGGAAUGACCAUAUCUUGGGAUGCUCCUGCUUAUGAUGGUGGUUCAGAGAUCAUUGGAUACCACGUUGAAAAGAAGGAAAGAAACAGUAUUUUGUGGCAGAAGGUUAAUGUUGCAUUAAUAUCUAGCAGAGAAUACAGGAUUACCGGACUGCUGGAGGGCCUGGAUUACCAGUUCCAAGUAUAUGCUGAAAACGCUGCAGGUCUAAGCCGAGCUAGCGAGCCAAGCAAAUUUACUUUGGCAGUCUCUCCAGUGGACCCGCCUGGUACUCCUGAUUACAUAGAUGUCACUAGGGAAACAAUCACCCUCAAAUGGACCCCCCCACUGCGUGAUGGAGGCAGUAAGAUUGUGGCUUACAGCAUUGAGAAACGGCAAGGAAGUAAAGACCGUUGGCUUAGGUGUAACUUUACUGAUGUCAGUGAAUGCCAAUAUACGGUUACGGGACUCAAUGCAGGUGACCGAUAUGAAUUCAGAGUGCUUGCAAGAAAUGCCGUUGGUACAAUCAGCCCGCCUUCACAGUCUUCAGGCUAUAUCAUGACCAGAGAUGAAAACGUUGCUCCAACAAUUGAAUUUGGUGCUGAGCACUUUGAAGGCCUUACUGUCAAAGCUGGAGAGAGCAUUAGAGUUAAAGCUCUAAUCAGAGGACGUCCAGUACCUAAAGUGACAUGGUUUAAGGAUGGUAAAGAGAUAGAGAAAACAAUGAAUAUAGAAAUAACUACAGCUAUUGGAUACAGUACAAUCUUCAUUAGAGAUGCUAUCCGGGAUCAUCGUGGAGUGUACACAGUAGAAGCCAAAAAUGCAUCAGGCACUAAACGAGAAGAUAUUACCAUCAGAGUACAAGACGCACCAGGAAAAGUUGGUGGACCAAUACGAUUCACAAACAUCACUGGAGAAAAAGUCACAUUAUGGUGGGAGCCUCCAGCUAAUGAUGGUUGUGCUUCUAUUUCUCACUACAUAAUUGAAAAACGUGAAACCAGCAGGAUUGCUUGGGCAUUAGUUGAAGAUAAAUGUGAAGCUUGCAGCUACACAGCACUUAAAUUAAUUAAGGGCAAUGAGUACCAGUUCCGCAUCUCUGCAGUGAACAAAUUUGGAGUUGGCAGACCACUGGAGUCUGAUCCAGUUAUUGCACAAAUACCUUACACUCUCCCUGAUGCACCAGGAACGCCAGAGCCUACCAACGUAACAGGAGACAGUAUCACACUUACAUGGGCAAGACCAGAGUCAGACGGUGGAAGCGAGAUAAAUGAGUAUAUUCUUGAAAGGAGAGAAAAGAAGAGCAUGCGCUGGGUUAAAGUAUCCAGUAAGAGGCCCAUUACAGAGAACAGAUACAGAGUAACUGGCCUUAUUGAAGGCAAUGAGUAUGAGUUCCAUGUCAUGGCUGAAAACGCUGCAGGAGUUGGACCUGCAAGUGAUGUUUCAAAGCUGAUUAAAUGUAGAGAACCAGUCAGCCCACCAAGUGCUCCUAAUGUUGUAAAGGUGACAGAUACAUCAAAGACUAGUGUAAGCUUAGAGUGGACAAAGCCAGUUUUUGAUGGAGGCAUGGAAAUAAUUGGGUACAUCAUUGAGAUGUGCAAAGCUGACCUCGAAUCAUGGCAGAAAGUCAAUGCAGAGACUGUUAUUGCUACUAAAUAUACCGUCGUUGAUUUGGAGGCAGGAGAACACUAUAAAUUCAGAGUUAGUGCUGUCAAUGGCGCUGGCAAAGGAGAGAGUUGUGAAAUUCCUGCUUCAGUCCAAACUGUGGACAGGCUUUCUGCACCCGAAAUUGAUAUCGAUGCAAACUUCAAGCAGACUCAUAUUGUAAGAGCAGGUGCAAGCAUUCGUCUAUUUAUUGCCUUCUCUGGAAGGCCUGUUCCUACUGCAGUGUGGUCCAAAGCAGAUGCUAAUCUCAGCUUGCGUGCUGACAUUCAAACAACUGAUUCCUUCAGCACAUUGACUGUGGAGGAAUGCAAUAGAAAUGAUGCUGGCAAGUAUGUCUUUACUGUGGAAAACAACAGUGGAAGUAAGUCUGUUACAUUUACUGUCAAGGUUUUGGACACGCCUGGUCCACCAGGUCCUAUUACAUUUAAAGAUGUGACUCGAGGAUCUAUUACUUUAAUGUGGGAUGCUCCUGUUUUGGAUGGAGGUUCUCGUAUCCAUCACUAUGUUGUGGAAAAACGUGAAGCAAGUCGUCGUAGCUGGCAAGUAGUGAAUUCAAAAUGCACUCGUCAGAUCUUUAAGGUCACAGAUCUAGAAGAAGGUGUGCCAUAUUACUACCGAGUAUCAGCAGAAAAUGAAUAUGGUGUAGGUGAACCCUGUGAAUUAACAGAACCGGUUGUAGCCACGGAAGAACCCGCUCCACCUAAGAGACUAGAUAUUGUUGAUACCACCAAAUCUUCUGUGGUUUUAGCUUGGCUUAAGCCUGAUCAUGAUGGUGGUAGCCGUAUUACUGGAUACCUUCUUGAAAUGAAACAAAAAGGAUCUGACUCCUGGAUUGGAGCUGGACAAACCAAGCAACUUACUUUCACUGUUGAAGGCCUUGUGGAGAACACUGAAUAUGAAUUCCGGGUGAAGGCGAAAAAUGAUGCUGGCUACAGUGAGCCAAGAGAAGCUUUCUCUUCUGUUAUUGUUAAGGAGCCACAGAUUGAACCAACAGCAGAUCUCAGCAAUAUAAGCAGACAGCUCAUAACAUGCAAGGCUGGAAGCACGUUUACGAUUGAUAUACCAAUCAGUGGGCGCCCAGCUCCAAAAGUGACAUGGAAACUUGAGGAGAUGAAGCUGAAGGAAACUGAGAGAGUGACUAUCAAGACAACAAAAGACAGAACCACACUGACUGUAAAGGACAGUAUGAGAGGUGACUCUGGUAAAUACUACCUUACACUUGAAAACACUGCUGGUGUGAAAACAUUUGCUGUAACGGUGGUAGUCAUAGGAAGACCAGGUCCUGUCACUGGCCCAAUUGAAAUAUCAUCUGUCUCUGCUGAGUCCUGUGUGUUGACCUGGAAAGAACCUGAAGAUGAUGGUGGCAGUGACAUUACAAACUACAUUGUAGAGAAACGUGAGUCUGGCACAACAGCAUGGCAGCUGGUAAAUUCCAGUGUGAAACGAACACAGAUUAAAGUCAGUCAUCUCACAAAAUACCAAGAGUACAGUUUCCGAGUAAGCUCAGAAAAUAGAUUUGGUGUCAGCAAGCCGCUUGAAUCAAAAACAGUAGUUGCUGAGCAUCCAUUCGUCCCACCAAGCCCACCUUCAAGGCCAGAAGUCUAUUCUGCAUCUGCCACUGCCAUGGCCAUUCGCUGGGAGGAACCCUAUCAUGAUGGUGGCAGCAAAGUCAUUGGAUAUUGGGUGGAAAAGAAGGAGCGCAACACCAUCCUUUGGGUGAAAGAGAACAAAGUGCCCUGCUGUGAAUGCAACUACAAAGUCACAGGGUUGGUGGAAGGCCUAGAAUAUCAGUUCAGAACCUAUGCUCUAAAUGCUGCAGGUGUUAGCAAAGCUAGUGAAGCUUCCAGACCUGUAGUGGCUCAAAAUCCAGUUGAUCCACCAGGAAGACCAGAAGUAACAGAUGUGACCAGAUCUUCAGUGUCGCUGAGCUGGUCACCCCCACUUUAUGAUGGUGGAAGCAAAAUUAUCGGAUAUAUUAUAGAGCGCAAACCAUAUACUGAAUCUGGUGAUGGACGCUGGCUGAAAUGCAAUUAUACCAUUGUCUCAGAAAACUACUUUACUGUGACAGCUCUUGGUGAAGAUGAAGCCUAUGAAUUCCGUGUACUAGCAAAGAAUGCUGCUGGUGUGAUUAGCAAAGGAUCUGAAUCGACUGGUGCUGUCAUUUGCAAAGACGAAUACUCACCACCAAAGGCUGAACUUGAUGCCAGACUGCAGGGAGAAGUUUUGAGCAUUAGGGCUGGAUCGGACCUUGUUCUUGAUGCAGCUGUUGGUGGGAAACCAGAACCAAAAGUCUUCUGGUCCAAAGGUGACAGGGAACUGGACCUAUGUGAAAAGAUAUCUCUGCAAUACACCAGCAAACGAGCUAUUGCAAUUAUCAAGUUCUGUGACAGAAGUGAUAGUGGAAAAUAUACUCUAACAGUUAAAAAUGCCAGUGGAAUGAAACAACUUUCCGUUCUUGUCAAAGUGCUUGAUUCACCAGGUCCAUGUGCAGGCAAAAUCAUGAUUAGCAGAGUAACAGAAGAGAAAUGUACUCUGGCAUGGAACAUUCCUGAGGAAGAUGGAGGUGCAGAAAUCACUCACUAUAUCAUAGAAAGGCGUGAAACCAGCAGACUUCACUGGGUUAUUGUUGAGGCUGAAUGCCAGACAUUAUCCACUGUGGUAACAAAACUUAUUAAAAAUAAUGAAUACAUCUUCCGUGUGAGAGCUGUCAACAAAUAUGGACCAGGUGUUCCACUUGAAUCAGAACCCGUGAUUGCCAGGAAUGCUUUCACUAUUCCAACACAACCUGGUGCUCCUGAAGAAGUGAGCGUCGGCAAGGAACAUAUCAUUAUUCAGUGGUCAAAACCAGAAUCAGAUGGUGGCAGUGAGAUUAAGGACUAUCUUGUGGACAAACGUGAAAGGAAAAGUCUGCGCUGGACACGAGUGAACAGAGAUUACACCAUUUAUGAUACCAGACUGAAAGUCACUGGUCUCAUGGAAGGGUGCCAGUACCAAUUCCGUGUCACUGCAGUGAAUGCUGCUGGAAACAGUGAACCUAGUGAAGCUUCACAGUACAUGUUAUGUAAAGAACCGACAUAUACUCCUGCAUCACCUUCAGUUCCAAGAGUUGUGGAUACUACUAAGCACAGCAUAAGUUUAGCAUGGUCAAAGCCCACAUAUGAUGGUGGUGCUGACAUCUUAGGCUAUGUUCUUGAGAUGAAAGAAGAAGGUAGUGAACAGUGGUAUCGACCACAUACAACCGCUACUCUGAGGAAUGCUGAGUUCACCGUGACUGGUCUUAAAACAAACCAGAAAUACCAAUUCAGAGUUGCUGCUACAAAUGUGAAUGGUAUGAGUGAAUUUAGUGAAUCAUCAGCAGAAAUAGAACCUGUGGAAAGAAUAGAAAUACCUGAGCUUGAGCUUGCUGAUGAUCUGAAGAAGACGGUUACAGUCAGAGCUGGUGGUUCCCUCCGCCUAAUGGUCUCUGUAUCUGGCAGACCUGCUCCCGUAAUCACAUGGAGCAAGCAGGGUGUUGACCUUGUAAGUCGAGCUAUCAUUGAUACUACAGACAGCUACACUCUGCUUAUUGUGGAUAAAGUUAAUCGAUAUGACGCUGGAAAAUACAUCAUUGAGGCUGAAAAUCAAUCUGGAAAAAAAUCUGCAACUAUUUCUGUGAAGGUGUAUGAUACACCUGGUCCACCAUCUUCAGUAAAAGUUAAGGAAGCAUCAAAAGAUUCUGUGACACUUACUUGGGAUAUUCCAAACAUUGACGGUGGAGCCCCAGUCAACAAUUACAUAAUCGAGAAACGUGAAGCUUCCAUGAGAGCUUACAAGACUGUGACUACCAAAUGCAGCAAAACAUUUUAUAGAGUCACUGGACUUCUAGAAGGAGCUUUGUAUUAUUUCCGAGUACUGCCAGAAAAUAUUUAUGGCAUUGGUGAAGCUUGUGAAACAUCUGAUGCAGUACUAGUAUCUGAUGUCCCCAUGGUACCACAAAAACUCGAAGUGAUUGACACCACUAAAUCAACUGUUACUCUUGCAUGGGAGAAGCCACUGCAUGAUGGUGGCAGCAGAUUGACAGGCUAUGUUAUUGAGGCCAGCAAAGCUGGAACAGAAAGAUGGUUGAAGGUAGUGACACUGAAGCCUACUGUCUACGAACAUACAAUUAUCUCUCUCAAUGAAGGCGAACAGUACUUGUUCAGGGUUAGAGCACAGAAUCAGAAAGGCGUGUCAGAACCACGAGAGAUUGUCACAGCAGUAACAGUCCAAGACCAAAAAGUUCUGCCAACAAUUGACUUUGCUGGAAUACCUCAGAAGACAAUUCAUGUACCUGCUGGCAAGCCCAUUGAGUUAGCCAUUCCAAUUGAAGGACGACCACCUCCAACUGCAUCUUGGUUCUUUGCUGGUUCUAAACUAAAAGAAUCAGAACGCAUCAAAAUGGAGACUGUUGCUAAAAUGACUAAAUUAACUGUGCGUGAGACCACCAUACAUGACACUGGAGACUAUAUGCUUGAACUGAAGAACACAACUGGAACAGCUACUGAUACACUAAAGGUUAUAAUCCUUGACAAACCUGGACCACCUGUUGGACCUAUCCGAAUUGACGAAGUUGAUUCAAAUUAUGUAACUAUCUCCUGGGACCCACCUGAGCUGGAUGGUGGAGCUGCCCUUAGUGGAUAUGUGGUAGAACAGCGUGAUGCUCACCGUCCUGGAUGGCUGCCAGUUUCAGAGUCAGUAACCAGGACAACAUUUAAGUUCACCAGACUUGUUGAAGGUGCAGAAUAUGUGUUCCGUGUGGCUGCUACAAACCGCUUUGGAAUCGGAUCUUACCUACAGUCUGAAAUUAUAGAAUGCAAGAGCAGAAUCCGUAUUCCUGGUCCUCCUGGCACUCCAGAAGUGUUUGAUAUCUCUCGAGAUGGCAUGACAUUAACUUGGUAUCCUCCAGAAGAUGAUGGUGACUCACAGAUCACUGGUUAUAUUGUGGAACGCAAAGAAGUUAGAGCAGAUAGAUGGAUCCGUGUAAAUAAAGUCCCAGUUACUAUGACUCGUUACCGUUCCACUGGGUUGGUCGAAGGACUGGAAUAUGAACACCGAGUCACAGCAAUCAAUGCCAGAGGUACUGGGAAACCCAGUCGUCCUUCCAAGUCUGCUGUUGCCAGAGAUCCAAUUGCUCCUCCAGGUAAACCUCAGAAUCCAAGAGUCACUGAUACUACAAGAACAUCUGUCUCCCUGGCCUGGAGUCCACCAGAAGAUGAAGGUGGUUCUAAAGUUACUGGCUACUUAAUUGAGAUGCAGAAGGUUGAUCAAUUUGAAUGGACCAAAUGCAACACUACGCCAACCAAGAUUCGUGAAUACACCUUGACACAUCUUCCCCAGGGUGCAGAGUACAGAUUCCGUGUGCUAGCCUGUAAUGCUGGUGGGCCAGGAGAACCUGCUGAAGUGCCAGGAACAGUCAAAAUAACAGAAAUGCUUGAAUAUCCUGACUAUGAACUUGAUGAAAAAUACCAAGAAGGUCUCAUGGUGAGACAAGGUGGAGUAAUCAGGCUUACAAUACCCAUUAAGGGUAAGCCCAUCCCAGUAUGCAAAUGGACAAAAGAAGGACAAGACAUCAGCAAGAGGGCCAUGAUUGCAACUUCUGAGACUCACACAGAACUUGUGAUCAAAGAUGCAGAAAGAGAAGAUUCAGGAACCUAUGAUUUGGCACUUGAAAACAAGUGUGGCAAAAAAGCUGUGUAUAUUAAAGUCAGAGUGAUUGGCAUUCCGAAUCCACCAGAAGGGCCACUGGAGUAUGAUGAUAUACAAGCUCGUUCUGUCAGAGUAAGCUGGAGACCUCCUACAGAUGACGGUGGUGCAGAUAUCCUAGGUUACAUUGUUGAGAGAAGAGAAGUACCGAAGACUGCCUGGUACACUGUUGACUCCAGAGUGAAAGGGACAUCACUGGUGGUGAAAGGGCUCAAAGAGAAUGUGGAAUAUCACUUCCGUGUUUCUGCUGAAAACCAUUUCGGUAUUAGCAAAUCUCUCAAAUCUGAAGAACCAGCAGUACCAAAGACACCUCUAAAUCCUCCAGAGCCUCCAAACAACCCACCUGAAGUGCUUGAUGUUACAAAGAGUUCUGUCAACUUGUCCUGGUCCAGACCUAAAGACGAUGGUGGUUCUCGUGUAACUGGCUACUACAUUGAACGUAAAGAGACAUCUACAGAAAAAUGGGUCCGGCAUAAUAAGACACAGAUUACCACUACAAUGUACACAGUCACAGGACUUGUUCCAGAUGCUGAAUAUCAAUUCCGUAUCAUUGCUCAAAAUGACAUUGGUGAAAGUGAAGCAAGUCCUGCUUCUGAACCAGUUGUAUGCAAGGAUCCAUUUGACAAACCAAGCCAACCUGGAGAAAUUGAGAUCACUUCUAUAUCUAAGGACAGCAUUACAUUAGAAUGGGAACGACCUGAAAGUGACGGUGGGAAAGAGAUCCUUGGCUACUGGGUUGAAUAUCGCCAGUCUGGAGAAAGCACCUGGAAAAAAUGCAAUAAGGAACACAUCAAGGACAGGCAGUUUACAGUAGGAGGUUUACUAGAGGCUACAGAAUAUGAGUUCCGUGUUUUCGCAGAAAAUCAGACUGGCCUCAGCAGACCGCGCAGGACUGCUAUGGCAGUGAAAACUAAAUUAACAUCUGGAGAAGCACCUGCCAUCAGAAAAGAAAUGCAGGACGUUACAACUAAACUGGGUGAGGCGGCUCAGCUGACAUGCCAGAUUGUUGGGAGACCUUUGCCUGAUAUUAAAUGGUACCGCUUUGGCAAAGAACUGGUGCAAAGCCGAAAAUACAAAAUGUCAUCUGAUGGACGCAAUCAUACACUGACAGUAAUGACAGAGGAACAGGAGGAUGAAGGUCUCUACACUUGUAUGGCUACCAAUGAUGUCGGAGAAAUUGAAACUAGUGGCAAACUGUUAUUGCAGGCUCCUCCUCAGUUCCAUCCUGGCUUUCCAUUGAAAGAGAAAUACUAUGCAGGUGCAGGUGGCACCCUCCGCCUUCACGUUGUGUAUAUCGGCCGACCAGUACCAGCAAUAACCUGGUUCCAUGGCAACAAACCUUUGAGAGGAUCAGAAACAGUUACUAUUGAGAACACAGAACAUUAUACUCAUCUUGCUAUUAAGAAUGUCCAGCACAAGACUCAUGCUGGGAAGUACAAAGUACAACUCAGUAACACAUUUGGAACGGUUGACACUGUACUUAAUGUGGAAAUACAAGAUAAACCAGAUAAACCAGCAGGGCCAAUUGUUAUAGAGUCUAUACUGAAGAAUUCUGUGGUGAUAAGCUGGAAACCACCAGAGGAUGAUGGAGGUGCUAUGAUAACCAAUUACAUCAUAGAGAAACGUGAAGCCAAGGAAGGAACAGAAUGGCAACUUGUAUCUUCAAGCAUUUCAGGCACAACCUGUAGAAUUGUUAACCUAACUGAAAAUGCAGGCUAUUAUUUCCGUGUUUCUGCUCAGAAUACAUAUGGCAUUAGUGAAGCACUGGAGGUCUCAUCAGUGGUUUUCAUAAAGCCUCCAUUUGAAAAACCAGGACAACCUGGCCAGCCAGUAGCAAGUGCUGUCACAAAGGAUUCCUGUGUUGUCUCAUGGAAGCCACCUGCAAGUGAUGGUGGUGCAAAGAUUAGAACUUAUUAUCUUGAGAAGCGUGAGAAAAAACAAAACAAGUGGAUUUCUGUAACAACAGAUGAAAUCCGUGAAACAGUCUACUCUGUGAAAGAUCUUAUUGAAGGUCUUGAAUAUGAGUUCCGUGUAAAAUGUGAAAACCUUGGUGGUGAAAGCGAGUGGAGUGAGGUAUCCCAACCAGUCAUUCCAAAAUCUGAUGUACCCAUUAAAGCUCCACAUUUCAAGGAAGAACUAAGGAAUCUGAAUGUGAAAUUUCAAGCUAACGCCACGUUUGUCUGCAAAGUCACCGGUCAUCCUAAGCCAAUUGUCAAGUGGUACAGACAGGGCAAAGAAAUCAUGCCAGAUGGGGAAAAGAUCAAGAUACAGGAAUUCAAGGGUGGAUAUUACCAGCUGAUCAUCGCAAAUGUAACAGAUGAUGAUGCCACAGUAUAUCAAGUUAGAGCUACCAACCAAGGAGGAUCUGUGUCUGGCACUGCCUCUUUGGAUGUUGAAGUUCCUGCAAAGAUCCACUUGCCCAAAAACCUGGAAGGCAUGGGAGCUGUUCAUGCUCUCCGAGGGGAAGUGGUGAGCAUCAAGAUUCCAUUCAGUGGCAAGCCUACCCCCGUGAUCACAUGGCAGAAGGGACAAGAUCUCAUUGAUACUAAUGGACACUACCAAGUCAUUGUCACACGAUCAUUCACAUCUCUCGUUUUCCCAAAUGGUGUUGACAGAAAAGACGCAGGGUUUUACAUUGUUUGUGCCAAAAACAGAUUUGGAAUUGAUCAAAAAACAGUUGAAUUAGAUGUGGCUGAUGUGCCUGAUCCACCAAGAGGUCUAAAAGUAACUGACAUUUCAAGGGAUUCAGUCAACUUAACCUGGAAUGAACCAGCUACAGAUGGUGGAAGCAGGAUCAUAAACUACAUUGUUGAGAAACGUGCUACAACAGCAGAGCGAUGGAUUCGUGUUGCACAAGCUCGUGAUACACGAUACACAGUGGUGAACCUAUUUGGUAAGACCACCUACCAGUUCCGUGUAAUUGCAGAAAACAAGUUUGGCCAAAGUCAGCCUUCUGAACCCACCGAUCCAGUUGUAACAAAGGAAGAUAAGACUAGAAUAAUGAACUAUGAUGAAGAAGUUGAUGAGACGAGAGAAGUCACAGCAGCUAAAGCAGCUCACUAUUCUACAAAGGAACUCUAUGACAAAUAUAUGAUCGCAGAAGAGCUUGGACGCGGGCAAUUUGGCAUUGCACACCGCUGUGUUGAGGCAGUUUCAAAAAAGACUUACCUGGCAAAGUUUGUCAAAGUAAAGGGCGCUGACCAAGUUUUGGUAAAGAAAGAAAUUUCCAUUCUAAACAUUGCUAGGCACCAAAAUAUCCUGUAUCUUCAUGAAUCAUUUGAGAGCCUAGAAGAAUUGGUCAUGAUAUUUGAAUUCAUUUCUGGAGUUGACAUCUUCGAAAGAAUCAGCACACCUUCAUUUGAACUGAAUGAAAGAGAAAUAGUAAGUUAUGUACGCCAGGUCUGUGAUGCACUAGAAUUUUUACAUCGCCAUAACAUUGGACAUUUUGAUAUUAAACCAGACAAUAUUAUUUACUUCACAAGAAGAAGCUCUGUAGUUAAAAUUGUUGAAUUUGGUCAAGCCAGACAAUUGAGGCCUGGAGAUAGCUUUAGACUUCAGUUCACUGCCCCUGAAUAUUAUGCACCUGAAGUACAUCACCAUGACUUGGUCAGCACAGCUACUGACAUGUGGUCAGUUGGUGCUCUAACAUACAUACUUCUCAGUGGCCUUAAUCCUUUCAUUGCUGAAACAAACCAACAAGUUAUUGAAAAUAUUCUAAAUGCUGAAUACAGCUUCGAUGAUGAAGCAUUCAAAGACAUAAGUGUCGAGGCUAUGGACUUCAUUGAUCGUCUACUAGUAAAAGAAAGAAAAUCUCGGAUGACAGCUGCUGAAGCUCUUAAUCAUGUGUGGCUAAAACAGCAGACAGAAAAGACCAGCACUAAAGCCAUCAAGACCUUGAGGCACAGGCGUUACUACCAAACUCUAGUAAAGAAGGAGUGGAACACAGUUGUGUCAGUAGCCCGCAUUUCCUGUGGAGGCGCGAUUAGAUCCCAGAAAGGCAUAACGGUUGCUAAAGUCAAAGUUGCACCAAUAGACAUUGGGCCCAUUGCUGGGCAGAUAAAGCAUAAUGUUGCAGAAGAAGGAGGGCAUGCCAAAUAUGUAUGUACGAUUGAAAACUAUGAUGAAUCCACACAAGUCACAUGGUACUUUGGUAUGAGACAAUUAGAAAGCAAUGAGAAAUAUGAAAUCAAAUAUGAAGAAGGUGUGGCAACCAUGUAUGUCAAAGAUGUUUCUAAAUCAGAUGAUGGUACCUACAGAUGCAAGGUAGUAAAUGACUAUGGUGAAGACAGCUCUUAUGCAGAACUUUUUGUUAAAGGUGUGAGGGAAAUUUCUGAGCACUACAGAUGCAGAACUGUUAGAAAAGUGAAACGACGGGUUGAUACUAUGAGACUGCUAGAGCAUCCACCAGAAUUCACUCUGCCUUUGUAUAACCGCACUGCGUAUGUCGGAGAAAAUGUCAGGUUUGGAGUCACUAUAACAGUUCACCCAGAACCUCGCCUAACAUGGUUCAAAUCAGGCCAGAAAAUCAAACCUGGUGAUGAUGAUAAGAAGUAUACUUUUGAAUCAGACAAGGGUCUUUAUCAACUAGUCAUCAAUAACGUCACUGAAGAGGAUGAUGCUGAAUACAGUAUAGUGGCACGCAAUAGAUUUGGUGAAGACAGCUGCAAAGCUAAGCUGACUGUGAUUCCACACCCGCCUCCAGCAGAUGCCACACUCAGGCCAAUGUUUAAAAGACUGCUGGCAAAUGCUGAAUGUCAAGAAGGCCAAAGUGUCAGUUUUGAGAUCAGGGUAUCUGGUGUACCAAAACCAACGCUGAAAUGGGAGAAAGAUGGUCAACCUCUAUCCUUUGGUCCCAACUUUGAUAUAAUUCAUGAAGGUUUAGAUUAUUAUGCUUUGCAUAUCAGAGAUACUUUACCAGAAGACAGUGGCUAUUACAGAGUUACUGCUACUAACAGUGCUGGAUCUACAAGCUGUCAGGCUUAUCUAAAAGUUGAACGCUUGAAAUAUGUCAAGCGUGAGUACAAGACUGAAGAAGAGCGGGAGAAGCAUGUACAAAGGCAAAUCGACAAGACCUUACGAAUGGCAGAAAUCCUUGCUGGGGUUGAAGCUGUUCCACUGACACAAACUGCACAAGAGGCUCUCAGAGAAGCUGCUAUUUUAUAUAAACCAGCCGUUAGCUCAAAGACUGUCAAAGGUGAAUAUGAAAUUAAGAAAGAGGAAAAGAAGGAGGAAAGAAGACUUCGUAUGCCAUACGAGGUCCCAGAGCCUCGCAAACAUGUACGUGCUGCUCUUGAGGAAGAUCAGAAUAUUAAACACUAUGUGCCUCUGUCAGACAUGAAGUGGUACAAGAGGCUGCGAGACCAGUAUGAAAUGCCAGGAAAACUUGAGAGGACUGUUCAGAAACGUCAGAAACGCAUACGUCUUUCCAGGUGGGAACAAUUUUACGUGAUGCCACUACCACGCAUUUCUGACCAGUACAAGCCUAAAUGGCGCAUACCAAAGCUAACACAAGAUGAUCUUGAAAUUGUGAGACCAGCACGUCGGCGUACCCCAUCUCCAGAGUAUGAAUAUUACUAUAGGCCAAGGCGGCGAUCACUUGGCGACUUGUCUGAUGAGGAAUUGCUUAUGCCUAUAGAUGACUACUUAGCCAUGAAGAGAACUGAAGAGGAAAGACUGCGCCUUGAAGAAGAACUGGAGUUAGGCUUUUCUGCUUCCCCACCAAGUAGAAGCCCCCCCCGCUUUGAACUGUCUGCCCUUCGGUAUUCUACUGCAGCAGCACAGGUCAGUUCAGAGGAAGAAAGAAAAAGAGAGCUGAGGUAUUCAAGCUAUCACAUCCCAACUAAAGCUGAGACCAGUGCGAGCUAUGCAGAACUUCGUCAACGCCAUGACAGGGCUGCCUACAGACCACCUAAACAGAAGCAAAGAAUAAUGGAUGAGAGGGAGGAUGAAGAAUUGCUCCGUCCUGUUGGCACUGCUCAACGACUCUCUGAAUACAAGAGUGAGCUCAAAUAUAUGGCAGAAGAAGAAAAGAGUAGACUCAGGAGAAGGAGGGAAAGAGAAAUAACUGAGAUCGCAUCAGAAGAAGAAGAAGAAAUAGAAAUGGUGCAACAUGUUCACAGGGAAUUUUCACCUCCCUCUAGACUAUUAAGGAGAAGAAGAUCCCUUUCUCCAACUUACAUUGAGUUGAUGCGUCCUGUAUCUGAAUUAAUUCGACCUCGCUCACGGCCUCCUGAAGAAAGUGAGAGAAGAUCCCCAACACCAGAGAGAACUCGACCACGCUCACCUAGCCCAGUUUCUAGUGAAAGAUCUCUCUCGCGGUUUGAGAGGAUGGCAAGGUUUGAUAUAUUUUCCAGAUAUGAGUCCAUGAAAUCUGCUUUGAAAACUCAAAAAACUAUGGAAAGGAAAUAUGAAGUUCUGACUCAGCAGCCUUUCACCCUUGACCAUGCCCCUCGCAUUACCCUGAGAAUGCGUUCACACCGGGUACCAUGUGGCCAUAAUACCAGGUUCAUUCUAAAUGUCCAAUCAAAACCAACUGCUGAAGUGAAGUGGUAUCAUAAUGGCAUUGAGCUCCAGGAGAGCAGUAAGAUACACUUUACUAAUACCAGUGGUGUAUUAACUCUGGAGAUUCUCGACUGCCACAUUGAUGACAGUGGAACAUACCGGGCUGUAUGCACAAACUACAAAGGGGAAUGUUCUGAUUAUGCAACGCUAGAUGUUACUGGAGGAGAUUACACUACAUACUCUUCCCAGAGGAGAGAUGAAGAAGUACCAAGGUCAAUUUUACCUGACUUGACAAAAACAGAGGCAUAUGCAAUCUCUUCAUUUAAGAAAGCAUCUGCUACAGAAGCUAGUUCCUCAGUAAGAGAAGUCAAAUCAGAAAUGUCAGCAACAAGAGAAUCACUUUUAUCCUAUGAACACUACGCUGCUUCUGAAGAAAAAGUCACUGCAGCUGAAGAAAAAUCAUUGGAAGAAAGGACUGUACACAAGGCAUUUAAAAGCACUCUACCAGCAACAAUCCUUACAAAGCCACGAUCAGUCACAGUUUCUGAAGGGGAGACUGCAAGAUUUUCCUGUGAUGUUGAUGGUGAACCAGCACCAACAAUAACAUGGUUCCGUGCAGGUCAACCCAUUGUUUCUUCGAGGCGCUUCCAAGUAACACGAACGCAGUACAAGUCUACCUUUGAAAUUUCUUCGGUCCAGAUGUCAGAUGAAGGAAGUUACACUGUUGUAGUGGAAAACUCUGAAGGAAGACAGGAAGCGCAUUUUACUUUGACCAUCCAAAGAACAAAAAUUCCUGAAAAAACAAUUACAUCACCUCCAAGGAUCAAAUCUCCCGAGCCUCAUGUAAAGUCUCCAGAGCCAGUUAAGUCUCCUAAACGAGUGAAAUCUCCUGAACCCAUCAGCAGUCCCCCAAAAGCUAAGUCACCACCUGGAGACAAAACAGUACCAGCAGAGAAAGUACAAUUACCAGCUGCUUCUCCACCAAAGAUAAAACAGCAUCUGAAAGCAGAAGCUCUUGGAGAUAAGGUGAAGUUAUCCUGUGCAGUUGAAAGCAAUGUUUUAAGUGUCAGAGAAGUGGCUUGGUACAAGGAUGGUAAAAAACUGAAAGAAGACCAUCAUUUCAAGUUUCAUUAUUCAGCAGAUGGCACUUAUGAGCUCAAAAUCCAUGAGCUUGUGGAAUCUGAUAAAGGAGAAUACACCUGUGAAAUUAUUGGGGAAGCAGGUGUUUCAAAAACUAACUUCCAGUUUACCGGCCAAGUAUUUAAAAAUAUCCAUUCCCAGGUAAGAAGUGUAUCUGAGUCUCAUAAAUCAGUUCAGAAAGAAGAUGAGUUGCUUACAGUUUCUACUCAAAAGAAAAAAGCAGUUGCAACUGAAGAGAAAUCUGCAGUUCAAGAAGUCAUUCAAAAGUCAGUUGUUACUGAAGAUGUCAAACAAGUGAAAGCAGAAAUUAAAGCUUCUUCAACUAAAAUGACAGUAUCUGAAGGGCAGAAAGUGACGUUGAAGGCCAACAUUCCUGGUGCCUCUGAAGUAAAAUGGGUGCUGAAUGGAAUGGAGCUGAGAAAUUCAGAGGAUUACAGAUAUGGUGUUUCUGGAAGUGAUCACACGCUAACUAUCAAAAAGGCCAGUAGUAAAGAAGAAGGUAUACUCACCUGUGAGGGUAAAACUGACGAAGGCAUUAUUAAAUGCCAGUAUGUUCUGACCUUCUCUAAAGAGCGCUCCAACGAACCAGCAUUCAUCAUGCAGCCUAAGUCUCAAAAUGUCAAUGAAGGACAAGACGUGUUGUUCACCUGUGAAAUUUCUGGGGAUCCUUCUCCUGAAAUUGAGUGGUUAAAGAAUAAUCAACCUAUUGCAGUUUCAUCACAUAUCAGAGUAACUCGCUCUAAAAAUAUAUAUUCUCUUGAGAUUCGAAAUGCAGCAGUGAGUGACACUGGAAAAUACACAGUCAAGGCAAAAAAUUACCAUGGGCAGUGCUCUGCUACAGCAUCUUUAACUGUACUCCCUCUAAUUGAAGAACCUCCAAAAGAGGUAGUAUUGAAGACCAGUGGCGACGCAAGCAUGCACGAAAGUUUUUCUUCUCAGUCGUUUCAAAUGGCUUCUUCUAAACAAGAGGCUUCAUUCAGCAGUUUCAGCAGUAGCAGCAUGACUGAAAUGAAAUUUGAAAGCAUGUCUGCCAAAAGCAUGUCCUCCAUGAAAGAAUCCUUUGUAGAGAUGAGCUCCAGCAGUAUUAUGGGGAAAUCUAGUAUGGCUCAACUGGAGAGUUCAACUAGUAAAAUGCUCAAAUCAGGUCUGAGAGGAGUACCACCUAAAAUUGAAGCUCUCCCAUCCGAUAUCAGCAUUGAUGAAGGAAAAGUUCUCACACUAUCCUGUGCCUUUUCGGGUGACCCUGCUCCUGAAAUAACAUGGUACUGCGGGGGGAGAAAAAUAACCAGUCAGGACCAGCAAGGCAGAUUCCACAUUGAAACUAGCGAAGAUCUAACCACCCUGAUCAUCAUGGAUGUCCAGAAGAACGACGGUGGACUUUAUACCCUGAAUUUAGGAAAUGAAUUUGGUACCGAUUCUGCCUCUGUGAAUAUUAAUAUUCGAUCACAUUAGAGAGCUCGAUAUGUAUUAUUUACACUUGUUUUUUUACAAGUGAUUCAUAUAUGGACUGGAAUAUCUGAUAUGUAAAUAUAAAAAGAAAAAUAUUUUUUUACCUACCUGAAUGAGACAAAGUCCAGACUUAUAGUCAUUAUUGACCUAAGAAUUUAAAACACUUUUUUCACAGACAUGUACAUACUGUAUAUAGCCGAAGUUAACGGUUAUGAAGUUUUGUACCAUUUAUUUUAUGACAUUUUGAAAUGUAACUUUUGGAACUCACAGUUGGCAGGAGAAAGUUUCCUAGCAAACGACUAUCCUGCUCAACAUUUAACUAAUCUUUGCGCCUCAACUCAUUGUUGAUGUCUAAGAAUGCCUCAACAGGUAGAGAGUCUCCCUGUUGAAGAUUACCUACACCUAAGAGAUGAUACAGUGCAUAGUAUUUUAUACAUGCACAAAAAUUUAUGUUGAAUCAGAAAUGUAAGGCAUUGGUGAUGUUUGCAAUUACCCUCCUGUAAGCAUUGCUUUAAUGUUUUACAUUGGAUCUGAUUAUGUCAUAAUUUCCAUACCUGACUGACAAUUUUUGGACAAAGUGCAAGCGGCCAGCACUUUGUUCACCCAAUGUGUACUGUUUCUGACAUAUUGACUGCCUGAAUAGCUUUUAAAAAAGUAACAUCACCUGGCCAUCCCCUUAAUCAACAAAGCUAUUUAGGUAUUCAAGUGCAGCAGCAGUACCCCAUCUCGGAGGUUCAUAGGGUGCAGUGAUUGAGUUUGUGUGGUAGAAUUAGACACCCUGUAGUCGCUUCUGGGCAACUAAGCAAUGAACCACAGUUUGAAAACAAACUGUUGCUCCAACAUCAAAUACCGCCCUGCACUUCAAUUUGCUUUAGUUCUCCUAAUGUAGUAAUAGAGCUUGUUAGCUGUUGAACCUCCUUGAGAUAGAAUUGUUCAUUUGAAAUAAAGCAUGCUUUCUGCACCAUAAAA